AUGCUCUGGCUCCUCAGCGGCAGCUCCCGAGCCGUGUCCCCGCGGCUCCUCCGCUCCCCCGGGCUCCCCUUCGCCGCCUGGCUCCUGCUGCACCACCUGGGGGCAGCGCCCAUGGCCGGGGCUUCCUCCUUCCCCACAGGUGAGGGAGGGAAGGAGGGCGAGCGGCACGCGCUCAGGCUGCCCGCCCGUGCCCAAAGUUGCGCGCUGGGGCGGGGGGGGGGGCGGUAUGCGCGCAUGAUGGAGGCAGGUUUUUUCGGGUCGUCGGAAUGGGUCUGGGGCGGGCGAGGUUCUUCUGCACGCGCGCACCCCGCGAGCAUCGCGCAGGUGAGGAUCCUUAGGCUGCCGAGCAGCCCGGCUGCCGAGCGUCAGAUCUGGAUCUGGUGCAAACCUAAAGCAAGUAACAGGGCUGUUGCCUUCGGAGAUCAGUUGCAUGCUUGCAGAGCUGGAGAAGGAACAGGCUGAUAGCCGUAGGGUGCAGUUGCGUGGCGUGAGGACGGCUGCGUCUUCUCACUUAGGAUGAUCAGCAUCAACAACACGCGGAUAGGGAGCAUUCCGCACUCGGGGAGUCCUUGAGAGCCUUUGGUCAGCAGAUGUGGAGAUGUUGAAAAGGAGAGGUGACCUCUUAAGUUGCAUGCCUUUCAGGCAGGUGAAGGACCUCAGCUGCUCUCCUCUCCACCCCUUGCUUCAUGGAGGGAACACUUUACUGACACCUGGGGCGUCCAGAGAGAUGUUGAAUCCAUUUCUAGCCAUUGUGAGAAGUGUUAGCUUUCCAGAGAUGCCCCGCUAUGAUAUUGUGCCUGAGGGUGUGUGGGGAUGUGUGUGUCUCCAGGGAGGUUUUGCUCACUGGACUCAUUUUGCAGCAAAUUGAUGCUGAUUAUAGUCUUGGUCUUUAGGUUUCAAAGACACCCGUGGGUUGAGUUUAUGUGAUCUGAUCCACAUAAGUAAAUGAGAAAUUCCCACCUAGAGACAUCAGGUCCUUAUCAACGUUGCCUAAAUUUCAUUUUUAAAAGUAACACUCCCAAAGAGUUUCAAAGGAUCAAAAACAUUCCUGUCUGUUGACACCUAGGAACAACUUACACAAUUAAUUCACCCCCAUACUACUUAUACUUUGGACAGUUUGUGGAUGGGUAAGACAACAAUAAUUUUAAAAAAUGUACAAAUGUUUAACAAAAUAGUAAUAAUUCCAAAUACUUGCAUUUCUUCAAUCAAAGGAAAACCCACAUUUACUUAAAAGUAAGUCCUAUUCAUUUCAGUGGGCUUUUCUUCCACAUAAGUUGCAUCCUAAGUAUGUGUAGGACUACAGAUUUUUUGACUGCAGUGCUGUGCAUAGUUAAUUCAGGCUGAACGUGAGCAAAGUGGGAGGAGAAAGUAUUAAUUUUUAAAAUAUCUAUUGCAGGUUCUGUUGCAAAAUGUGAAAAUGAAGGAGAAGUACUACAGAUCCCCUUUAUCACAGACAAUCCUUGCAUAACGUGCAUUUGCCUGGUAAGUGUGAAUUCCACUGAUAAGAUCAAACAAUAAUGUCUCAUGUAAUCAAAUUUCCUUAUCUUUUCCCUUUGUGCCGCCAGAGAUUAAUUUCCAGUCCGUAAUCUUGGAAUCAUAUCCUUGACUUUUGCUUAGACACAAAUCUUUCAGCUGACUUUGCCCAUGACAUUGUCAGGCUACCUGAACGCUCUUGUUUACAGGAUGUAUUUGUGAUUGAAGCUUUUCCCCUCUAAUGUCCAUUGUGCUGAGCCACUGUUAAGUGGUUUUUGUGCUUGUAGAGUUUGUACUUAUGGAUGAGAAGGAAUUGAUGUUUAGCUGAGCCUUUGCUUAUUUUCUGCCCAAGUUCUAAAAAUUGGCUUCAGAGAUGCAAUGAAAAAUAUAACAGGUCAGUAACUGCAACAAAAUCCAGGUGCUUUAGAAGUCCAAGUCUGCUUUCGAAAUGCAGUGUGUUAUACAUUCAGGCUCUGCAUUCUUGGCUAGACAUAUUGUAAUAAAAAGACAAUGCCAGCACACAUGAUACUUCUAUCAAAAAACUGCACUCCGAGGAUGACACUGGCUGUUGUUUGUUCAGGAAGUUCAGAUUCCCUGGUAGUUAACAAUGACCCUGGUUUGUAUUCUGCACCAAAGGAAAUACCCCCUUAUUCUUGCAAGGGAUCUCAGUUUCACAGUAGAAAUGCUUUGCAAGCCAGACUGUCAGAGCCACAUAAAAAUAAUCACUGUCAGUUGGAAAACAAACAAAUUUGAGCAGAUAUUUUUAAAAGGAUUUCCCCCCAAAAAAGUCAUAUGGGAACUAGGGUAGGAAUAACUGCAUUUAUCUAAGUGAGGGAGGAGCAAGACCCUGCAGAAUGUUUUUUUGGUCAUAAAACGAGGGUUUUCCAUCUGUCAGAUCAGAAAAAGGGACAGGUGGUAUAGGUCACCAUUGCUCCAAAAACCUCAAACCACUCUUUUAUUUAUAUUAUGAAGGUGCCCAGCUCUGCAGUUUGUCUCGUUAAGUGAAGGCAGGUGUGCCUGGCCAUUAUUUAGAGAGCCAUCAAAACUUUGUAUCAGUGUUCGUGAUAGUAACUUUAGAGGAGGAAGAGAAACUGGCAGAAAAAAUGGGAUGGUGGGGAGCAAAGUGAAAUAUAAUGAGUUGUCUGUGGUUUUCCUUUUCCCAAAGAUGUCUGCAGCCAGCUGUUUUUCAUGUGAUUUGCAGUUGAAUAUAUCACAUAUAGCUUGUGUUGUUCAUAUCUUAUCAUGUUUAGUGUCCUAAUUAGUGCUUCAGUUUGGAUUUUUUAAACAUAAAAUGGAGAUAAGUUACAAUGUUAAACAGGUGCUGCUGCUAACCUUUGUACUGUGUCCUCCAUAUUUCUUGCAAAAAUCCCAGAAUAGCUCUUCUCCUGGCUAUUUUCCUGCGGCAUUAUAAGAAUGUUAGUUCCCUUUCAGUUUUCGUAUGUAAAGGUUAACCUACUAACAGAUACCCUCCCAUCCCACACCCAACUGAAUAUUAUGUUACUUAUUUUAUAUUUGUGUGUCCAUGAUUUUCAGUUUGGAGACUGUCAUUUGCAUUACUAUCUUCCUUAAAUUUUAAGGGCUCCUGUUCUUACUUUUGAGCUUUGGCUUAUAGACUGAACUUUGGGUGCCUGCCUGCCCCUAGGUCUGUUUUAGAUCAUUAUCUUGGUCCAUCCAGAGUCUAGCCCAGUAUAAGAUGGAGCCAUAUUGGGCUCUGCUGUAUAGCAUUCCUGAACAAAUGACACCCUCAUUUUUCACAGUACUGUACUCAAUAGGCAGAGGGAAGAAGGCAGGGAAUUCCCUGCUGGAGCAUUACUGCAAGGACUAAGGUUCUCAGCAUUGUGGAACCUGCUGUGAGCAAGUGCAAUUACGUCUGAAGCUUCCUUGUGUCUUCGCCCUCCUCUCCCACUAGUUGAAAAUCUCCUAAAUUCACUUUAUGGAUGCUUGCGUGUGCAUCCAUCACUAACUCUUUGCAUAACCUAAUAAAACUUGAACACAACACAGCUGCCUGUAUGUAUCACAUAUACUUUUUUUGAAAAAGGAAAGCAGACCACCAUUCAAACAGGUGAAACCAUGCGCAUGCACAGUUUUUAGAGGGGUACCUUGUUGCAGGAAGAACAAGGCACUUUGUGGCACUUAGGAGUCCACAAAAUGCUUUAAGGUGUCAUAAAUAGGAUGUCAUAAACACUGCUAUUUCUGUGGGGGAACGCAAAUAUGUGAGUUCUAAUAACUAUUUUGUAUAUGAAAUGUGAUAUCAGAGCAUUGCUUUGUGUCUCUUCAUUGAAUGCUCUGACUGACUUGUCAUUUCAUAAGUAAAAUAGGUAUUAGGUCCCACACGUUGCUCCCAUUUCCAGUUGUGAUCUUCCAGCCAAAAGCUCAGCAGCUCUUCUUCAUGCUACAGGAGGUCUACAUACCAAAUUUGGCUCAGCUCCAUGAACUUGUUUUGGGGUUAUUGUGGCUAUACUUCAUGCAAAUUAAGUUAAUGAUUUUUCAUUGAAAAAGAAAACAACCCCAAAUUUUUAUCAUCUUCAGAAUUGCCUAUCAUUCUACAAAGAAGUUACAUUCCAUGUGCACAACAGCUCCCACUAAAGAGGUACAUCAGAUUGUAGUGAGUUGCACUUAGGUGUUUGAGCAUUUUCACACUUGCCUUUGCACUAUUUUUGUUAGUACUUGAUCCUUGUUAGUGCAGAAGAGAAGCUGCAGAGGCAUUUUCCAAUGUGACCAUGCCAAUGUAGGUUUUAUAUUUUCAUUACAAAGAGGUUUAAACAAGAGCUGCUUUGGUCCCAUUUGUGAAAACACCUAAUGCUAAUUCUGUAGUUUAUAAGAUGGUUGCCACUUGUACUAUAGUAGUAUUGUAAGAUUUUAAAAAGUAACUUGGAUUGUCUAGACUGGUAUGUGUAAAAAAUGGUUGUGUGAAUUGUCUCUGUGCGUUACCUGCUGGAGAGCUGGAAGUAUAACUUUCAUAUCCGUCUGUUUGUACAAUCAUUUCUGUAUGUACUUUUGUAAGGGCUGUGAUUUGUACUUGAAUAAUACCUUCCACUCAAGCCCUUCAGACUGUACAAACAUUGACGAAUGGAGCCUCACACGAACUCUGCGUCAAACAAGGAGCCUUACGUACAGAGAGAUGUGAUUUGCUUAAAUGCGUUCCAAGAAGGCAAAGCAGGGAAAGGAGCCAUAGACCAGUAGCCUUCAGCCUUCACAGACACAGAACCUGCUUUCAACACAAACAUGCAUUUAGGGAACCUUUUAAAAAACCAUAUAUCUGUAUGGCAGGAGUGCUUCUGUUAUGACCCACCUUAUACUGAGCCAUGACCCAAUAAUGGGUUGUGAGCCACAACUCAAUAGUUGAUUCUGAGCCACCAGUUAAAGAUACAGUAUAGCACUCACCUCUGCUAUUGUUUUAAACAUCGGCUGAAAACUUUUUAAAUUCAGCAAACCUAUCCAAACAUGCAACUGAGUUAUAUAUACUUGCAUUUAAUUUUUACUCAUUUUAUCUAGGUUUUAUUGAUAAUUGAUUUAUAUUAUUUUGUACAUCUCUUAGAGAUUUAUUUUUUGUUGAUGAUGCGGUUAAUAAAUAUUUAUAAAUAAACAGACUGUUAUCUUCUCAAACCAUUUAUUCCAGCCCAAGGUAUAUAACUACUAGGGCUAUUUGGAAGUAAAAGUCUGGAGUGUAACAAUGGCAUCUCUUAAUUCUUCACUUUUUUAUUCACAUAUAUUCUUAUUUGCCUUCCAGAGCUCUUUAUUCUAUGUCCAUCAAUAUUUAGCCACGUUUGUCUUCACACUGUACUUGCACAUGGGUGAAUUAAAGUACAACUAUUGAAGGACAUUGCCCUCUGCAGGCAUUCAGUGUUCAUUCUUUUCUAUGCAUGGAAGGGGCAGGGUGGAGCUGUGAAUGUGCCCCUUCUCCAGAUGCCCAGCAUCCCUCUGCACAGCAGAGUGUUUGCAUCCAGGGACAGCCAAAACUUGCAUGAUUGACCCAGAUCACGUGAAUUUUGACUAUGCAUGCAGGCUGUGUGCAAAUAUUCUACUUUACUCGUUAAUAUCAGGCACAUGGUUCACAGCAGGCCUGUUCUGUGCCAGCAGUAUGCAAAAUCACCUACUUUUUCCAGAUAUGUAACCCUUUAUUUAUAUUUCAGUGUAUGAUGAGCCACAUAUUCUUUUGCCUGUGGCUUCUGCACUUCCACUUUGAAAUAAGUUUUGGUCAUCCAAUGACCCUGCUUUGGCAACAUUAUGACAUGCAAACCUGUAUAGCUUUCUUCCAAAAUAUUGCAGUCAUAGUAGUAUUGUGAUGGGCAUGCAGCUUGUCCCAUUGUCAAGGGACGAUGAUAAUCUUAAAUAGCCUGAUUUUCAGGUCCCAUCGUUUCAGUCCUUGAAAGAGGCAAGGAAACAGUAGAACCAUCCCAGUUCUUGAUGUUCCUUCCCUUUUGCUGGGAAUGCAGUAUAAAACUUAAGCCUCCUUUCCUUGCUGUGCCACUACUGAGCUCUGCCCGUAUUUGGUUUAAAAACAUAAGAGGAACCCCAUUAGAUCAGCCUAAAGGCCCAUCUGAUCCAUCAUGCUGUACUUACAGUGGUCAACCAGAUGGCUAUGGGGAAUUCGCAAUCAGGAUCUACAUGCAACAGCACUCCCCACAAUUGUGAUUCCCAGCAUCUGGCAUUUGUUCCCAUACCCAGAAAGAAUACUCAAGGCAACUUAUUUUUUUAAAAAAAUAAUAUUUAUUAAAAUUUUCCAAUCAAACCAAAUUGUAUAUUCCAAAUUAUACAAAUUAUCCAAUAAUCAAACAAGUCCCAAUGUUAUGCCUAAUUAUAAAUUAUUAUUAUUAUUUAGCUGACUUCCCGUGCUUCGAGAUCGGAGGGAAUCCUAAUCCUCAAGGCAACUUAUUAAGUGAUUAAAAAACUAUUAAAAUGUAACAAAUUAGCUCAUUUGCUAAGUGUGGGCAAUCAAUGAGGGAAGCAUCCCUUACCCCAUGGCAUGUAAGCUGCCACAUUAUUUGCGCCACAGCCAAGGAUUGGGAGAAGGUCUCCCCCUUGCUAAAUGAGUCUUAGGUUAGUGAAACCCAAAUUGUGCACCUGCACCCCAUCGUCCAGCAUACAUCGUGAUGCACAGACCAGGCCCCAAAGGAACCCCCCAAGCUUCCAGUUAUGGGUGAUGACUCAAAAGUACCGUUAUCCCCAUUAUGCCUUGGGGUGGUAGUGAAUUAAGGCCUUAUCUUUCCUUACGUGCCUUCAAAAGUGGUGGGAGAGCAUAGCCAUUAUGGUUAGUAGCCAUUGACAGGCCUCUCCUCCAUAAAUUUGUCUAAUCCUCUUUUAAAGUUGGUGGCUCUCACUGUAUCUUGUGGGAGCAAAUUCCACACUAGGUGCUGUAUGAAGUACUUUUUUUGUCUUGAAUCUUAGAACAUUCAUCUUCACUGGGUAGCCCCAAGUUGUAGUAUCAUGAGAUGUGGAGAAUGGAGAUCUAAAGAAGUGAGGGUUUUGAAAAGAAUACAACUCAUCAUCCAUCCGCAGAUGAAAAGUUCCAGAACUGCACCGCAUAGCCUACAGGUUUCAGUGUUGUGACUGAAAUGCAGGAUUAAGGUUUAUAAGACUUCGCAGGUGCCUUAAUGGAAGGCUGCAUAACUAAGGGCACUUCUUCAUUUUAGGCUGUGAAACGUAAGGAUUUAGAUGAAGCAGGACGGGUUCACAUUUAUUACUUUACGAUUUUAACAUCAACUAAUGACUUUUGAUUUGUGACUGGUAUAUUACUUGUAACCUUUUUAAUGUCUAAAGAUAGGACUUUCAUAUUAUCUCAGAAACAAUGUUAUUCAGUAGAGUCAGUUCCUGCAUUCACAUGCCAGUCAUCAAGUACAAAAUCAUCAAGUGAUGGGCCUGCGCGUCUAAACCAGGCCACAGACUCGGGAAUUUGAAGGAAACUCUCAUUUUGCCAUGGCAUUAUGUAGGGACCUGUUUUAUAUGAAAGUUUUGCAAUACAGUCAUAUUACCUCAUAUAACGUUUGCUUCAUGUUACAUUUUUUCAGGUUGUGUCCCGCGGCAACCUGGAAGUACUGGAAAGGGUUACUUCCAAGUUUCGCCGCUCGCACAUGCGCAGUAGUGCUAAAUCGCACUUUGCGCAUGCGCACAAGUGCCAAAUCAUGCCACACAGAUAUGGUGCUUCGGGUUGCGGGCUUUUCACGUUGCGAACGGGCCUCCAGAACGGAUCCCUUUCGCAACUAGAGGUACCACUGUAUAGAAAAGGGAUAAAGCAACCGGAAUAUUUUAUGGUAAACCUUGGUAUAAGCGCACUAGAAGACCAUAUUUAGCUUGAUUCUUCUAUGUCUGAAAAUAGUUCACAUGGGAUAUUGUAGCAUUUCUUUGUAAAAAUAUGUCAUGCUUCAAUGUUAUCUCAAAGAAGUCAUAAAAUUGCCCCAGCAUAGCAGAAAGAGCUGAAAUGAGGUCUGUGCAUAAUUACAGGAUUUAAAAUGUUUGAGUGCUCCCCACAAGAUCAACCUAGCCUGAAUUAAAAUUUUUGAGUUUUUAAAUGUUGGGAGAUGAUUAUGGUCAUGAGGGUUGCAGCUUGGGUGGUGUUGGUGGAACAAACCAUAUAAUUUCAUCCCAUGUGUCAUUGUCUGCAUAAGACUGGAGCGUCUUACCAGAUGGCAGCUGGGAUCCAAGAAUAACCAUCCCAUAAGCUGUUUCUGGAUAUUCAGUUUUUAAAACAAAACCAAAGGGAAAGAUUAAGCACACUACUGCAACUGGAUGGGUGACAGGAAAUGCUUGACAGUCUCUUCCAUCACACAGAUUUGUACUGGCACAAAAGAGGUGUGUGAUGUUGCAUAAUGAACAAUAUGACCCAAUCUAUUGGAACAUUUUAAGGCAUGUUCAAACAUACCUCAAUUAGGACUACUCCCCAUGGAGCUUGGCAUUGGGGGAUUCAUAAAAACAAACCGAUUGACUGGGGCUUGCACCAGGGGACCCUCUGCACAGUGUCACUAAUUCCUCCCUCCAAUGUGGCACGCUUUUUCUCUUGCUGCCACCAUGCCAUCCAUCUGUAGACUAGGGCAUUGCAUUUUAGGUAAGUUGAAAUGGCGACUGGUCACUUUGGAUGAGAGCCAAGCUUGCCUUCCAUUCAAAAGUGACACCACCACCCACCCAUGGCUAAAAUGUAACCUGGAGGCCCGGAAAGGCUGAUAGUAAGGUAGCAAAGCCCUGUCAUGUUGGUGAGGAGACAUUUUGAGCAAGUGAGGCCCUUGGCCUGUUCCUGACCUGGGGUUGGGGAAGAGAAAGAAAUGAGGAAGACACAAGCAGUGCACCUGAUCCACAAGCUGCUUUUGAUAGUUAAUUAAAUGCAAGAACAGAGACAUGUCUUUUGUCUGCAAGAAAUCCUUGACUUUCUUCUAUUAGACUCCUCACACCUUGGCCUGUUGAGGUGGUAAAACAUUGUCUGACUUGUGCCAUUGAAGACGGCAGCUUCGGUGCGCUGUUGCUUGGAAUCAAUAAACAAAUGAAUCCCUCCAUACAGAAAAUUUGGUGUCAAAGAGAAAAGCUCUAACUGGAGCACAGGGAGGGAGGUUUUAAAUGGAAGUGUGUUUAGUCAUUUGAUCCCCUACCUGGAGUCUGAUGUGAUACAGCUCACACAGGGAUUUAUUAUCUCAGUGAGGACUAGGCCUUAGUUAACUUUCAAAAGCAGGUGAUCUGACAUUGAUCUCUUGCUAUAUCUUGGAGAUGUAGCCAUAAGUCUUUACAAGCCAAUGAUUGCAAGAGCUGAUUUCUCAUUUCUUAGUUAUCCUGCUAAAACAGCUCUACACUGAAUCAAGUCUUCUAGGAAUGUAGAUAAGUUUUAAAUUCUGUUUUGUGUGUGUGUUGUUGUGUAGUACUUUUGAAAACUAUGAGUGAAGUAACAGUUGAUAAAAGCCAGAGUAAUGACCUUGACAAAUGACAUCCAUACCAAUCCCCCCCACCCCGCCAAACCUAAAGCCUGCCAAGUGUACCUGAGCAGCAGUAAUUGUAGUUCUCAACCUUUUAUCACCUAAAUGUGGAACAGAAGGAAACCAAUGUGAGCCAGAAAGUGUAAUCUGGCGCUGGAAACAUGAGAAAAGUUGGGAGACAGGCACUCAGGAAACGAGAAAUCGGAGCUUUGCUUGGCAUGAGUUUUAUUCAGCAUGAAACAUCAUUCUGUAGUUUAAAUUUCCAUUUCUAUAUCCAAAUGUGCCAUGUAGAAUUUGACCUUGCAGUUAUAAAAAUUAUGUGAAGCUCAGUGUUCUAAGAAUUGGGUUCUACCUUGCUUGAGAGAACGAAGAGGUGUAGUGAAGGAAACCUAAAAUUCUUCACAUCUAAUAUCAAUAAAUGAGUAAAUAAACAAAUAAACAAAUAUUGCUGACCAACACCCAUGCUCACCUGUCUUGAAUUCUCUACAUACCUGUUACAAGCCUUUUGUGCAACAUCCCAUUUGCAAGUGAUGCUCCGUCUGGUCUAAAAGCAACUGUUUGGCAUAUGUCUUUGGUGAAAACAGCAAUAUCUUAGUACAUCAGGAUCCAAUUUUUGUUGUAUCAAGGUAUAAUAUGGCCCAGAUGAAAUGUUGUGGAAUAGUGCAUAUUAAAAGAAAACCAUCAAACAGUACUUUCAAACCUGUUUUAUUCAAUAUAAUUUCAUGAGUUGAUGUACAUUGUCCAAAAGAGCCUACCUGAAUUUAAUCUUCCCUCACUUUAAAUGCCUUUAUUGCUGUAAAGUACAAUCAAUUUUCUUCUCCUCCCCUCCUACACAGUGGUUAACGGUAACCUUUUAUGGCAUCAUGCUGAAAAAGGUUUUGAUCAGAAUUUGGUAAGUGCAUCCCAGAGUAGAAAUGGGACCAUAUGCUGUUCCUUUUAAAUGUUUUCACAGAUGCAUCAAAUGUACACGAGACAGAAAUCAUGUUUAGAGUAGUGAGGUGCCUGAAGCAUGUUUUUGUAUUGUCAUAUUGACCAAUGCUAAAUUCGUAUGUGUGAAUUAAUGAUUAAAAGGAUGCAUAAAUAAAUAAAUCAAGAAGGUAAAAGUUCUCCAACUGCUCUACUUGUUAUUUUCGUUCUAUAACGGACCCAGUGGCUGCAGGGCAAGAGGAACCGGAAUGCUGGUGGUUCUCUGGUUGAAAGCAAAAUAAACAAAGUUCAGUUCCUUUCCUCAGGUGCAUAACUGCAGUCAUAAAUUCAAACAACAAUUUAUUGUAUAUAGCCAAAGGCCUUCACAAUAAACAACACAGGGCAAAAAGUAAGAUAUUCGAUUAGAAUCACACAACAUAAAUUUAAAAUUACACAGCAUAAAAUUUUGAAAUUACAAUGCAUUAACAUAACUGGAGCACAGCUGCUUAGGUGCCAGAGCAAAUUUGGCUACCAGAUAUGUAAUUUGUAGGUAUUUAUCAGCUAAGAGUUCAGCUAUCCAUUCCUGGGGGAUCGCUCUGAGAACUAAAUCAAUAAAUAGUGCAUGAUAUUCUCAACCUGGUUACAUCCAUAAAUGCAUUCCAAAGUAUGUUCCCUCUAAGGAUGCUGAGGGCAUCUGUUGAAAGCUAAGUUCAACAAAGACCCUAUGUAAUUGUGGAAAGGCCAGUGUCUCAAGGUAAUGGAACCUUGAGUGGUUGUCCUUGCUUUGAGGGCACUAAAUAGAGUAAUGGGCAGUAAUAAUGGAUUUUCUACCUUGGUUGGUGUCAUGGUCAAAGAUCCACUUUCUAAGAUCACACAAGCUAAGGGACAAAUAUUUAUCCUUUUGGAGAUUGUAAGCCUUAAGCUUGUCUUGACACUUUUGUGCCCGACCUUCUGUUCUUAGUUGCUCCAACCAGCAGAGCUUGGUGAUGAUAUGAUCCUCAAAGGCAUUUAGUCUACGCCAGUAUAUUAAAGUAGGCUAGUUUAAUUCUGGCUGCUAUCGAAAGGAGACUCAACUCAGCUCUAAGGUGAGCCAACAGAGUCCUAGGAGAAACCCCCAGUAUCUGCCUCAUAAAUUUAACUCUCGUGUGAAGAUCAGAGUACACAUGGAUUUAUGGAGUGAAAUAAUUUUGAGAAAUGGUCCUUGUAACAUAAAAUGAUUUUGUAACUAACGGAAAUGACACAGAAAUAAUAACAGUAAUUUAUUAUUUAUAUAGGUAAAAUGGUAGAAUAAAAGACCGAGGGAGCCGGUAUUUUCCACAGACAGCUUGUGGCAAGCAUGUGGCAAGCAUGACUAAACCGCUUCUGGUGCAACAGAACAUCGUGACAGAAGCCAGAGCGCACAGAAAUGCCAUUUACCUUCCCACCACAGUGGUAUCUAUUUAUCUACUUGCAGUGGUGUGCUUUUGAACUGCUAGGUUGGCAGAAGCUGGGGCAGAGCAAUAGAAGCUCACCCUGUUGCGGGGAUUCGAACCACCAACCUUCUGAUUGGCAGGCCCAAGAGGCUCAGUGGUUUAGACCACAGCGCCACCUGCAUCCUGUAUCAUUCAUUCAUACAUUUGUUUGCUUGCUUGCUACCCAUCUGACUGGGUUACUCCAGCCACUCAGGGCUGUAUUUCACAGGCUGGGAACAAUCUAUUUUUCAAAUGCGUUUCACAUUUAAUUGAUCAUAAUGAGAACCAAUACAAUGUUUGGAAGUCUGCAUUGAUUACAGAUUUUGACGUCGCUCUGCCGAAAGAGAACCAAUACUGUAGUAGUGUUAGCACAUCAGUGCUGCACUUACUGCAAGCUGUAAAGUGCCAAAGGCUUUGCUUUGGCAUAAUUAAGAGCUCCAGAAAUCUCAAUACAAAAACACAUAGUUAAAAUGAAUAAAUAAUAAAAAUUUGUAAAGGGCACCCCACCAAAUACCAUAAACUAAAUGGGGAAAGUGUAAUUUAGGUUGAAAAUGUCUCUGGAAUGUUUCUGCUUUAUAUGCAAAAUGGGUCUGGGUCUGUGCUAAAGAAAGAAAUGGAUUUCCCCCCUUUAUUGCCAAUAAGAGCAGUGUUGUUAAAGAGAAGGUUCAAUAUCAAAAUUCAGUUUUAAAAGCAUACUGUUACCUGUGCAUAUUCCUUUAUAAGCUUUCAAGUUUCUUCUAUUGAGUUGCUAAUAGACUUUUUAAAAAUUACGAUCUUGUAAUUCAGUUGCAGGGAUAUCUGGUAUUCUGCCGACGUUGCUAUAUAAAAAUAGUCAUUUUUCUUUAAAAAGGGGGGGGGACCCCUCUUAUUUUUAGUUUCCCAUAAUGUUUUAAUAUUCAAUUCUGGAGGUGGAUAUGUAAAGGAAUUCAUGUUUAAACUUGAAAAGGCACCAUAAAAAUAAAAAUAGCUUGUAUGAAAUGUUUGCAUUUCAAGACUAUAGAAACUGCCACUGUUCUGGUGUUUUUAUUUUAAUGUAAUUAAAAUAGCAAUGCUGUCCUUCAGCUUUGGAUGUUUCCCGUUCUUCUUAGCAAGUACUGCUUGUAGGCUUAACCCAAAUAAUAGUUGCUGUUUAUUUUUGUUUUUAAAGAAUAUAUUAUUAUUAUUAUUAUUAUUAUUAUUAUUAUUAAUAAUAAUUUAAAAGGAAGGGUAGAGCAGAGAGGAGCAUUGCUGGAUCUGAUCCCAGGCCAAUCUAGUUGACAAUUUGGUUAUCAACCCCACAUCCCACUUAACAUUUUUUUCCCUUUUACUUGCAUGAAUCCAACCCCUGACCCCAUGAUGUACCAGUGGUACCCCCAACUACUCAACCCUUUGGGCCUCUUCUCUGAGAAGUUAUCUGGAGGGUCUUCCAUCAUUCAGAAGUUCAAGGCAGAGGAAUUCUGCCACCAGAUGGACAGAGUGCAAAAGCCUCUUUGAAAUAAGAGAAAAAAACACCUGCUACUUUGUGUCCAAACCAUUAAUUUAUUGUAUUUGUAGAUAAGUCUUCAUUUAAUCACAUCCUGUCAAUGGCAUAGGUACAUCCCUGCUGAACACUUCUUCACCCCUAACUCUUUAAUUCCUAGUACUGUGAAAUGUUAUUUCACAUACACAUGAAAUAAACUUUUUUUAUAUAUUUAGGAAUUUGAAAGUUGUUAUUUGAAUGUCACUAACCAUUUUUAAAGACUUGGAUUUUGUUAUGAUGGACAGGAUCCAUAAACUCUACCAUACAGUUGAACACUUCUAGUGAAGCUGUUUUGUGCUGAGUCACAUUAUUGGCCCAUCUCGCCCAGCAUUGUCUACCAUGAGUGGAAGUGGUUCCCUGGGGUCUCAGAAAGUGCUGUUCCACACAGGGGCACACCUAGGAGCUGCCCAGGUUGGCCCCCAGCCAGGGAGCAGGCCCAUGGGGGCGCCAAAAUCGUGCCUGGUUUGGAGGGGCAGAGCGCCCAGGGGCGGGGGGCUUUGGUGGUGCUGAUACAGCUCCUUGACAAGGGCUCAAGGGAGCCUAGGUACACUUCUAGGUAAAGGUAAAGGGACCCCUGACCAUUAGGUCCAGUCGUGACUGACUCUGGGGUUGCGGCGCUCAUCUCGCUUUAUUGGCCGAAGGAGCCGGAGUACAGCUUCCGGGUCAUGUGGCCAGCAUGACUAAGCCACUUCUGGCGAACCAGAGCAGCGCACGGAAACACCGUUUACCUUCCCACCGGAGUGGUACCUAUUUAUCUACUUGCACUUUGACGUGCUUUUGAACUGCUAGGUUGGCAGGAGCAGGGACCGAGCAACAGGAGCUCACCCCAUCACGGGGAUUUGAACUGCCGACCUUCUGAUCGGCAAGUCCUAGUCUCUGUGGUUUAACCCACAGCGCCACCCGCUGUGGUACACUUCUAGUACCACAGUAAUAACUGAGGUUCCAGGGAUUAAACCUUGGAGCUUUUGCUUGCAAGACAUGCACUCUACCCAUAAGCUACAGCCCCACCCCAUCAGUCAGCCAUCAGUGCUUGCCUCUCAGUGGAUGUCAUCUUCUGUUCCCAUGGUAGCGCUUGGAUAAGGCUCCAUGAUUCUUACCUUUUAUUGUUCAGCUUGGGAAACUUUCCUGGAAUGCUGCUCUUGACUGCAGACUGCAGGAAGAAUUGGACUAUGGCAGAUGCAAUCACCAUAAACUCUCCCAGUGUCACGGCGUUUAGGUUAUAGGGUUUAAGGUUAUUGUCACAAAAUUAUAAAAACUUAAAUACACCUGGCAAUCACACUCCGUAUAUGUGAGCAGUUGUCUGCUCACUCGUAAAACUUCCCAAAGAGUUCCUGCUUUUAUACAUUCCAUUUCAGCGCAGACCUGGAAUUGUACACUUCUCUUCAAAUGAAUGUGGCAUUUCAAACAGAGAAAACAUCUGUAGCUGGCUUUCCUCCUGAGUGGAUUUUUUCAGCCAUGCAUAAUCCCGUUUCCUGGCAUUUGAGGACGAUUAGUUGGAUUAACAAGAUGCUAUCUGCUGUCACUAGCUAUGGAAAGUAACCUCCUUGCAAAGAUCGUAAUGGCACUUGAUAUAUCACACAGCUUUUAUAGCCAUCACGAGGUGUAACUGCAAGAGCCAGAUCCAAAGCAGGUUGUGUUUCAAGUCCCACAAGGCCCCUUCUUGACUUGUAAGGAUUGCUGGUGGUCGAGGCCAACCAUUCAGAUGUCUUUGACAGUGUCCCACUGGUGACCAGAAGUCACUUUGUCAAAAUGACAGAUGAGCUGUGCAUGUAGCUUUUUCACUCUGCCACUUUUGUGUGUGAUGUCAGCUCUGCUCACUUGUCAAAAGUAGGUAUUUUUGUUAUAUCCAGCAGAGCCGGUGGGGGAGGAAAAGGGAGCAAAGAAAGCACAAUCUGGUUGAAUAGCUCCUAGUCAACUAUUAUUGAGGAUAAUAAACUCUGCUCUUUCCCCUAAUCUGUUUUAUGUGCUGGAGUGCAGAAGUAGGAAUAGGAGCUGGGUUUUUUUGAAAGUCAUUCUGGCCCUGCUGGGUUAAGAUUUUUCAAAAGCUUAUUAUUAUCUUCUCGGACAUAAUGCAAUAUGUUUAUUCCAAUAAGUAAACCCAUUACGGGGAACAAAACUGUUUAUGUGACUUACUACUCAGUAGCAAUGAAUGUGGUCUAUGAACUGCUGGAAGCAACCUUGUAUGUUCUGGUUCUAGCACAUUGCUACAAAAAUAACUCUUCAAAAGGUUUUUAUAUGAUAAUAAUUAUAACCAUAGGAAUUGGGUAAUUCUCAAACUGGAGCUCACUGUAUGAGCAACUAGGACUCGGAGGAACCACCAUCCUGAUUUCUUGAUGAGGGCACUGGAGUUAAAGGCUGUGGAGGAGGAAGCCAAGGCUGCCCCAUUACAUUUUGGUGCCCGAGACAGAGCAGCAGAUCUCUGCUCCCCAAAGUCAAGAUGCUUAGCACCCAACGCUGGUCAAAUUAUUGUAUCACCUGAGCCAGAACACCCCACAAGUGACUCUGGCUUCAUACGCACCAACCCGUAUGUAGCACAAAAAUGUAAGGUUCCCCCCCAAUCCAGAAUCAUUCAUGUUCAUCCUUAGCAUGUUGUUUUCCAUCUAGAUUAUUCUACAUCCUGCUGUCCACAAGGGAGGGUGUGGUUACAUGAUAUAUGUUUGAAAACCCUGCCCUUAAUUACUUCUUUUCCUCCCUGCACAUUCCCCAGGUGAAUGCAGAAGGAAGUGGUGCUUGCAAAUUUGGCAUAUGCACAUCCACAAUGUCACUGGGUAGGUGUGGAAACACCCUCUGUUGCUGGGACUGCCUGCAUCUGUUGUCAAAUGGACACGGUGCAAUGGAUUUUAUUUUCAGAAUGAAGUCAGUUUCUCAAGAGGCAGUAGCAAUUGCAGCUGUAUUUUACUCUUACUGGGGUAACUGGAUUAAUUAAAGGCACUCGUAUUUGAUAUAAACCAUCAGCAUGACUUGAAGCUGCCAGCUGGGAGCAUUGGUAUGCGUGGGAACUUUUGCACAGGCAGUGCCCCUCAGUAUUGGCGCUACUCUGUAAUCCACAGCUACAUAAUGAAAGUGAACUGAUUCAUAUGUAUAUGCGCCAUGGCCGUGAAAUAGGGCCAGAGCCGUCUUUCCCAUUGGGCUUACUGGCACAGUGUGCCAGGGCGCCGGUCUCUCAGGGGCGCCCCAGCGAGUGGGGGAGCUGCACGGUUUUCCCAGCGGCCUCCCCUUUCCCUCCUGCACACCUGCCAGCUGCGCCCCGUCAACCAUAUGACUGGUGGACAUGCAGCUUCCUUCCCAAGCCCCUGCGGGAGGAGAGCGAUCCCCACAGAGGCUUGGGAAAAGGUCAAUAACUCUGGGAAGCGGGGUGGGGGCGCCAGAGGAAUCUUUGCACCACGGCGCCGGGCAUGCUUAAGACGGCCCUGAAUAGGGCUAGGACUGCAGUGUAGUUGCUGGAGAGUGGGAAAUAAGUACCAUCUGAAAAUCCCAAAAGUAAGACAAAUAAAAUUCAACCAUGUAUUAAGGAGUCUUCUGGUUGCCUUUUCUGAAGGCUGUAGAAAAGAUUUAUGUUUAAAUAUGUUAAUAAUGUUAGAGGAUUAUCAUGUUUAUCAUAAUUGCCACCAACAUUCAUUGGUCUUCAUUAGUGAAGAAAGGGUGUGAUGCCACUUAUUUGAAUGGCAGUGCAAUAUAGAAGUGAUAGAUUUGACCCAGUGGCUUUAGGAAAUUAGGUCAGCCUUAAAGCUGUAGUAUAUUGCCUAAAAAGGUAGCUUUUUGGCAGACCUGCAUGGAUCUUGUUUUGUUUUAUCCCCAGGAAAACUGACAUACCACUUUUACAACUUUGUUUACACAGGUCUGCCUAAGCUGUUUUCUCUCCUUUGUAAUAUUUGCUAAUACGUAGCACAGGCAAGAUCACAGAAAGAAAAUAAAGCCAGGGUCAGCUCUUAUUCUAGCUGCAAGUACUUUAAGGCAGCAGUGUCUGGAGGCCUCCUUGUUUAGAUAAUUUUGUAAUAGAAAACAGAUUGCUGCUACUUUCGUUGGGCUACUAUUUUUAUUUUGCUGUUGCUUUUCAAGCUCUUUGGGCAGAGCUUCACAAUUUUAUGCAAAGGCAACAAAGAACCUCCUUGACAUGUUUUUCCUUGUGUUUAAAUCUGCGGUAUAAUUUAUAACUCACUAAAACGUUUCAGAAUUUCAAGGUCAGAACAGGGAGGAAAAAAGUACUGAAGAAAAUAAUGCCCUGGACCCAAAAAAGACACUGUAACACAUACCUGCCCUUCGCAUUUUAAAACUGUGGAUAACACACACACACAUACACACACUGAUGGAAAGAAAAGCAUUCCCUGUUGCUUCCUCUGUCAUCUGUCAUAUUUUUAAGAAUAGAGUAUCAUGAGAACACUGGAGUUUGGUGAUGUAUUAGGGUCAUAUAUCUCUAAAAGAUCAUUUCUUUAAAGGAUAUGAGCGGUGGAAGACAUGAUUCUGGCCAGACAGAUCAGCAGGGGAUUUUUCUUUCUUUCUUCCUUCUUCUUUAAUCUAACUCUGUUUUUGUGUUAUACAGAAGUGAAUUUCUUCAUGGGAUAUGACUUGUUGCAAAAUAAGCUGGGAGGCCCAGUGGGCUUUGUAAACUCUUUUGAAACUGAACGGCUUCAAGGGCCGCUUUGUUCAGAGUUUUUAGUACAGGCUCUGGCCACAAGGAAGCCCAACAAGGUAAUAUUUGUCAUGGCCCAAAUCUCCAGUGUAAAGACCGUCUAAGCAGACCUUUGAUAUGUAGGAGAGAUGGAGAAAGAGAGAGAGAGAAGAAAAUCACAAGGCAGCUGCAGUGGAAGCAGUGACGGAAUGAAAAAGGCUGUGAAAAAGGUUAUCAUUCGGUGAAGCACAAUACUGGUAGGGUAAAACUUUGGGGAACUAUUCAAAGAACUCAACAGUUUUCUUUUGUUGAGAAAACAUGGGCAUCCUAGAGAAAUUCAGUUGUUGUAUUUAGGAGAACAUCUUGUUACUUUUCGCUGUAGGACUGCAAACACUUUUUCUUUGCACUCAGUAUCAGUGGUACAGAGCCCUGGGAUUUUUCAGCUGCCUUGAUCCUACCCAGUACCCAUAUAUAGUGCAUGGUUGCUUGUCCCACAGUGACAUCAGGGAAAAUGUAUAGCUCCCAACAGAGAAAGUGAGAAGGUACUAUCUGGGCACAGGACCAGUGACAGCGCAAGAACAACUCAAAUGCAACAUGAAUGAUAAGAAAAUGGACACUUUGAAUGUGACAUAUGCUCAGGAGUGAUAUGAGUUUUGUGUCUAUGAAGAUGUGCUUAAUUUUGAACACUCCUAGCUAUGUAGAGAGAGGGCUCAUUAUCAUAAUUUCAGAGGGCUCACUACAGGCAUUGGUAGGUUUGUUUUAUUUUGAAAGGGAGCUCCUGAUUGUUUCCACACAAAGCUGCUUCAGCAACCAUUCCCUCUUUCUGUGGAACAGUAGAUACUGUUGUUUUGCAGUGGAUAUUAGGGACCAGAAAAGUCUCAACAUACUCACCAAACAACAUUUUUUCAAUAUUCUUUGGGGGAAACCAUUGCUGUCAGUGUAAUAUAUAGUGGACGCUUGGGUUGCGAGCGUGAUCCGUGCGGGAUGCACUUUCACAACCCACAGUGUCCGCAACCCGCAAUGGCAUGUCUGCGCAUGUGCGGGUUGCGAUUUGGUGCGUCUGCGCAUGCGCAAAGCGCAAUUUAGCGCUUGUGCGCAUGCACGACUGCCAAAACCCAGAAGUAAUCCAUUUUGGUACUUCCAGGUUUUGGCAGUCCGCAACCUGAAAAAACGCAACCUGAAGCGUCUGUAACCUGAGGUAUGACUGUAAAAACAAUCCAACUUUUGCAGUAUGUGUACAGUACCUUGACCUCAGAACAUCCUGGUCUAUGGGCAGACUGUUUUAACAGGUUUCAAAUAAAAUACUCAAAUCAAUACUAUUUUUUUUAGACAAGACCAAUAAGUUCAAUUAAAUUUACUAGAGGGCAAUUGAUAAUAGCAAAAGAUCUUAAUUUGUAAUAUGCAGCAAAGCACUGCAUAAAAAUUCCUCUGUCCCAGUGGGAGCCUAGCAAGGCAACAAGAGUACUGCUCCACUCCUUUAACAUUUGGUUGAUGCAUGGAGACAUGUAAAUCAGAGGGUCAGAGACUUAUUCACGCAUAUUUUUCUGAGUUAUUAGCUAUAUUCUCUGCUGGGCUAUGUACUAAUCUCUGCCCGCCUAGGAACUCACAUGGGCAGAUAGUUAUCCUUUAUACAGAACAUGUUAUGGUAGAGGUGAGAUUGCAAAUUAAAACUAAAGGUCCAUUUAAUCCAGUGCGGCAUCUAGAUCCAGUACUACUUUUGAAACAACUCUCAGCAGAAUCAAUUUCAGCAGCCAUAAAGGAGUGUUUUGAUAUAAAUAUAACCCCAAGAAUGAGCUUCACCACAAUCUGGGAUGCUAUAAAAGCAACAGUGAGGGGCAAAGGCAUUGUAGAAUCUGCUACGUAUAAAAGGCGGACUGAUCCAAUUAGGCAAGGUCUCUUACAAGAGAUUGAAUCCGUGGAAAUAAAACACAAAUGCGCUGGCUCCUCAAAGUUUUUAAGACUUUUAGAUAAUAAACGUAAGGAACUAGAAGCACUGGGCUCAUAUAAGAUUGCCAAAUCUCUGUUGUGUGUUAAACAGAAGUACCACGAGGCAAGCAAUAAGCACUCCAAACUCUUCCACAUGAAUUAAAAGAGAAAUAGACAGUUAAUAAAAUUCAUUACGUGACAGAAAAGGAUGUGACUAUCGCAUAUGAUUAGUCCAAGAUUAAUGCUAUGUUUCCAGAUUUGUACAGCUCAGUAAAGCCCAACAGGAAUCAUAUAGAAAUGUAUUUAACUGAAGCUGAUAUAAAUCCUAUCAAUGAGACACCAAAAAAUAAGUUAAAUAAAAACAUUUCAGAAGAAGAGAUUCAAUAGGCUAUGAGAAGGUUAAAACACACCAAGGCACUAGGUUCAGAUGGAUUACUAGCCCAUUUAAAAAUAAAAUAAAAUCUGAAACCAUCGAGUCCCACAUUUGGCCACAGUAUUAAACUCAAUGACCAGAAUUACAGUAUUUCCUAAAUGAACAUAGGCAACAAGCUGGGACACACAGACCCAUUACUCUGUUAAACCACUAUCAAUUUUUUCCCUUUUAAAUUAGCUUAUUUUCUAAAUACAAUGAUAACUGAUAAUAUGCAUCCUGACUAUGCAUAUGCCAUCCUACAGCGACAUAUUGCAGACUCUAUUAUUCAUUAUUCAUUUACAGUGGUACCUCAGGUUAAGUACUUAAUUCGUUCCGGAGGUCUGUUCUUAACCUGAAUCUGUUCUUAACCUGAGGUACCACUUUAGCUAAUGGGGCCUCCUGCUGCCGGCGCGCCGCCGGAGCACGAUUUCUGUUCUCAUCCUGAAGCAAAGUUUUUAGCCUGAAGCACUAUUUCUGGGUUAGCGGAGUCUGUAACCUGAAGCGUAUGUAACCUGAGGUACCACUGUAUUAAAUUUCUAGACCACCCUUAAUCCAAGGAUCACAGGGCAGUUUACAAUAUAAAAACACAAAAAUACAUUCCGUAGUAACAAACCAGUUUAAAAGGUCCUAGAUCAUUUAAUUAGCCAAAGGCCUGGGGGGAAAUGAAUGUUUUUGCCUGGUACCUAGAGAUAUCUAAUGAAGGCGCCAGACAAGCCUCCCUGGGCUACCCACUCCCUGGGUAGCCCUGGGUUACACAAAUGGAACCACCCACUCUUGUGUUGCCACGUUCUGGGCCUCUCAUGGAGAAGACACAUGAAGAAGGGCCUCCAAUGAUGAUCACAGGGUCCAAGUCGGUUCUAUGGGGAGAAGCAGUCCUUGAGGUUUUGGUGUUCUGAGCUGUUUAAGACAUCAUAAGUGAAAACCAGCACUUUGAAUUGGACCUGGAAACUAAUUGGCAGUCGGUGCAUUAGGAGGCUUUGAAUAUUACAUGAGAUACUACAUGUAAGAAAUGAACAUGCUAUUGAUGCCCAGUAUUUUAAAAACUGUAAUGCUGCUGUCAAUUAGGCCAUUGUCUUACAACAGCAGUCUCCCACCUAAACAAUAAAAAUUUGGCUCUAGUGCCCACCAAUGCUAUGGAGGCAGAGGUGCAAAGAUUCUGGCUAACUGUUCACCAGGAACUUAAAAAAAUAAAUACAAGAGAGACUAUUAUUUUUGUCAGCAGAGCUUUGGUCAUUAUAUUUAUUUAUGGGACCAAAUAAUAAAUUUAAAUUUAAAGACUUGAUAAACUUUCUUCUGGUAGCAGCUGGGCAUUGAAUAAUAUAAAGAUGGAAAUGGUUUGGAUACUGUUGCCUAGCUAAGGAAUGUUUGCUUGAUUUCAAUUUCUGAAAAGAUUAAGCACAGUAUCAGACUCCUGCAGGGAAAAGAGAAACUUUCUAUGCUACCUGACUUUAAAAAAUAAAUUAAAAAAAUCACAUAUAUAAUGUCUUCAGCAGCAGCAGAAAUUUGGACAACAUGAGUCUACGGCUGGUGGCAAUGAUAACUAUAUUUUAUUUCUUCUCUCCACGCCCCCCCAAAUGUAUCUACUUACCCUUGGUGCCUUGAAUAGAUGGGGUUUGUUCUUUGUUUUGUUGUUGUUCUAUUUGCUAUAUUUAAUAAAAUAGUUUCCAUGGUCUUUCAAGCUGUACUCUGGUAGAGGCAAAAGUAGCCUGAUGGAGGUGUGGCUCCAGAUGUGUACAUUUUGGUGUGAAUUCCACAAGUAUCUACUGGAUGGUAUCAGUGGUAACAUACUUUCACCUUGGUGCUCAAACGAUUUAUUGUUGACAUUUGUUUGCUGCCCCCAUAACAUAACAUUGUCUGGAUGCCUUACAAUCAAAGCAAAACAGAAAGUCAUUUUUUAAAAUGGAGGAACUCUGUUAAGUAUAACAAAACAGAAGCUGUGCUACAUCCCAAAAUUUGUUUUAAAAACAAAACAAAACUGAGGCUCACAUUAUGAAAAGCCUGGGCAGAAUGGCCUUCACUUGGCAUCAGAACAUGCAUAUAUCUACAUAUAUAUCUCAAGGACCGCCUCUUUCCAUAUGAACCCAGCCAGACCCUGAAAUCAUCUUCUGAGGCCCUGCUUCGUGUGCCUCCUCCAUUAGAGGUCUGGAGGGUGGCAAGACGAGAACAGGGCCUUUUCUGCAGUGGCUUCCCAUUUGUGGAAUGCUCUCCCUAGGGCAGUUCAGCUGGUGCCUUCAUUAUACACCUUUAGGCGACAGGCAAAAACUUUCCUCUUCAUCCAGGCCUUUGGCUGAUUGACUUCCAAUGCGAUUUUAAACUGUGUUGGGGGGCGUUAUUGGGUUGUUUUUGUUUUUAUUACAUAUUUGGUGUUUUUGCAUUGUGAUUUUAUGUUGUAACCACCCUGAGACCUGAGGGGAAUUGGGUGGUAUACAAAUUUAAUACUAAAAAUAAAAUAAGUAUACCUGUGCUUAUUAAUUUAUUUUUUAAAAGUUUUUUUAACCAACCCUAAGUUUUUAUUGUGAGUGAAACUGCUUAAACCAUAAGCAGCUUUGAUCCAUUGAGGUGAAUGAGGGGAAAGCAGUGGCAAUUAGGGAAACAGAGCAAAACAUAUGUUUAAUAUAAUGGACUCCCAUCCCAUCAAACUAUUGUAUUUAAAUGGGGAUAUAGUGCCCCCCCUUCUCUCUCUGUCAUUUUUACACCAGUACAAGCACACACACAUUUAUUUCUUUAGUACAAGGGCCAUAUCCUACAGACUGAAAGACUCAGGUGUGCAGCUGAGUGCAGGAUAAAAUUUGUUUAAGCAUCAGGCACACCACAGGAAGUGAUUGUUUGGCCUUUAGGGAGCGGUGUGAGCUGCUUAUAUAACUUGGUGGCAGGAUGAAAAUUUGCAGUGUAAAUUAUGUAGGGUCUUUGUGCAAGCUCAAACCUUUGCUUUGAUUAAUAUCUCCUUUGGGUCAGGGUGGAAUGCCAAAGGGAGUAAUAGAUGUUGGCAGAGACCCCUCGUAGCCGAUCUGUAACACCAUCCAUACUUAGUAUCAACAAUGCCCUGCUGCUCUGGGCACUGUGGUCCUUUCAGCCUGCAAGAUUCAGGGCCAGUUUUGGCAUGGGUGCAGCAGUGCUUUUGGAAUGGUUCCAGCUGAGAUGCGCACAUAGCAAAUGCAAUGUCGGAACCGAGAAUUCACUGAAUUUACUUUAAAGGAAAGAUUCGUUGGCACGAUUCAGCAUGGGGCUGGUACCGUGGCAAAGUUGACUUCACUAUGCAAGGAGUUUCACAAGAAGAGCACCGUUACGGAAAAGUGACGCUUUUCUUCACCACUUGACAUGCCUUCAGGUGGUUACAACAACAUGAAGCAGGACCUUGUGGAUAGCUUGGGCAGGUCCUGAGGCAAAGAUGUUUAGGCUGAACAGAGAUUUAUCCACCCACCCAUUCAUAUUUGUAACUCAGGAAAAAUGUAGACAUCUAACAUGCUGUAAAUUGCUUAGAGACCUUUGGGUAGCAAGCAACUAGCAAGUCUAAAUAAUAGUAGAUUAGCAAAUGCAAUAAAUGAUAUAAGCCUAGGCUUGUACAAAAUGCUUCAUGUGCAGUGUGUGAGCAUGAUGAUUCCUCUUGUGCUCUUUAGAAUACAUACCCAUGUGAAAUGACCCAAUGAGAUCUUCAACGCUAUCCAGAAUUUUGAGCAUAUAUAACAAAGGGUAGAUUAUGUAUUUUCCAGAUUUAUUGAAGUGGCACAGGAGAAAUAUUUUGAAAAGCUGCAUGACACUGAAAAUACAAUACAAGGCUGUUGAAAACAUCUUUUCAAAACAAGAAGAAUAAGAAAACACAGCUGGAAUGUAACACUGGAAGUGAAAUUAGCAUCUUGAGAAUUAGCAUCUGUGCUCGUUGUACAGGCUGUUUUCCCUCUGCACCUUAUAAUCAAACCUUAGGCUCAGAACACAGCAAGUCAAGUUAUUCUAGAGUGCUCCCCACAUUCCCAAAAGAAAGCACAGCUCCUGUUCCAAGCCACAUGCCUGUUGAAGAAAGCAAUUCUUAAGAGUGGUUGAUAGUUUCUUUUUUCUUUCUUUUAGCUGAGACGCAAUAGGGAAUCCUGUUGGAAUUUUGGCAGCUGACCUAAAACUGUGGUUUGGAACAGAUCCUGUUCCAGGUCUUUGCCAAACAUUUUCGAUUAAAAAAAAACUUUUCAUGUUGGCAUUUUAUUUUACUAUACCAUAUGACUUAAGAUUUUUUUUUUUCAUUCCUGAUAUGAUUUGUCAUUAUAAUGGGCCUUUUAUACACAGAGCUCUUUGAUGGUAGGUAAAAUAUAGGCCAUGCUUUGGGGAUGAAUAAAUUAUUGGUGAGGCAAGAUUGCAGAACAGGCAACAUUGAAGUCAGCCUCUGUUAGGUUUGUCUGCCUUGUGAAUGACUUGACGCAAACUUUGAUUACCACAGAAAAUGAAAUUUCAGUCCAGUAAUUCAUGAUAAGUAAAAGAAACUGGCUUCUAACGAAGUGAUCAGAUCUCUCUUGUUCAUUAUGUAUGUCAAAGUUUGUUGCUGGGUUGCAUCUCUCACCUCCUAGAGCUGCACUCUAGCAUAACCAAGAAAUUAAGCAAAGAAGGAAGCUCUGUGGAAAGAAAUGAGCUUAUAUCUCAGGGCCUCCUGUGUAACAAAGUGAAUGGGGUACAAAUUGGCAGAGAUUUAAAAACCUGCUUUCUUGUAAGAAAGGGGUGUCAGCAGAACUAAGGGGGUAUGUGUAACCUUCACCCCAAUAAGUAUUCAUGAAUAAACUUAUUUACUUGCGUAGGGUAUUCUUCUUCUUCUUCUUCCGUCUUCUUUGGCGAUCACUCGUAGCCGAGUAAGAUUGUCUUCCAUAAACACGGUUUUAACAAUGAGUCCGUAAGUGACUAUGGAGGCCAAUUCUGGAUCCACACAUACUUCCACAGUGGGGACAUUGGUUUCUGGGCGGGAGUUGAUCACGAUGUGGCUUUGCCAAGCAUACCUUCCUCUUAGCACAUUUCUCCUUUGCAUCCUGAGUUCGAGUGUCUUCAAAGCCUAUGACACCUUUGGUAAAGGCUGUUCUCCAGUUGGAGCAGUCAUAGGCAAGUGUUUAUACUACAUUUUUUUUAGAUUUGCCUUGAGAGAGUCUUUAAACCUCUUUUGUUGACCACCAGCAUUAUGCUUUCCAUUUUUAAGUUCGGAAUAGAGUAGUUGUUUUGGAAGACGAUAAUCAGGCAUCCGCACAACAUGACCAGUCCCAACGAAGUUGAUGUUGAAGAAUCAUUGCUUCAAAACUGGUGAUCUUUGCUUCUUCCACUACACUGGUAUUAGUUUGCCUGUCUUCCCGAGUGAUGUGUAAAAUUUUUCAGAGACACCGUUGAUGGAAUCUUUCGAGGAGCUGGAGUUUAUUCACUGAUAUGGACCUGGUUGGGGAAGGAAUGUAUAUUUGUGAACAAAGCACAGAUGUGCAUUUUGUUCCCUAGCUGUCUAUGGGAGCUCCUUCACACUCCUUAUCUCUGAAAAUGGUAGUUCUUUUGCUAAUGUUACGGAAUAAAUUGUUCUGAUCCUCUCAGCCAUUGGCUGGGCUGCUGCGAGACUAUGGAAUGUUCUUAAACAUUUUAAUUGCUGAGAGGGAGAGCUUAGUGAUAGGUAGUUGACGAAACAAUGCAGCUUCUGUGGACAAAUUGGAAGAUUAAUUUGGUUGACUGAAACCUUGCACAGGGCUUCAGGAUAGGUGUGUCUGCUAGGUGGAAUAUGUAAGGGGAGGGACUGACAACAGCAAGAAUGCUGGAGUAGUUGAGAAACUAUGUGAAAUAAGGCCAGGAAUGAGGGCAACUCAAGAGAAAUGAAGUUCCUAAUACCUGAGAGAAGUGGCAGAAAGUAUUUGCAGUAUUCUCAGAAGUGGGGGCUUUAAGGGAAAGAUAAGUAGAAGGGUUGGAUGAGAAAACAAGUUGGAGAAACAGGAGGACUCUAAGAAAGCAGAGAGGAAGAAACUAAAGAGGUAAUUUACAGAGAUAAGAGUGGGAAACAAUCAGGACGGUGGGAUGGGGUGAGGUGGGAGCUGUAUGUAUUGAUUUGAAAAUCUCUAGGUGUAGGCCUUUAGUAGAUAGAAUUAUCCAAUUGACUCUUCCGAGUAACCCCAAAUUCCUUAUUUUCAGGCAAGUCUGAGAUUCUAGGAUAAGCCCUGAAUGUCUGGCUAAGUAAUCAUAGUGUAAUUGCAUCAAUUGUCACUCUGCAUUGGUUUUAGAAACACUAUCUUACUCUCCCACCCACCACUUCCCACCUCAUCCUGACUGUACCCUGCAGAAUUAUCAGGGAAGUUCUCUUGCACAAGCCACAAUGAAGUGAGCGGGAGCUUCUCAGGAACCCACUACUAUACCAUGCACAGCAACUGUUAACUUCAGAGGGAGAUCUUCCUCCCAGUCCUCAGGUUUCUUUUUUAAAAAAACCAUCCAUGGUCUAAUAUUUAUGAUCUCUCCCGGUGUUUAUGCAUGAAAACUAAAUUUAAAAAACACCCAGAUGUGAAUCUGUAAACCAUCUGUUUAAAAUAACUGUUGUGCAUGACUGUAAUUACAUAUUAUUUAUUAUGAAUCUUGGGAUCCUAUUAUGGAUUUUGCCUGACUCCUAGCUUUAUGAUUUAUAAAAUGGUUUAUAUAUUUAUGAGCAAUAUGUCUCUUCUGUACUCACGGAUGCCAAAACUACACUGCUGUCCUUUAUUUUUUUUUAUGACAAAAGAGGAAGAAAAUCCUCUCCUCCUUGCCUUAUAAAAAAGUUGGCUUCCGAAAGUUGCAGUCAGGCGGGGUCCCCCCGCCUCCUUUGAAGGAGCAUUAUCGACAGAUCUGUGAGCUUUCAACAGCUUCUGAAGCACACUGUAGACAAUGUAUAAAGAGUUUUGGCUGUAUUGGCUUUUCUUUAUUUUUGUCCCUUUUUUGCUUCGAGUUAAUGGCUGGAAGAAAGUAUUGAAAUGAUGCACUUUAUGGUUAAAGAAACAACUGGAAGCAACAGAUUUCCCAGUUAAGGCUUAUUUGACCAGGUUACUCUACUCCCCCUCUCGUCCCCUACAAAGAGCAAGACGGAUUUCACUAGACUAGUGGCACCACUUAAGAGUGAAAUUUUGGGAGGCGGAUUAAAACAAAAAGCAACAGAAUUGUUCCUUGUUUGAUGAGGUUUUAUCUUCUUUCCUUACAAUCCAUACAGGGCCUCGGAGACCUGCCUUUUACAACAGUAGACUACAAUAGACCAAACAAUGAUUUACCAACUCUGCUUAAUCUGAGGGGCAAGAUAAAAAAAGGGGAGGGGGUGGAAUGAUUAUACAGAGAAAUGUCCUUUUCCUCCACAUCAAGUUUUACUAUUCAUGACAUUUCUGAAGAUAUAGGCUACAUGGUAUGAAUCAUGUUAGACCAUAACACUUUUCAAAGGAAUAUUCUGGAAUGGUUUAAGGGUCAUAUCUAGCUGGAGCAGAAAGCAGGCACAACUCCAAAGGUUUCAGUGGAAUUACACAUGCUUGUUUUAAGAGAUGAAUAUUCAGCAGAUCUUUUGAAGUAUAGAAUAGGUAAUGCAAUAUCUUCCUUGAGCCAACUGUGUGCUGGCAGAGACUCAUGCAGGUUUUCGACCUGUAUAGACCUCUUCAUCAGGCAGACAGCUUUUUGUUUUGCUUUUUACCUCUAUUAUAAAACAAUGCUCCAUUACGUCUGGAACUUUGACAAAUCCUUUUGGCCAGAAAGGAAUGGUAAAAUAGUACAUUGGUUAAGACCACAAUGUUGCAUGUAAACUUUUGAGCUACACAGGACAUUUCCUUGUGCUGGAUGUUUCAGUUCAUUUGAAGCGACUGAAAAAUUCACUUGUAACCUGGAGGGAGGGAGUGUGAGUUGGCCAUGGGGUGAGGUGGGGUGACAGCCAGGUAGCAGCGGAUGCAUAAUUAGGGCUUAGGCUGGACUGGGAAUUGAUUUGCAAAAGAAGUGGGUGGUGAGAAGAGACUUGAAAGAGGAGGGGAGGGAACAGAACAAUUGCAUGGAUAUUAAAGUGGGAGAAUGAGACAAAGGAGAAGGCUUGGGGUUUCCCCCCAUAUGAGUUUUUAAUACAGCAAUUCUAAGUGAACAGUUGUGGGAGCAUCCUGUGUUUUCAUGGUAGUGCCUCUAUUUCAGGGUACAGAAGGGAAUUGCUAAAUGAUUCAGGUCAGGCGAAAGCAAAUACAGUACCUCUUCACACAAUGCAUGGUUAAACUAUGGAAUUUGCUCCCACAAUACAGGAUUAGAAAAAUAUGUGGAGGAUAAGGCUAUCAGUGGAUACUAGACAUGAUGGGUAUGCUCUGUCUGGACGAGAUAACUGUUAGGUGGCUUUGUAGCUGGUUGACUCAUUCAUCGACAUCCUAGGAGAAAAGUGGCAAGUGGGUUCUGUCCUGGGCUAAUUGUUCUUCAACAUAUCUUUAUAAAGGACUUGGAUGAAGGUUUUGAAGGGAUACUCAUCAAAUUUGCAGAUGGCACCAAAAUGGAGGGGUAGACAAUGCUGCUGAAGACAGAAUUUGGAUUCAGUAUGACAAAAAGAUUGGAGAACUGGGCCAAAACGAGCAAAAUGAAUUUCAGUAGGGAUAAAUGCCAGGUUCUGUACUUAGGCAAGAAUAACCAGCUGCACCAAUAUAAGAUGGGGGGCACCUGACUUGCCAGUAAUAGAUGUAAAAAAGCUUUAGAGGUCUUAGUAGACUACAAGCUUAACACGAGUCAACUGUGAUGCAGCAGAAAAAAUAGCAAAUGCCAUUCUAGCCUGGAUCAAUAGAAGUCUAGUGUCCCACUGUAUUCUGCAUUGGUCAGACCACUCCUGGAGUACUGUACAGUGGUACCUCGGGUUAAGUACUUAAUUCAUUCUGGAGGUCCGUUCUUAACCUGAAACUGUUCUUAACCUGAAGCACCACUUUAGCUAAUGGGGCCUCCUGCUGCUGCCACACUGCCGGAGCACAAUUUCUGUUCUCAUCCUGAAGCAAAGUUCUUAACCCGAGGUACUAUUUCUGGGUUAGUGGAGUCUGUAACCUGAAGCGUAUGUAGCCUGAAGCAUAUGUAACCUGAGGUACCACUGUAUUCAGUUCUGGGCACCACAAUGUAGGAAGGAUAUGGACAAGCUGGAACUUGUGCAGAGGAGGAUGACCAGGAUGAUCAGGGGUCUGGAAACUGAGCCUUAUGAGUAAUGGUUGAGGGAAUUGGGUAUGUUUAGCCUAGAAAAGAGGAGGCUGAGAGGAGUUAUGAUAGCCAUCUUCAAAUAUCUAAAGGGCUGUCACAUGGAGGAUGGAGCAAGCUUGUUUUCUCCUGUUCCAGAUGCUAGGAUCUGAACCAAUGGCUUCAAGUUCCAAGAAAAGAGAUUCAAACUAAACAUCAGGAAGAACCCCAAACUAGCUAGUUGUUGAUAAAUAAGCAAAUGGGCAUGCGCUUGAAAUCCCUGUGAUUUGAGGAAGGGCAGUAUAGAAAUGUAAUAAUAAUAAUAAUAAUAAUAAUAGUGACUCUUAAAUGUGUGUUGAUAACUUGGUUAGGUUUUUUAAAAAUAAAACUGAACACAUCUCUUAACAUAGGCAGCUUUUCUGCAUUUUAAGUUUGAAUAUAUUACUUGAAGCUUGCUAUGAAUCUUUACUUACAUGGAAAAAUCUCUCUGCCCCUCUUUCUUAAAUGGUGCCCCGUUAAAAGACAAAUUUUGGCCCUGACAUUACUUAGCCAGUUUCCUAAAUGUACACUGUGCUUGCACUGAGCCGAUUCGGAAGUGCAGGGGAGCUGUAUUGGUGAGCUGGAGUCCACGUAACCCAGAUUUAUGACUAAGUGUUUGCAAUUGUAUACUUGUGCAAAAGAGCCAGAAUAACACAGGACUGAAUCAUUCUGACAAUAGACAGUAUUCUUACAGCAGCUAUUCCUCCGCUUGAGAACUCAAAUUCUUCCUGCUCAUACUUUAUAGUCACUGCAGUUGAAAUAAUUGCAGAUUUGGCUUGGUGAGGGAAUAAUGAAUCAUAGCUUAUAACGAAACAUUGUCUGCACUUACUGCAGAAGGAAUAAGAUGGUGUAGGAUAGUUGGGAAGAUACACCCCCGCCUUUUAAAAGCCCAAAUCUCCUCACUUUGAGCUAACCUUUAAACGUACCUUGGCUUGGGCCUUAGGAAACAAUGAAGCUCAGAGCCUCUUCAUGACUUCAUUUUAUGAUUGACAUUCUUCCUUCCCCUUUGAUUUCCCCCUCCUUUUGGGGGUCUCUAAUUAUGCCAUAUGAUCUGCUAAGUGGACGGUGGCAUCUGGCAAAUGAGCUUCUGUGUCAUGUAAUGGACCAAACCAGUAAUUAUAGGUGGGGCUUUACGCAGAGGGGGCCCUCCCCCCACUUUGCUGUGUUUAAGGAAGGAAUUUCCAGUAGUAAAAUGUUAUUUCUAAAAAAAUAAAUGGUGCAAGGCUAGGGUGGGGCCGAGUGGUAGGAGAUGCUUGAAGAUCAGAAGAUUGUCACCCAUCAGUUUUGUUAUUUAUUACCAGUAUUACUGCCUUCACUCAGUUUUCCUCGCUGGAAGCAAACUGAAUCACAGGAGGAAGUUCUCUCACACUGCUGCAGCCAUGUAGCCUUGAAUCAGGUCUUGUACUGACAGUUUGAGAUCAGUUAUUAGAUUUAUUUAUUUAUUUAUUGUAAUGUAAGGGGCACAAUUCAGGCGAAAUUAAAGCACAAAAUUAAAAAUAAAAAACUCCUUUCUGUUUCUGUAGCGCCCUGACCUGCUUGCAGUGGUUGUUUGCAAGAGGAAGGAGAAGCCAGUUCAUCAGGGGGUUUAGGGUAUCUUACUUCCCAUCACCUUCUUUCCUAGCCCAGUGCUGUGAUGAGUAGAAAAUUAACGCUCUCUUCUCUUCCAAUCCCUGAAGAUCAGAGAGAGCCAUGUCUCUGCCACCGUGGUGCUAGGCUGUAGAGAAUGUGCAGAGUGAUCACACAAGCUAGAUUGGCUCCUGCUUUCACUUGUCCAUUGCUGUUUCUAGCAUGUGGCCCUGGGAGGUUUGGCCAACAGCAAAUGUGGCCCCCAGUCUGAAAAAGCUUAGUCACUCCUAAUUUAAACCAAUGAGACUUGAAAGGGCAUAAUGUUUAUUUGACCAUGCAUUUAUUUAAAGAACUUUUCCUUUCAGCAUUACUGCUGCUUGUGUUCCCUGAAUUGUGUCUUUGGUUUGCAGUUUUAUUGUUUGUUAGAAAGAAAGAAGUUCAUUGAAGCCAUCUUUGUCUUUAUUUGGUUUGGAAAUUCAGACUUUCAUUUUUUUAAAAAAACUAACUCUACUAUGCAAACCUGUUGAAUAGUCGUGGCUAAAUAUUUUUGUUCGCACAAGGAAGUCCAAUGCCAGGUAUUCUGAAGUCCCAGCUAUAGUUUACACAAAUAUUAUCACUUCUACAGUAUACCAAAAAGUAACAUUAGUAUGAAACGAGUCACAUGUUUCCUUUGGCAUACCUUUAUCUAGGUUCAGUAUCCUUUUUAAAGUUGCCACCACUCCCCCUUUCUCCCCAGUUUUUCAACUCCCUGCUGAUGCAUUUGUGUCGCAAGAGGGAAAGCAUCUCUGUAUGAAGAAGGGGUAUAAUGUCCUCUCUGUAUCCCAAAGAUUCCUUGUGGAGCAGAGGGAAAUUUUUCUGAAUCUGACUUCAUGGUGUGCUACCUUAUUGGGAGAAAAUGGAGACUGAUGCUGUUAUUUUGCUCUCCUCUUUUCCUCCCCACAGAACAAGGAAGUGACAUGCAAACGAGAGAAGUGCCCAGUGCUUUCUAAGGAGUGUGCUCUGGUCAUAAAGCAGAGAGGGAUGUGCUGCGAGCGAUGUAAAGGUGCAGUGGACUUCAUGCUUAUCUCUCAGUUGUUUUUUUUUUUUUAAGUUAUUGCAUAUAUAUUUGACAGAAUAAAGCCCAAAGCUCUACAGAAUUUGCCCACACUGUUAAGUUGUGGGUGAACAUAUCAGACGACACAGCGAUUCUUCAAACAGCUCUUGUUUAUUCACAGGCCAGGACAGAACUGAACUGAAGGGUUCAGUCAGCCUGCUUAUAUAGAGCUCCAGUACAAUGUAACUGUAACAAUUUUCUAAAACUAUCCAAUCACUGAAUGUCACUUUCGAUCCCUUAUUUGCAUAACUAUCUACAGUAUCCCCCUGCUGGCCCAGGGUGAGAACUUCAGUACAUAACACACAGAGAAACACAUCCAGCAGUAGAGAGAAAGGUGGAACUGUGUCAUUCACCCAGCCCUUGUCCAGCUGAGUCACUACAGCAACCCAGGGUGGCAAUGAUUUAUUUUUUUUAUAAGAUAUUUAUUAAGCUUUUUAAAAGUAUUACAAUAAAAAUGAAAAAAAUGAAAAAAAUACAAAAUAAAAAUAGUUAAAAACACACAGAUUUUCCAUUGCUUGUUUUCCUUUAGCUUGUUUCCCGGACCUCCUCAUACCUCCCUUUUUUGUAUUCCAGUUCAAUUUGUUGGUUCAGCAAAUCCUUACCCUCUUUAUUUAUCCUAAUCUUUAGUCUUAAAAUAGUAACGUUAAAUUUUUACCUAUUAACAACCCAUUUUUCAUAAUCCCUUAAAGCAUUACAGCUGGAAACCACUUAAUUUCUAUCCAACAUCAUUCUAACAUUCAUUAAUUUUACAAUAAUUCUGUAGAUAGUCUUUGAAUUUCUUCCAAUCUUCUUCCACCGACUCUUCUCCCUGGUCUCGGAUUCUGCCAGUCAUUUCUGCCAGUUCCAUAUAGUCCAUCAGCUUCAUCUGCCAUUCUUCCAGGGUGGGUAGAUCUUGUGUCUUCCAAUACUUUGCAAUGAGUAUUCUUGCUGCUGUUGUGGCAUACAUAAAAAAAGUUCUAUCCUUCUUUGGCACCAAUUGGCCGACUAUGCCCAGGAGAAAGGCCUCUGGUUUCUUCAAGAAGGUAUAUUUAAAUACCUUUUUCAGUUCAUUAUAUAUCAUUUCCCAGAAAGCCUUAAUCCUUGGGCACGUCCACCAAAGGUGAAAGAAUGUACCUUCAGUUUCUUUACAUUUCCAACGUUUGUUAUCUGGCAAAUGAUAAAUUUUUGCAAGCUUGACUGGGGUCAUGUACCACCUGUAUAUCAUUUUCAUAAUAUUCUCUCUUAAAGCAUUACAUGCCGUAAACUUCAUACCUGUGGUCCACAACUGUUCCCAGUCAGCAAACAUAAUGUUAUGUCCAAAAUCUUGUGCCCAUUUAAUCAUAGCAGAUUUCACCGUUUCAUCCUGAGUAUUCCAUUUCAACAGCAAGUUAUACAUCUUUGACAAAAUCUUAGGUUUGGGUUCUAACAGUUCUGUUUCUAAUUUUGAUUUUUCCACCUGGAAGCCAAUUUUCUUGUCCAAAUUAUAUGCCUCCAUUAUCUGAUAAUAGUGAAUCCAGUCUCGCACUUUAUUUUUUAGUUUCUUAAAACUCUGCACCAGGGUGGCAAGGAUUGGUGGUGGCGCAGCAGCAGUGGCAAGGUCAGCAUGGUGCAAACCUGCUGGCAAAGCCAAUCCGGUGCUCCUUGCCACCAUACCCCUUCUCCUCUCCUUCCUGGUACGCUGCAGAAAUUGGACUGGAUGGAGAUCAGGGUGCGCCGCAGCCCCAACCUUGCUGCGCACUGUGGCACAACCACUGCAAACGAGUUUGUUCAUUUACCUGCCUUUUAACUAACAGGAGGCAUGAAAAUGAUAAAUCAAUACCUUCCCACUAAUUGUUAAAGUGGUGCCAACCAUGCCCUCAGUCCACACCUGUCUAUUAUUGGUGGCAUUACUGUUGCUGGUGUUAUUGCAGCAUGCAUUGUCUCUUUGAGCUGGUUCUUACAACAUUGGUAAGCCAAACUAUGGCUUAGUGAGACCUUCCUCAUUUUAUCAAUAGGUUUGAUGCUUCUGUAAUAACAAUUACUGGUCAUUGACCAUAAUAAAGCGGUAAGAUACAGAAACAGUUCAUUUUGUUGGCCAAUCAAUUAAAUUAUCUUUGAAAGUUCUAAUGAAUCACUACAACUUUUAAAAGCGCUAGGUAAGAUUUCCAGAAAUGUGAAUGAUUCACUGAACAUUUUUCACUGUGUAUUUGAAGGAUUGCAUUUAAAACAAAAAGGCACAUUUUAAAUAGAAAAGCAGUGAGAGUAAUGUAGAAUAAAUCUGUUUUAAAUAGAAAAACAACAAAAAGUUUUCUGACAAGUGCUCCUGACAUGCAUGGAGUAACUUAAAGGGGGGUAUGUUGAUGGGGAGCUCUGAACCCCACAACCAACACAAACAUAAUAUCAAUAUACAGGGGGGAAACACAAGAGAAAGAAAACAGAAUAUGCUAUAAUUCUGACAAAACAGAUGUGGUGGAUAUGGAUGUGUAUUUUUCCUUGAUGAAUAAAAGCAUUUGAUGGCUGUUAUGUUUAUGCACUUUUUCUGGCACGCAGCCUUGUUUUUCUGAGUGUGUGCCCUGCUAGACCAACCUGAAUCCACCAAUUUAUAUAAAAUGCUGGCUUUAAAACAAACAAUCAAACCUACAGUUUGCAGCAGCACCUUUUAAGAAAUAUGUAAACUGAAAUUGCAUACAUUUAAAAUUUACUAAUGGGUCUCACCCUGGCUGUUAAUAUAGUCUGUAUUCAUGUACCUUUAAUAUCUCUGGGUAUUGGUUGCUCCCGUUUAUUAAUUGGGCCCUAAGCAUCACACCCCAUUGAAAUUAUGUCCAGCUAAUCAGAUGCUUCAUACGUUCAACUUACUAUAUAUCUCCUUUUUUUAUUGAAAGCAUUUAUAUCUUGCUUGUAUUAUGCAACCCAAAAGAGGUUGGUAUAAUCCAUCAGUGACUCAAUUAUAUUAUGGAUUCUGCCAGUUCUGGGUGUUUCCAUGCAGAAACAUGUAGCUAUCUGUUCCCAUUCUUCAGUGUAGUCGCGUGUUUACAAGAGGGGUGGCCUUCUGGAUGUUGCUGAACAACAACUCCCACCAUCCUUGGUCAUUGGGCACACUGACUGAGGCCGCUGGGAAUUGUAGUAAGCAACAUCUGGAGAGCCUUAGAUUAGCCACCCUUGGUCUAGGGUUAGAUUUCAUUCUUUGCCUUUGGGGUAACUGAUUAAAACUGCCAAGGAUGUCUCAUAAUUACAGCCAGAGUAUCAAGGCUGGGAAGGGAAUUUAGCUACAAGACAGAGGAAUUCAUGUGGUUUUGGAGCACCUCACAUACCUAGAGCAAUUACAGUGUGGCAGGCUUUGUGUAUGUAGUCGUUCAUCCAGCCAGUCACUAAGGAAGACAGCUACUUUUACAAAAUAAUCUAAAUCAGCUAUGUUCUAGAUGCUGAACUACAGACAGUGCUAUUGUCAGUAGAAGGGAUUUGACAUAUCUGUAGAUUUUUUCACUAUGGCUGGCGAAAGCAAAAGUUGCAGCUUUGUUAGUGGCCUUAGACAUCACCUGGUCUUCUUUAGAUUCCUCUUUGAAUACCUUCUUUAGCAUGACUUUGAAAACAUGGGUAGAUGCACAGACGCCCAUUAGGCAAUGCAUUCUGUUGUCAUACUGUAUUGUAGCAAGGACUCACUUAACCAAGAUUACCCCUGAAACCUGUUUUCAAUACAAGGCUUAUCCCUUGUGCAAGAGUAUGUGAAGUAACCAUUCUGAAAGAGUUGCUUAAGCAUGUGGAGAGUGAAAUGUUCUUGGUGGUGGAGCAACCACAACCAGCCCAGACAGAUUGAGAUGUCUGGAAAAGGCUUCUAGUUGCGGCACAUGAUUUCCAGGGAGUCAUAGGUCAUACCAGACCUCCUUUUUAGAAAUACGGGCCUCAUGGGGUUGGAUCCAGACUAAACUGCUGUUAGGCCCCAUUGAAAUCAAUGUGAAAAGUUAGUACAGUAAUGACUGAUAUUAAGUCCCAAAGGUUUCAGCAGGAACUGAGUGCAACUAACUAAGCCCUUAGUAUUGAAUUGCUUUCCUAACAGGAAAACAAUAUUUGUGCAGACCUUUAUGUAAUUCUAUAGAAAGAGUUAAAUCAUGAAUUUUUGCCUCGUUUCUCCUACAGUUGUAGCAGUAGGGCAAAACAUGCCUUUUCCCUUCUCUCAUUUAUUCAAUAUAUUUAAUCAAAACAUAUGAGAUCACGGAUUGUUAUAGAAAUGGAUUUGGCAGUCUUUCCUUAUUUAGUUGGACGGAGAUAUGUCAUUUUAAUUUGGGUCUGUCUCCAUCUAUAACAAUAUGUAUUUGCUUUCUGAAUAAGUGUUUGUUAUUAGUGGAUUGGAGAUGGAUAAGGUACGUUUAUGAUAACUGUGAGCCAUACUCUGUUCUUGUUCCCAAUGCACACCUCCCAUUGAUGUCAAUAUGAGUGCAGGGCAAAGAUCACACCCUAGAUCUGUAGAAGGAUGACUUUGGAAGUGGUCUCUGGUUAUCUAAUCCAAUGCCUUCUUUGGCAGGAUCACCACAGAUAAGAAUGCCUAGUCUUUGUCCAAGGGCAACCACCAUGGUGUCAAGUGAUAGUUUAGGAUCACAACCAUUUCCUUUCACUCACUGCGCGAUAGCAUUUUACUAGUUGUUUCUCUUCCCAGAGGUGGCCCAGGGACUUCCCACAGGGGAGUGUUGGCAAAUUCACUAAACUACAAUCUCCAGGAUUCUUUAGCAACAGCUAAACUGAUAUAAAAGGGACGCGGGUGGCGCUGUGGGUUAAACCACAGAGCCUAGGACUUGCCGAUCAGAAGGUCGGCGGUUCGAAUCCCCAUGAUGGAGUGAGCUCCCUUUGCUUGGUCCCUGCUCCUGCCAGCCUAGCAGUUCAAAAGCAUGUCAAAGUGCAAGUAGAUAAAUAGGGACCGCUCCGGCGGGGAGGUAAACGGCGUUUCCGUGUGCUGCUCUGGUUUUGCCAGAAGCGGCUUAGUCAUGCUGGCCACAUGACCCGGAAGCUGUACGCCGGCUCCCUUGGCCAAUAAAGCGAGAUGAGCGCCGCAACCCCAGAGUCGGCCACGACUGGACCUAAUGGUCAGGGGUCCCUUUACCUUUACCUUUAAACUGAUAUAAAAUCAGCAUGCUUAUCGUGCGAAUAUACCUUCACAAUGUCUGUGGCAUGCCCCUAAAAAACAACAACUCCUAAGUUUUGAUUAAUGUGACAUUUGCCUUUGAAUGGAAUUUUAUAAUUUCUAAAGACACACUUUCUCUACAUGGUGAAAGUUAGGGUAAAUUCACAUUGCCUUUCUGCAUUUCAAGCCACAUUUGCACAGAGCUGUUUGCAUCAGAGAGAGGGCAGUGAUGUUUUCACUGGAUGCACAUGAAUUUAUUGGGCCCCCUCUUUGGCAACCCCCAUGGAAUGCCUACUCAUUAAACUGUCAUCUGCAUUUGCGUUCUCACCUGCACCUGCUGAUGACUGUUAGUCUAUGUUCACAUUACGACUUAUUCUGCUUCCAGUUGUCUAUGAUCAGAUCAAAGCUGGUUUGAGAAAAACCCCCGCAUCCAACAGCAGUUUUUUGUCAAGAAACUGCAGGAUCGAUAUGGAUUGUGACUAAUGCCAUGGGAGCGCAAUGCCAAAAAUUAGCAGUGGGAACACACUGGAUGCUGUAUAAGCUGUAAUGUGAACAACUCCCGCCCGGAAACCUAUGUCCCCAACUAUAGAAGGACGUGUGGAUCCAGAAUUGGCCUCCACAGUCACGGACUCAUUGUUAAGACCGUGUUCAUGGAAGGUGUGUUGUCCUGCAGGUGUGGCUUACACCAGUAUUCAGUCACUGCUUUAGUGAGAGCAAGUGAGCAGAAUGAGCAGGUCAUGUGGCAACGCAGGAGGUGGGUUCUGGUAAGGGCAGGUGAAUCUUCCUCUUUUAAUAGUUAACUGCUGUAAGAGAAGCUGGCAUUUAACUUUAAUUCAGAAAGAGGUGUGUUAAGUCGUGGGUGAACAUAUCAGACGACACAGCGAUUCUUCAAACAGCUCUUGUUUAUUCACAGGCCAGGACAGAACUGAACUGAAGGGUUCAGUCAGCCUGCUUAUAUAGAGCUCCAGUACCACGUAACUGUAUCAACUUUCUAAAACUAUCCAAUCACUGAACGUCACUUUCGAUCCCUUAUUUGCAUAACUAUCUACAGUAUCCCCCUGCUGGCCCAGGGUGAGAACUUCAGUACAUAACAAGGUGUAUCUCGUCUAUAAGAAGUUUGGGUAACUUUCCACAGUUCUGCAUAGCCGUGUACUCCUCCUUCUUUUCAAAUGCCAUUAGUUCUCUAGUUCUGUCAUGCACAUAUAUUGUUGUUGGUUUUUUGCUGCUGGUGGUGAUUUACCAUCCAUUCAAUGCAUGCACAGUUGAAAUAUACCCAUUUCCCCCCCUCCAAUGAGCAUGCUUGAGUACCAAUUCCAAGUGCCAUGGGAGGGGUAGCGUAUUAAGACAUGCAACCUCAAUAUAUGCCAACUCCAUCUAAAAGAUGGAGGGGGGCUUUUAAAGCACCUUGUACCCCAAUUCUCCGCACCCCCAUCUCCCAGCUUUGAGAACUAACUGAGACUAGUACUAGAUUGCUAGCUGAGAUAAUCAGAGAAGCCAACUUGAAAGAUUAUUCCUUGAGCACAGUUGCUUUUAUCUUUACAAGUUAAUAAAUCAUGUUGUUCCUUAAAAAAAAAAUAAAAAAAAAUCAGAAGUUUGCUUUUUUUAUAGAGGAAGCAGCACAGCAGUAUCUACUUCCCCUUUCACUAAAGUUUUCGUCCGGCAUGGAACUUUAAGGCUGCUUCAGCGUGGUGUGGUUGACUAGUAAGCAGUCCUUGAAUGGUGAGGCAUUCACUCACAGACUUAACUCACAAAGCAAAUGUCUAGGGAGUCCAGUUUUUGUUCAGGUAGUGCAAAUAUUGCAGUGCUCCUGUGCUCCCAGUUUGGCUGAGUAUAGAAACACACACACACACACACUUCUAUCCUGCGCUUUUGCACAAGUCAGGGAUGGGAGAUCUCUGGUCCUCCAGAUAUUGCUGGACUGCAACACAGACCGCAGCCUUAAUGUGUGCAGCUUCCUCUUGACCAAUGCUGAAAUGUAAAGAUUUCUUCAUGAUCCGUCCUUAACCAUGAUUUUCCAGUGCUGGCCACAGAGGACUGCUACCCUGCAAUUUGUAACCAGCUUCAAAUUCUGGUUGGUUUAUGUGGGAAUCUUAGUUAAUAUCAAUGCGGACAUUAUGAUGAACAUGUUAAACAGUACGGUGGGAGGUUGGGGGUAAUCUCCUUGCAGUCUGUUAAGGGUUAUGUCUGUGCUAGUCCUAUUAAUGUUAGGUUAUUACAAGUUUUGCAUCAGUAAAAUAAUUUAAGAACAUUUUGGGGCUUGGCCAGGCAGUGCCUUUGAUUUUAAUAUGCAACAAUGCAUUUACAGUGGUACCUCGGGUUAAGAACGUAAUUUGUUCUGGAGGUCUGUUCUUAACCUGAAACUGUUCUUAACCUGAGGUACCACUUUAGCUAAUGGGGCCUCCCGCUGCUGCCGCGCUGCCAGAGCACGAUUUCUGUCCUCAUCCGGGUUCUUAACCCGAGGUACUAUUUCUGGGUUAGUGGAGUCUGUAACCUGAAGCGUCUAUAACCUGAGGUAUCCCUGUACUAUCCUCCGUGUAUAGAAUUUGCAGCUCUUUUAACAUGGUCUACAUAUUAAUGUUUAUGAAAUACAGAUGCUUUUUUUAAAGGGGCAUUGUUGGGCUGUUUUUAUAUUUCUGCACUAGUUUGUCUGGACUUUCCUCUGAGGAACAAUUUAUCAAGAAUUAAAUAUAACAUGUCCUUGAAUGUUUUUCUCCCUCCUGAUGUUUAUUUUUCAUGCCAAGAGAAACUUUAAAAAAGGAGUAAGGAGUAAAAGAAAAAGAAUUAGAAAAAUCCACCAUAGGAAAAGGGGAUUAUGGGGCCAAUAUACAGUAUGUUACCAUAAUUUUUCCCUCUUGGGAGUAUAGGAAACGACCUGCUUAUAAAAUUCCUGCUAACUUAAAAUAAGCAAAAAUGCCUGGCGAAUUCUUAGUUUUGAAACGACUGUUUUGAAUGAAGUCUUUUGGGAAAGAGUGAGCAGCUUAUGUAGCAACCUGGUGCAUCAAUGUGUUUCAUAGGCCAAAGUGGGCAAGUCUCAUUAAUUUAUAUUGCAAUAUUAGAAACAUGGCAGAUUCCACACUACAAGGAGUAAUGGGCAUCUUUCACUGUUUCUUCAGUAUCAUUAUUUAGAGACAUCUGUGCUAAAAUGUAAUAAUAGUUGCCUUUGGAAGACGCUUAUAUAGGAGCCCUGGCCUUUACUUUCUGAUAGUAAGGAUUGUUGAAUGGACUUCCUCAGAAGUUGCUGGACUCUCCUUUUUUUAAUGAUGAAAGGAGGUGGCAAUACGAGGCAGGAAAAUGUUUCUCCCUAUGGAAUCUGAUUUUUUAAAAAAAGAAUCAAUGGUGUUUUUUAAAAUGCCCAAGUGUAAGCUGUUCAGAGAACUUUAUGUAUUGAGGUGGCAUACACACAUAUCAUAGGGAUGUGGGUGGCACUGUGGGUUAAACCACAGAGCCUAGGACUUGCCGAUCAGAAGGUCGGCAGUUCGAAUCCCCGUGACGGGGUGAGCUCCUGUUGCUCGGUCCCUGCUCCUGCCCACCUAGCAGUUCGAAAGCACGUCAAAGUGCAAGUAGAUAAAUAGGUACCACUCCAGCGGGAAGGUAAACGGCAUUUCCGUGCGCUGCUCUGGUUCGCCAGAAGCGGCUUAGUCAUGCUGGCCACAUGACCCAGAAGCUGUACGCCGGCUCCCUCGGCCAAUAAAGCGAGAUGAGCGCCGCAACCCCAGAGUCGGCCACAACUUGACCGAAUGGUCAGGGGUCCCUUUACCCUUUACCUAUACACACAUAUCAUAAAUAAAAUAAAUGAAAUGAAUUAAUGUGAAUUUACUGUCUCACUAAAAACAAAAGAAAUGUUUGAACUUCAUGCUUCUUCUUUUUCCUUAAUAAAGUACAAUGCAGUAGUCUGAAGGUUAGAAGUAAACGCAUAGCCGGUACAAAUUGACAAAGUGCACUUGAAAUGAAAGUGGUUUGGCCUUCUGUGCUGAGCUUUAGGAGUACGUUGGAAUGAAGCCCGUGUUUCCUCCUCCCCUUUGAUUUAAUCCAGAAGGUUUCUUCUCCAUCUGGAAGAUAAAUAGUAUGAAUGGUCUUAAUGCUUGAUUAUGGUGUAAUGAGCAGGAUGGAAAGCAAGGCCUUCGCAGAUAUCUCUGAAUGUGAGGAAUUCAGUAAUUGCUACUUUCCGUGCCAAAUAUACUCUGUGCUCAGUCAUGUAGCAGGUGGAAUUCUACCUGGCUGAAUAAACUUGCCAAAGUGGAAGACAUUUACCAUUCAGGCGGUUUUCUGAAGGCGGUUUAAGACAGUACUUCUCUGCGAUUGCAACUCUCUUGAACAGAGAACACGACCGAGAGCCACAAUACGAGGCUUGGAAAAAUGCACAAGAACGUUCUUGCUGUUUUCAUGGGCAAUGCCUUUUAUUUUAGUAAUGGCACGUUACAAAAAUACUUCUCCACUUCCCCCUUUAGUCUCCUCAUUAUCUAAUACCGAAAAAGAGGUAAUUACUAUAGCUCAUCCAAACCACCAUUGGCUCACACCUCUUUCUUUUUCUCUGUCUUUGUGUUAGGGUUAGAUAUCAGCCAGCCUGCAUGUUUUCAGUUGUAUUUUCUGAACCAUGACGAUGAGAAACUUGCUUUAUUUUGUAAGUGGUAACAUUUUUGUAGAAUGCAAAUUGUGCCUCCGAUAACAGAAUUUCCGUGGAAUGCUAUACCUCCAGAACUGUAGAAAUUAGACAAAUUAGAAGGAAUGUUGUGGUUUUUAGUGGGUGGGUGUGGAUUAGUAAAAUAAAAAGAACUGCUCUACUCAUUUAAUUUUUCAUUUUCCUUCUAGGUUGCAGUUUUGAAGGAAAAUCAUAUAACAGCUCACAGUCAUGGCAGGUCUCAGACAAACCAUGUAUCAUGAAUCAGUGUCAGGUAAGGAAUAGAACUCAAGGAUUUUGUUUUUUAAAUCUCAAUUUAAAAAAUCUAAGUCUCAAGAAAGGGAAAGAUUGUGUUGAUUCAUAAAGUGAAAUUAUCAUGGGUUGGGAAUUAAAUGAAGACUCUGGAGGUAAGUAAAGAAUGGAAGGCACCAUUGGUAUAUGGGCAUUGCUGUAUAUAGUCGAUUGCUCGGACAUUUGCCUAUGAAAAUAGCAAGAAAAUGAAGAUCUCCCCAAGGAAAGAUUCAGGGCCUUCUGUGAAAGCACUUUUAGACAGAGCAAUGGAUUCAAGAUGUUAAAGGAGUGGGGUUCUGAAAGUCUGAAAUGUUUAUAUUAAAUAUGAAACUAGCCGUAGGCUUCUCUACCCCCAAAUUGUAACAUGGUAUGUAUAAAUGUUACUUGUCCCAAAUUCCGUCUAUGUCGUGUCUAGCAGAAGCCAAACAGUAUAUCUUUAGUACUUGGGCUUUGUUUGAGUGUACAUUUGGUGGAUACAGAACAGUGAAAUGCAUGCCAGGCUCCCAGGCUUCAUUAGAUUUAGGUAGGAUCCAAAGUGCGUAUCGGAGGCCAACAUACUGCAGCUCAGUCUGGACAAGGCAGAGGGUGGGGUUGCGUGUCUGUCCUGGAUGGUGGGUCGUUCAGCCUGUUCUAGGUGGGGUUGCAUUUGCCCUAAAGGAUCAGUUUUGCAGUCUGGAGGGAGACGUGUCUUCUUGGAACUGGUCUUGUCUUUGGAGGUCCAAGUGCCAUUGUGGCAUGAAGCAUGCUUCUCCAGCUAAGGCUAGUGUGCCAGCUGUGACUGCUUCUGGAUAGAGAAUGUGUGUGAAUGAGUUGUGUGGCUAUCCGUGCUCAGGCAGCAUCCUGCUUUCAUUACAGGAACGCACUGUAUGCGGAGCAGGUUUGGACUCAGGGACUGCAUUCUUUCAUGUGAGCCUGCCCAUGCAUUAAGUUCCACUACUAUCGGAAAAUGGCGACUGGGGAUAUAUGCCUUUUCUGUGGUGGUUCCUUGGGCUCCCUUUCACCAGGGACAAGCACUGAAUCUCCUGUUUCGUCAAUUGAAGAAGGGUUGAGCCCUCACCCUUUUUAUUCUCCCAGGCCUUUUAUUUCUUUAAUUUUAAACUCUGCCUUUUUCUGGCCAUGUUCCUGCUCUUUUGUUUGGUUAAAAAAUGUGUUUAACUCUGUUGUUGUUGAUUUGAUUUCAUACUGGGAGCCGCUCUGAGAAUUUUUAUAUUGGAGAACAAGAUAUCAAAUAUCCAUUUUUAAACCUUUUUUUAACAGGGGGCUAGAUCUUGAGGUCAGGAGCUCAUGUCACAUGAGAUGUGUGGCCGUGGCCACAAAAGACAACUGUGCAUUUCAUCCCCUGUCUGCCAUGCCUGUGGUAACAUGCCCAUAUCCUGAUCGCACUGAGUUGGGCCUUUCCCUGUCUCCCCAUGUAAUCAUAGGCUGCCACUUGUGGACAAGAAAACCCGCAACACCGUGACAUCGGGAUAUGAAUAAGUUGUCCCAGGCAUUCUAUGGGGAGAGGGAGGAAUUAAAUGCACACUUGUGGUUUACAUGAAAUGCAAGGUUGCUCUUGGGGUGUGUAGUUCUUGCCUGAGUAUACUUGUCAUUUUCAGGGCCCAAAUGCAGAAAUGGGUCAUUCUGCUUCCAUUUAAAGCACUCAGAUUUGGAAUUUGUUUUUAAAAAGUGCCUCUCUUUCUCUGUGCUUAGGAAUGCAGAUAGAGCCAUCAGAAAAGAGCAACCUGUGCACAGAGAUCCUGUCAUUUUAUUUACUAGGAUUUUGACUUCUGGAGCAAGGAGUGCAGGAAGUGAUCAUUUACUAGACCCCUGUCAGCAGAAGCAUCAGAGAUAAGAGGCUUCCAUUCCACAGGAGGAGAACCUUUUAUCUCUUUUCAUAAGCCCCUUUCCUCCAAGGAAGUAGGGUGGGAGGAAUGUCUUUAUCAGGUCUGUUGCAAUCAAAGCGUUAUUUUAACGUUUCCUGUGUCUUAAAGGCUUUUGAGAAGAGUGGCAUCGUUUUUUCCUCUCAAGAAGGUUUCUUGGUUUCCUACCUCAUAGUUGAAUCUAGCAAGUGGAGUUAGGCAGACUCAAGUACUAUUUUACUUUUGGAUUAAUCUCAGUUUGGACCAUUGUACAGGGAGACAACGACAACCACAGCAACUGUUUUUUUGCAAGGUUUCCCUGAGCACACUCUGAAUAUCAGAUGUGAUCUGUAACUCAUCCCGAUUCCAGUCCUUGCCCAGUGGUCCACAUUUAAUGAACUCUGUAAAUAAAAACAAAAACAAAAACACAUCAUUGAAUGCCUUCCAUCUCGAUCAUAGGUCUACCCCUUUGUCAUCAAACAACAGUGCUAUUUUUUGAAAAUGCAAAAAUCCAGCAUAAAUUGAUGUGACAAAGUGUCACCUCAGGUUGGCUAGGCCACUGUGCACUUUAGUGAUGUUAAAGAGCACCUCUCGUCUAUUUAUGAGUAUGUAUGAAUGUUGUCAUAUAGAAAAGUAAUUUUUAAGUGUAGCUACAUUACUGAGAUGUGAAGUACAAAAUCUGAUUUAAAUUCUGUAUGUUAAAAAAUACCUUAAGAUUCUGAUCAUUCUAUUAAUUUUUUAUCACUAUGUCCAUUGUGCAGAUUGCUUAUAUAAUAUGUUAUUUAUUUCUGUACCUCCCUUCCAUGUGUACUCUGUGCUUUACUUUAAUUUUUGGAUUGUAAAUAAUUGUUGGUUUGUUGUGCUCUUGACAGGAAGGAGUGAUAACAGAAUCUGAGAUUCACUGCAUUGUUCAUUGCAAAAACCCUUUGAAGCAGCCAGGAAUGUGCUGCCCCACAUGUCCAGGUAAGGUUUCAAAGAGACCGUGGUAUACAAAUCUAAAAUGCAUUACGUUCCGUGGGUCAGUUUUUAAGGUGGAAUAUGAGGCUCAGAAUCCAGAGCCCUGGUCCAUCUAGCUAAGGGCUGUGGUCUCUGACUGCCUGUGAGAAGCCUUCCAGGGCCUCAGUUAGCUCCGAGGGUUGGCAUUGUUGGGCGUCUGCCACAGCCCACAACCCUGCAGUUGGCUCACUGUGGUGGACUGCUGCUAAUUUAUGCAGUUACUGUUUUAUGACUAUAGAAAAACUAAACCAACUGCAAUAAACAGAAUCUACCCCUCUCCUCACAUCUGUACAAAUAAAAGAUACAUCAACAGAUCUUGCCUCACUGAAAAGAGAUCACAAAUGCUUGAAAACCCUCUAAAGAGCCAAAAACCUCAGGAAAAAAGGAAACAUUUUGCCUCGUGCUUAAAUAUAGAUAAAGAUGGGGCCAGGUGAGCUUUCUUGGGGAGAACAUUCUAUAAGUUUGGAGCCAUCCUCUGGACCUCUCAUGCAGGGGUCACAUGGAUGGUGAUUGCAGGGUCCAGGUCAGUUCACGUGGGGAGAGGCGGUCCUUGAGGUGUUGUGGUCCUGAGCUGCAUAAGACUCUGUGGGUCAGAACUAGCACUUUGAACUGAGCCCAGAAACCUAACUGGUCGUCAAUGCAGUUGUGCCAUAAUUGAUGUUCUCAGUGAGGCCUCCCCUCCAUAGCUGCCAAUUCAUACCCUCCUCCUCUUGCCUUGAGGGUGGUUUUAUGGGUUGCACUCAUAGAAAGAGCAGAAGUGAAUAGACAGCUGACACUGGCAAUGAGGAGGGAAGGCCACUCAUGGAAGGAAGGGUCCACUCAGAACAUUGUUCCCAAGCCCCCCACGAAACAUGGAGCUGGCACUGGCUAUCUCUGUGUUUGCCCCUUUCCUGGCACCACACUUUCCCCCAUCCUUGUUGCUGUUAAAACAAUAGUUUAUAUGGAAAGCAGAAGCAAAGCAGGCAUUAAUAAAAAAAAUUCUUGUCCAUGAACAAUCUCUACCUCACUUCCUCAUCUCUAGGGCAUCACAUUGAUUUCUUCUUCAGUGUUCGGUUUCCGCAUGAUAUAAUCAAUACCUAAUUGUGGCAGUCAGUUAGGAUUACAGAGUUCAAUUUUUCUUUUCAUGUUUGUUAAAAUCUGAAUUCCUAAGAUGUACAACACAUUACUAUGAACUUAAUGCAUUUUAAUUAAGUUCCUCGACCUUUGUGGUUAUGAAGAUAAGAUUUAAAAUGAUAAUGUGGUGUGCCCUAAAGGCUUGUAAAUGAAGAGGCAAUUAAGAGGAAUUCCCAUACGUGCUCCUGUUAUUUUAGAUAAUGAUUUUAUCCGAAACUACUAUUUGCAAACAGUUUGGGCUACUAGUACUUUUCACACAUUGCAUUUAUAUUGCCGCUCAACUGCAAGAGAGAUCUUAUGCAGAUAUGAGCCAGACUUAUUUUCUCUUUUUUUCCACCCAGGUUGUACAUUUGAAGGUAGACAUUACCGUGAAGGUGAGGAAUUUCAGCCUGAAGGGAACAAAUGCGUCACGUGUGCUUGUGUUGUAAGUUUUUAACUUUGUAUCAAUGCACAUGAUAAUAUAACAGCAUUAUAUUAAAUGAAGUGGAACUCAGAUUCUGGUAGCAAAAGCAUUACUUGAACAUUUGUGGCAUAAUCGUGAGUUUUCUGUUUAGAGCAGACAUCACUUGGUAGAUAAAGAACUGAAUUAGGUGGUUCAAAUUAUUGGUUGGUUUAGGAAUUCAGGCUUGGCUUUUCCUGGCAUAAACGGUAUUUGAAUAUUUGCCAGUUGGCAUGUCGCCUCUCCUUUCCUCUUCCUGCCCCCACCCCAUCAGUCAGUUGGUGCUCCAUGGAAUUGUGUACAACAGCAAAAGUUUGUCAAGUCCCAUACAUGUCAAUAGUUGCUUAUGAUGGUAAAACAUUUGUUUUUUUAAAAAAAAAUACAGAGUAUAUUGGAAUCAUUUGCUUUCUAGAAAGCAGAACCAUCUUAACAGUUGACCAACCCUCAUAUAGUACUUGCUAAUUUGAGAUUUGGUUCUACACAAGCCUCUGUGUUAGGGAUGAUUCAGUUCCCCAAGGAGUGUGCGUUGCUAUACAAACUGGCGUGCUUCCAAGUGGUCAGGCGCCAUAAAAAAAAUUGGAAGCAUCCAGCAGAAAGAACUGGCAUAGCUGUGCAUGAUGUGUGUACCAAAUUACGCACAUGUUAACAUAUGAAACCCAAAAGAGAGAUACUGUGUAGCAUUACAGGGUGGAAUGUAUUCAUGUCUUAUAACAUGAAAACAGUUUUUCUCUUCCUUAUGAGUGAAACUGUGAGUGAAUUUGUUACAAAACCUAGAUUAAAAUUUGGUAGGGCCAAAUUCCUUUUGUUGGCAAGUUGUUUCAAGUCUGCUAUGCACGUUAGUUGAGGUGGUGUGUGAAAUACCUCUCCACGUGAUUGAGGACAGGUCGCCUGGUUAUACACCAUAGUUGAGAUCCUUACUUAUAUCAAACAUACAUUUAAAAUUUGCUUUACAAAUGCAGAAAGUGCAAAAAGUGUGUAUAAUUGCUUGGGUGAUAAAACGCCAUUAAAGUCAAGAAAAUGACAAGCACAAACAGGAUGUAGAUUUCAGUCCUAUUCCUUACCAGGGAACAACCUCUUGUUGAACUCAACAACACGUACUUUUGAGUAGAUGCAGAUAGGAUUGCACUGUUAAGGUAAUAACUGACCAAGCUCAGACUUGGUUAUAUGACCCAUGUAUGAUGAUCUUAAACUUAGAUGAACAUGCUGUGCACUAAUAUUUUACUAGGAAGCAGUGGGUCUGGAAGUGAUGCACACUUUCAGUCAUUAAGUGUGCCUAACUCAGUGCUUUGCAGGUUCAGGAUCUGAAAACCCCCAGUGAAAAGAACUGAGGAAGUAGUUCCAUGGCAAAAGACCUUGGUGAACUCACGUUAAUGGGAGUAGAUGGACUAAGUCAAUACAAGGCAGCUAGUUUUAUAUUCCGUAUUCUACAGUGGUCUGAGAUUUCUUGAAAUCUGAUUUGUUUCAGAUUAUUCCAAUUGGUUUGACUUAAGUGCCUUUAGGAGGGUUAUCCCUGGGUGAUAGCUGGCACAGGCUAAAGAAGAAGCACCCUAUAACCCCUUUUUUAAUUGGCAGCUUUGCACAUGGCACAGACAUGUUGUGCAACCUGCAGGAUCUGGGCCCCAAUGGCUUCAAUUAAUCAUUCAUCACGUUCGGCAUAGCUGAAGUCAGAUUGGCUGUGCAUGCUUGCCUUUGCCUUGGGGUGCAGUUGGCUGUUUCUCUUCUCCAGCGCCUCCUUAACUUCAUCAAACAGAAGUUGCACAUUGAUUAAAAUACAAUUAAUAGGCUGCCAGUUUGUCACUGUUUCCUUCACCACCCCUUCCGUUCCUACCCAGAGGACUAGGACUAGGUGUGGGUUAGUGGAAAGAAAUCUCUCAGCAAACUGAAGAGCAGUGCAGCCCUCUUCCUCCAAGCCUUCUUCAUUCCUGUUUUCUUUACUCCUCCUCAUCUGUCUCACCUGCUUAUUUGCCUUUGAAUAAGGGUCAUACCUGUGCAAACUGAACAUGAGCUGUGCAGCCAUCACGAAGAAUUCUUGCAGAAGUUUGCUGCCUGUGCUCUGGAGUGUCCUCCCCACCCAACCCCUUAAAAAAGAGAAGAAGAUUGCGGCAGCAAAUCUCUUAUCGGAGAAGUAGGGCGGAUGUCUGUUUUCAGAUACCUAUCUAGUCAUGCGAUAGUAUGGGAACUGGCUUGUGAGUGAUAUGCUGCAACAUGUGAGGACUUUAUUAGAUGAAAGGUAUUUUUCCCCACCCCUAAUUAGAUUUCCACUGUGAUUUCAGAUUGUAGUCAUUCGGCAUGACUCCUGUAAGGGAGGAAGAACCAAAGUGCGGAGGAGGAGGGAGACCAAAGAUACAUCUCUGCAAGGGUUCCCCUCCCCUUCGGUUUUGGCAAUAGGAAGAUAGGUGGAAAAACACAAGGCUGUUUAAUGUAACUAUAAAUUCCCAUUCCCAGGAAUGUCUCUGACAGUCAGAGCUUGGAAUAGUGCAGCAGCUUAAUUAGAAUACAGGAGGAAAAAUGUUUCUGAAAGCUAAAUUGAUUUUAAUACAGCUGUGCCACCUGUUUGCUCACUUGGGGCAAGAAGCUAUAUGUUCCAGGGGAACAGUGUAAGUGCAAACCGCUCCCUGCCCACCUGUGAUUUCACCGCAUUAUUUCAGGCAUCUUCCAUGCUAGGAUUAACAGCUAGUUCCACCCUACGCUCUUGUUCCCUUAUACAGAUUCAGACCACCCGUCCAUGUUGCUUGGUAUUGAUUGCAAUGGCUGCAGUGACCCUUCGGAUUUUCAGACAUGAGUCUUUCCCAGCUGGGAUGUUUUGUAUGCAAAACGCAUGCUCCUUAGCCUCCCCUUUCUUUCUGUCUUUUGGCCUUUGUGGGUCAGUAGCUUGGGGGCUAGAAAACAGAGAGGAACCAAGGCACACAGGCAUUGCUGUUCUGCCACUCCCAACAUUAAAAGGUUAGAGCAGGAUCCAGGGUGUAGCUAAGCCUAGACUGCAGCUAAGCCUACGCUCCAACAGCAGUUGAUACAUUGGCCCGAUAUGUCACCCAUAAAAUGAGAAGCCUUCUGCAGUCAUUACCCUCUGAAGAGGGAAGCAUGGGUAGAGGGGGGCUGUGGGGACUUGUGUCUUGCGCCACUGAUGAAGCCACACAGCUCCUCCUGCCCCUACAACGUAUCUGCGGAGGCUCUCUGCCCAAAUGGAAACCCUGAUCGAAAUGGCCUGAGGAGAAAUUUAGUGCUAUGGCAGCCAAGCAAGUGAUAACCAGACUUUGGAAAACGACCUCUUACAGAGCUUACGGAGUCUGGUAUGUUUCGGUGAUGAGAAAACCUGCACACCAAGUUAAGGAGAGCAAAGGUCACAGUACAGAGACGGCUACAGUGGUACCUCUGGUUAAGAACUUAAUUCGUUCUGGAGGUCUGUUCUUAACCUGAAACUAUUCUUAACCUGAGGUACCACUUUAGCUAAUGGGGCCUCCUGCUGCCACCGCGCCACCGGAGCACGAUUUCUGUUCUCAUCCUGAAGCAAAGUUUUUAACCGAGGUAAUAUUUCUGGGUUAGCAGAGUCUGUAACCUGCAGCAUCUGUAACCUGAAGCAUCUGUAACCUGAGGUACCACUGUACUGGCUUUGUAGCCAUUUGAUGCAAUUACCUGGGUGUCUGUCCAUGGCAAGUCACCUGUGAAUUGUAUCUCUGCUCCAGAGUAAAUUUUGCACCUCACCAUGCUAAUCAUCCUGAGUGAAUGAGAAUCCUAGUUAACAAGGUUCUUGGGCUUAUUAACAUGAUCCUUAACAUGAUCCAGUGAUCCUUCUUUUCCCUGAUCCUAGCUGUACUUGCAUUCUCUGCCCCUCAACCCCAUAUUGUUCCAUUUUCACAUGCCUGCAGUAUGCCUUCUGCAGAGCCCACAGCUUUGGUGGCUUCCCCUUUGCUCAGCAGAAGCCGGACUAAAAUGCUUUGACUUUACUGCGCCAAGGUUUAGUGUCCAUAUGUUGGAUACAAGUUGCUGGCUGUUACUGAUCCAGAUGGCAUCCAUUCUUAAGUCAGAGACUUGAAACACACUCUGUUCCAUUAACACGUCCACGAGCAAUCUCAUCCUUUGGGUGACUUAAGGGUUUCCUGGUAAACAUGAAAAUGUAUGGGCCAGUUCUGGACAUAAUUGUCUUUCAGUCAGCGAGCAGCCUUUAAAUGGCUGGAACUCUCUGGGGAAGUACAUUUAUGUGUGAAAGAAGGGCAGGGUUAUGGGGAUCACUUACUGAAGCCCAGCUGUCCUGCUAUAAUUUAUCCAUCUAGCAUUAAUGUGGUAGCGCUUGCUCUAGUGGAGCCAAUUUUGCAGAAGCCUUGGCUCUCCCUUCCCCCACCCCCUUCACCUUGAAGCGUUCACUCCAUUGAUGGACUGGUCACAUUAAUCAGGUGUAUUUUUCAGUAGCCACACUUGCAAGCGCUUGAGAAGGAGGCUGCCUGCCUGUACAGGGAGGAGGGUUGCUGGAACUUUUGGCUUUCACAUGUGCUUCGUUGUUGUUGUUGUUGUUUAGUCAUUUAGUCGUGUCCGACUCUUCGUGACCCCAUGGGCCAGAGCACGCCAGGCACUCCUGUCUUUCACUGCCUCCCGCAGUUUGGUCAAACUUAUACUGGUAGCUUCAAGAACACUGUCCAACCAUCUCUUCCUCUGUCGUCCCCUUCUCCUUGUGCCCUCCAUCUUUCCCAAAAUCAGGGUCUUUUCCAGGGAGUCUUCUCUUCUCAUGAGGUGGCCAAAGUAUUGGAGCCUCAGCUUGAGGAUCUGUCUUUGCUUGUAGCCUAUAUUAAAUAGUCAGGUUCCAAUUAUCUCAUUACUUAUUUCCCAUUUUGAUGUACUGUAACUGUUUAGAAAUAAUAAAAAGGGGGCAGGCUUGGCAAGAAAGCAGCUCUCAUGGAAGGAUGGUAACCAUGGCAAAGUUUUUUCUUUAACGAGAAUAUGCCAAGCCCACAACGGAGCCCUUUUAAUUGCAGAGUCUCCCACAUACCCAUGUUACCGAGACUAUAAUCUGUAUGAGUUCUGGCAUGUGAGGUAUUUGGAGAUAAGAGGUACUGCCAUGCUGGGAGAGGAGGCAGAGCUAUUGAGUGGCUUCAGAGGAGGACUAUUCUAGUUUUAGUCUCCAACCAGGAGUGUGGAAGCAAGGCAAGCAAUCAGCUGGCCUAUUAAGUGGUGAGGGGGGGGAUAUACUUGGUUACUGCUAUAAAACAGACUAGGCAAGAGGGGAAAGACAGGUCACCUUUCAUCUCUGCAGGAAAUAUGCAGAUGAAUAUCAGGCAGGUGUCCUGCGAAACAACUGUCUGCCCCAUUUCCCAUUGGUUUAGCUAUCACAUAGCUAAUUAUCAUACAGUGGUACCUCGGGUUAAGAACUUAAAUCGUUCUGGAGGUCCGUUCUUAACCUGAAACUGUUCUUAACCCAAGGUACCACUUUAGCUAAUGGGGCCUCCCGCUACCACCGCACCACCACCGUGCAAUUUCUGUUCUCAUCCUGAAGCAAAGUUAUUAACCUGAGGUACUAUUUCUGGGUUAGCGGAGUCUGUAACCUGAAGCAUCUGUAACCCGAGGUACCACUGUAUUUGCAUCCCAUUCCUCCUCCAGCAACAUAUGCCGAUGUGGUGUAGUGGUUAAGAGCGGUGGACUCGUAAUCUGGUGAACUGGGUUCGCUUCCCCGCUCCUCCACAUGCAGCUGCUGGGUGACCUUGAGCUAGUCACACUUUUCUGAAGUAUCUCAGCCUCACUCACCUCACACAGUGUUCGUUGUGGGGGAUUGUUAGCCGCUUUGAGACUCCUUAGGGUAGUGAUAAAGCGGGGUAUCAAAUCCAAACUCUUCUUCUUCCUCAGUCUCACUUGUGAUAGGGAUAGGGAACCUGUACUCCCCACCCCACCCCGGAUACACUUCCCACCAUCCUGGACCAUUAAUCAUGCUGGCUCCCAUUGAGGGGCGUGAGCGUCCAACAACAUGUCUUUGCAGUUCCAUCUGAGGUGUCCAAGGCACUGCCUUCCUAUGCUUCCCAUUUCAAUUUACGCGGCCUGAUGAUGCGGAUAAGACUCUUGCAAUUCCUUCUGCCCUUAAACUGGUGGUCAUGUGUCCGUGCCUCCUGAAGAAGCUUGUCUUGGAUUCUGUGGUUUAUAACAACUCCCAGCUGGUUGCAAACGUCUCAUUCUUGGGUAAGGUGGAGUUUGAGGAUGCACCUGGGUCCAGCUUUGUUCUUGGAGGCUCAGGUAGGCUUAAUGCCUAUCAGUGCCUUUGACCAGGUAUGGCUGGUACGCCAACUAUGACCAUUCUUGGACAUGGAUAUGUAUUAAUUUGGAUAAGUUCAUUUAUUAUUUUUAAGGUCCUUAACAUCUUUGGUCCAGGACACCACUCCAAACCUGUUUUUUCUUUCUUUCCAGGGGGAGUGCAGCCCCACCCAGAACAUCUUAACCUGGUUCUGUGGAUUGCUGCAUCCUGUCUAAUAGGCUGUCUAUAAUCCUUUCUUCCUUAAGUAUCUCUGCUCAAUUUUGAACCCAGUUAUUCUGUUUCAGUAGCAGAGGGUAUCCCAAAUCAGUGAAGAAAUCAAGGCAUUAAUGCCAUUUCACUACAAACAGUCAGGCAUUGCUGCUGUUACCUUUCACUCAGCUCCAGUUAGAUGGAAAUAAUUUCAGAUGCCCUUCACUUCCUUUGUUGAGGUGAUGUGUAUUUAUAUGUAUAUUGAUUUUUCCAUAAGGCAGUCUGAAAAAGUUGAAUUUCAUAAGGUGGGAGGUUGAGCCUAAGGCUUGGGUGAGAACAGGAAACCUAAAAGAAUUCCAUUCUGGCUUUUGGCAACAACAUUAUUUUUAUCUCCAAUUAUUCACAAAUUUAAAUGAGGUGUUUUUUUUUAAUCUUCAGUCAUCCAAAAAAUAUUUUUAGCAUUCUCCUCCUUAAUAGCAAACUCAGGUGGUGAGUGCUGACAGAAAUGGAGCCAAAAUGGCACCAAUGAAAGGAAUCGGCAUGUUUGAGGAGAAUGCAAAGAUUUUUAGAAGUAUACAAAAUGCCAUUAAAAAAACCUUUAAUGAGGUAAAACUCCCUAGUGAGGACUGAGCAUGCUCAGUAGCCACAGGAAUCCAUGUCAUAUGGAAAAGAAAACCAGGAGGGAUGUGACUGAGUGGGGUGGGGUGGAAUGCCCUGCUUAGAGUUUAAUUAGAGAUGUUAGAAGUGAGAAUACACUGCAUCAAUUUAUUGUAGGUUUCGCUUUUAUCAGAAAUGUUUGUGGGGUAAAGGUUAUUUUUUAACAUGCCCAUUCAUAUGUAUAGGAAUCAUCUGGCUCUCAGCAACGAUUAAUUUAGGAGUAAAAUCCGGGGGGGGGGGGGGGAAGCUCCAAAAGAUCUCAGUGAAAAUAAAUGUGUCCAAUGGCCACAGUAUGCUGAACAUCUUUAGUGGGGGAGGGGGAGGAGGGGAAAACCAAGGAGAAGUGGAAUGGAGUAUCCUGGAAUAGGACAUGGACGGCUGGCUGGUUGAAACCGUGAACAGGAGUGCUCCACAUUGCAGCAAAACAAUGACCCGCUCCCUAUAAAAGCAAACCUUGAUGGUCAAAUACUGAUAAGCAAACCUAGAUGGUCAAAUACUGAUAAGGAGAAUGGGGCUCCCCAAAAUAAGGAAGUGAUUUCUGUAAACUUGAGGGCUUUGCAGGUACGUAGAAGUAGGGAAGUCUCUAAAUUAAAUUAUUUCCACUAAGUAAGCGUUGAGUAAAAGACAACAGUAGCAGUGCCAGGCAAUUCAUAGUGAAUAGCCAAUGGGAAGACAACUAGCCUAUAGGCAUGUUUGCUCACAUUCAUCCUCUUCAUGGAAAAGGAUAUUACACCAUAACAAGGUGACCAAGGUCUGUCUUUUUCUUUUUCUUUCCAGAUUUUCCUAUUUCCUAGUUUAUCCUCUUCAGGUUCUUUGCCUUUUCUUCCAACAUGCUCUGAAACCCCCUCUGUCUGCUUCCUGGCUGCUUAUUCAUCCCACCGUCAUUCCUGGAGCUCUUCAGAUAGAGUCUGCAGGGGGUCUUGGUCCCAAAUCUGAUAUGAUUGUUGAGCAUCUGGUCUGAGUCCCUCAGAGCCUGAUCUGUUUUUCGUUCAUCUCCUGGGGCCAAUUCUGACACCUGGAACUCUUGACAUAAACAUGGAAAGAUUUCUUGUCUGAGGCUGCAGUCCUUUUCAACAUCGAAACUGCUUGGUGAAAUCAAGAUCUGGUCUGAGAUGUCACCAUCUCCAUUUCUCAUUUUCACCAAAUCCCGCUGAAAACCUGAACUGUUGUCGUUAUAGCAGUGAGGGACCAGGUGCAGGAGAACAAAAUGGAAUUUCAUCCAGUUGGUUACGAGAUUUGGGUGAUCUAGUUUUGAGUGUUCAGUUCAGGUUGGGCUGAACUCUCUCAUAAUAUAGGUUUACAGUUUGGGGGCUAUUUAUUUCGGUUUUUGGGUGCCCAGGUUGUGGCAGUAACUAGGUGGGUUGUUGUUUUUUUACUAGCUCCAGUUAACGUGUGCUGUUCUGCUGGAAAAGACAGACAUUGCUAUGAUCAUUCAUGCUUUAGUAGCUUCUAGAUUGGAUUACUGUAAUGUUCUUUGCAUGGGCAGCCUUGAAGAAAUUGAUCCAAAAGCUGCUGCCAGAUUUUUUUGCCACGGACUGACCAGAUGGAAAAUAUUAUUCUGGUUGUGUACAAUUUUAUUUGGCUUCCUAUUUGCUUCUAGGCUUAACUUUGAGCUGGUUCUUACCUUUUAAUAAUACAGGUACAAACCUUUCACAGAUUUUUGUUGUUGUCAUUCAUGGGAUACAGGGUGCAAACUGAACGGGCCUACUGAAAGACGCAGGGAGGAGAGGUUAUGAAGAACUUGAACGGGUUUUUUUGGUUUUCACAGGGUGUGCACGCAUAAAUAUUUGGCACAGUUGGUUUGGGAGAAAGUCUUCAUAGUGCCCCCAAACUCUUCGUUGCUUCAAGCAAGGAGAUUCUGCUCUCAUGCAUGCAAAGACUUCUUACCUUGAUUUUAAAUUAUCCUUUUUGGAUAGAUGAACCAAUCUUUCCACAUCCUUAAGAACUCAAUCCAGUUUUUAUUAUUACUUCUCAGUAUCAAUGUCGUUAUAGCACUGGGGAAAAUUCCUUUGUCUACGCCGUGAGCCUGUAAAUAAAGUUAAAAUGUUGUUUUAUUUUUUAUUCUGGGUUGCAUUCUACCUUAAACAGACUACUAAAAUAGAAUUAUAUGUAGUAUUAAGGGAUUAACAUGAAAGGAGUGAUGAAUUUAUUCAUUAAGAAUGUGAUCAACUCAUACUGUAUUUCAAUCUCAUAAAAGAUAUAUCUCUCACCUUCUAAGCUCAAGGCAUCUCUGCCGGCACCUUAGUUAGAUAAAACAAGGAUCUUUCUUACAAAGCAUGCAUUUCUGGUAAUAAACCAUAGCUUUCUUAUUUCCCCCUAAACUGAGAAUCUCACUGUGAUCAUAUCCAGCAUCCUGUGGGCUUUUUCAAUAGGGAUUCAGUAUUAAGUUCAACUUCCUUUGAGUAUUUUAGCUCCAAAUGCCAACACUUCUCUGAAUUGGAUUUCUCUCUUAUUCCUAAUGAUAAUUAGCAUAAGUGAAUGGGCCAUCAAAGAUCAAAUGUCACAGGCAAUAUUUUCAUAUUCACCAUGUGGCAAUACCAAGCCCCUUAGAAAGUACAUGGCCAAGAAUGGAAAUGGUGUCCUGUGUUAAAGGUAAAGAGACCCCUGACCGUUAGGUCCAGUCGCGGAUGACUCUGAGGUUGCGGCGCUCAUCUCGCUUUAUUGGCUGAGGGAGUCAUGUGGCCAGCAUGACUAAGCCGAUUCCGGCGAACCAGAGCAGCGCAUGGAAAUGCCAUUUACCUUCCCGCUGGAGUGGUACCUAUUUAUCUACUUGCACUUUGAUGUGCUUUUGAACUGCUAGGUGGGCAGGAGCAGGGACUGAGCAACGGGAGCUCACCCCGACAUGGGGAUUCGAACCGCCGACCUUCUGAUCAGCAAGUCCUAGGCUCUGUGGUUUAACCCACAGCACCACCUGCGUCCUAUGUUACCUGUUGACUAAUAUGGUUAGCCAAAUUGGAAGUGGUUUAAUGUUUUUUUCUAUAUAGGUUAAUGCUGUUUUGUCUGUUCCCAUGUAUUAAAAUUAGCUAAACAAAUAACCGCUUUCACCAUUCUGCCAUUAGGAACAAUAGUGGUAACUGUGGAACUUUCUUAAAAACAACCUGGGAAGAUGUGGCUUUGGGCUUGUAUCCUAAUUCUCUAAGCAUGAGUAUAGAUAAUAGACCCCAGUAUCAAUAUUAUACAUCUUCGUGUCCCCAUCACCUUUGUCUGUGCUCUGAUGGGGAAUACUUAGUUGAGGUAAAUGGGUCACUGGUCUGACCCAUUGGAGUCUGUUCUUAUGUUUCUUUUACAACAUUUGCUGGACAGGGUCCUUUUGUAUUCCCCCACCAACCCCCAGCAUGUAUACAAACUGGGGUGGGUGCGGGUGCGUGUUAUUGAACACACAUAAUGAUGUUAAAGGUUGACAAGUCCCAGUUCAUAAAGCCUUCCUAAUUAACAAGCCAGGAUUGAUUGCUUCCACUGACAAGCAAAGACUUAAGUUUACACAGUUCAGGCCAUAAAUGUGGGCCAUUAACAGGCUGCCCCUGAUGAGAACCUACAUUUUUUAUUGGCUUGGGGCUUCACUGGAGUUCAUAAAUAUAUUUGUUUGAAUGGACACCUCAGAAAAUGUGUUAGGGUGGGGGGGGGGAGUCCGUUUCCCAGGGAAGAGGUGCAAAAGACUGAGGAGAAAAACAAAGCCUCUGGAAGCCCCUUGAAAAUAAAUGAACAAUAACCCCUGAUGACCGUAAGGGAACGAAACUAUUGCACAUUACUGCAGACAUGUCCAGAGAGUGCAGUGGAUUUAUGUUCAGCUGCUGAGGCACUUUUUAUAAAUUGCUUUCAAAUGGAAUGUGUGUGGUAUCUCAUGGGGCCACUUGUUUGAAAAAUUGAUUUAGGUCUAGAAGAUUCCCACAACUUGUAGUAGGAAGCAGUAAAAGCAACAGCUUGUCAAUGAUUAGAGCCUUUGUUUGUGAAACGUUUUAUGAUGAGUCUAGGAUCCUUCUGGCUUGCAGACUGCAGCUUUGGAUGCAUUUUUUCCACAAGGGACAGGUCACUUGCGGAAAAAUGCAGAGUGCACAGCGAAAUUUACGCCGUCCCAGCUGUAUUGCAGUGCAUCUUACCACAUAGUCACUACUACCAUUAUAUUUAUUACACAGUGAGAUAAAACACAUUUAGCACGUAAAUGUCAUUGCUUGGAGAGAGGUGGUGGGGGAAGGCAUAUCCCAGCAUGAUGAGCCCCCCAAUAUGAAAAGCAAGUGCAGAGGUGCCUGGGAAAGCUACACAGCGAAUGCUACAGCUGGGAUGGCAGAUGUUGUGGCGAUCACACAGGGUCCCGGGACAUUUCAGCGUCUAUUGAUCCCUGUGCCACCACUUUAUUUCCCGCUGCCACCACCCAGGCCCUACCUGGUACAAUCCUGAGUCCAGUCAGGGUUAAAUUGGAACAUAAACUUUUGUUUAUUUAUUGCAGUUUAACAAGCGUGUGGUUUCAUAAACAGUAUUGGUCAAUUUCAUUCAUGGGGUGCCUAUCCAGACCUAUAACGUCCGCUACCUGCUCUCACUCACUAAACCACCUCUCAGAUAUUUACUUGUCUUCCCAGCCUCUGUUUUUGACUCAGCUUAUUUCGCUACACUUAACUCAACCUACCCACAAACUCUAUCCCAAUUCACUCCCACUCCAACCAACCACCCAACUCCUCAUGAACACCCCUUUUUGCCCCUCCCAGAGCUGGUUUUAUAGUCACUGUGACUCCACCCCCUGGGUUCUGAUAGGGUAACCUGAUUAACUAUUUCACCUCCAGCACUCUCAUACGUUAACGUCACAGAUGUUUUGUGUGACAGCCACACAGGCAAAUGCUCUGCCAUGUCUUCUGACCCUCUGCAACACUCGCAAGUGCGGUGUUCAUUCUAACAAGGAAUCUGCCAGGCAGGUAUUACGGUGGCAGAAAACCAUACUUCCUAGAUAGAAAGCCUGGGGACAGCCUUUGUUGGUGUAAGUCAAUGCAUACAGAAAGCUGCAUUUAGAAACUUGCAAGUUAAGGAAGAGACGCCUAACAACAGUACAGGGCUCCAAUAGUGCAUAAUUAAGUUACGUUACUUUUCUAUUAUUUCCAGUUGUGCUUUAAAUUUAUCCACCUUUGAAAAACACAAGAGCAAGGACAUUAAGGACAUACAGACUGGAAGGUCACUCUACAAUUUUUGCCCCACUGUUAAAUUUCAGCUCCUUAGUUGUAGUGUUAACUGCUUAGUGGUUUUGUUACACUCAAGCAGUAUAUAAAUUUAGUUAAAUAAAACAAAUUCCUGAACUCUGUGACUGCGAGAUCAUUCUGGCUACUAGCUACCUGGUGUAAUAUAUGCACUGUGUAUACCAGGUAGCUAGUAUGAUAGCAUCUACCGGUACUUUAUUCAGGGAGAAGGAGUGGCCCUUUCAGUUUUCUUGUUUCUUUGUUUUAGCUUUUGCUCCAGGUGAGUCCUUUUUAUCAUGGAAUGAAGUAGUUCCUAAUUGGUGGUCCGUGGCGUAACCCAUCCAGGGGGUCUGUGGCACAUGCCCUUCAACUGUCCAGGACCUCCUGUUUUUGGGUGCUGUGCUCUCAUGUGGGUCAUGUGACUUGCACGGGAACACAUCCUGGUUUUGCACUGGAACAUAUUGGAGGGUACGGUGGCACCAUUCACAUAACAAAAACUACCGCAGAGAUAUCAACAUUUUCAAAAGUGGGGGGUCCGUGGCUUGGCUUUUGAAAAACAGGGGGUCCACAGUACUAGACGUAGCGUAUUGCAGUUAUUUUCCAGCCUUGGAAUGCCAUUUGCCUGCUCUGCUUUUUAAAAUGAAUCAUCUCUGUCUUCCUUCUUGUUUUCAGUUCAUACCCAUUUUCACAGGGUGUAUUUUUUUGUAACACUUCUAUGGAUAUUUUAUUGACAGAACUUUACACUUCAAAGUAUACAUUGCACAGUGGAACUAUGUCCCACAUGUAAUUAGUCUGGAUCUUUUAAUCACAGACUUAAUGCAAAUUCCACAGAAGAAGUGUUGAGUAGUUCUUCAAAGUAGCCAUUAACCAUUGUAUGUUUCUUUUAAUAUAUAUAUAAUUGGGGGAAAACAAAAGGAUCCGAUUAUUGAAAACCACAAUUAACUCUGAAUUGUGACUGUUUUCACAGCCUUGAUCUGCCUCUCGUACCAUUAUCACAUUCUCCCCAACUUUCAGUCAUAUUUUGUGAUGAUUUAUUUCCGUACCUGUGCACUGAUGGUGCAGCUUUAGGAUCAAGCUUACAGGCAUAUGUUGAUCUGUCUGCUGUCAAACAGCUGUUGAGGAUGUACAUAGAUUACACUGAGCAUAUGCAGCUGCAGACUCAGCUCAGCAAGGUAAUGUAGUGCAAGAUAAAUUUUGGAGAUCACAAGAUGAACAUAUAUAUUAGUAAAUUGAGGGGUUAACUAUGUGUUACACCCAGAUGUAUGCAUUAAAGCACCCUGGAGCAACUUUGGAAGAGAAUAAUUUGGACUGGAGAACCAACAAGCAAGUAUGUCUAAUCCACUUCCUGCUUCUCCAUCCCAGAUCACAUCCCCAUAUGCUUCAGAAUCACCAUCACUGAUGAGGUUUCAAAUGCUGUUUGCCCUUGAUUUGAACCCUGAUGGAAGAAAAGUGGUUUGGAGACUCCGGGAGAGGAUUAGACAGACAUACCUGUUAGUUUUCUGUUCCAAUUACCCUCUUCCAAAGUUGGGCACCCCUCGCUGCUUCUACAGAUUUCCUCCUCCUGAAGCCUCCUUUUUCUUGUGCUCAUUUGUGCUUACAGCAUAGCUAGCCCCUGAUCAUACUCUAGUUCCCACCAUGAUCCUGCUCAUACAUGAGUUCAGUCCUGAUGACGAUAUCCUCUAAUAAUAAUAAUAAUAAUAAUAAUAAUAUAUUAUUUCUACCCCGCCCAUCUGGCUGGGCUUCCGCAGCCACUCUCGGCAGCUUCCAAAAAAAUACUAAAACACUGCAAUACAUCAAACAUUAAAAGCUUCCCUAAACAGGGCUGCCUUCAGAUGUCUUCUAAAAGUCUGGUAGUUGUUCUCUUUGACAUCUGGUGGGAGGGUGUUCCACAGGGAGGGCGCCACUACUGAGAAGGCCCUCUGCCUGGUUCCCUGUAACUUGGCUUCUCGCAGUGAGGGAACAGCCAGAAGGUCCUCGGUGCUGGACCUCAGUGUCCGGGUAGAACGAUGGGGGUGGAGACGCUCCUUCAGAUAUACAGGACCAAAGCCGUUUAGGGCUUUAAAGGUCAGCACCAACACUUUGAAUUGUGCUAGGAAACGUACUGCUCUGAUUCUUGUGUUUUGCUUCUUUUGACAACUUGGCAUGCACCCAUUUCAUAGUACAGUGGUGCCCCGCAAGACGAAUGCCUCGCAAGACGGAAAACCCGCUAGACGAAAGGGUUUUCCGUUUUCAAUGCGCUUCGCAGGACGAAUUUCCCUAUGGGCUUGCUUCGCAAGACGAAAAUGUCUUGCGAGUCUUGAGCCCCCUUUUUCUAAGCCGCUAAGCCUUUAAUAGCCUUUUAGCAGCUAAUCCGCUAAGCCGAUAAGCCUUUAAUAGCCGCUAAACCGCUAAUAGCGCUAAUCCGCUAAGCCGCUAAUAGGGUUGUUUCGCAAGACGAAAAAACCGCUAGACGAAGAUACUCGCGGAACGGAUUAAUUUCGUCUUGCGAGGCACCACUGUAGAGUUAUGCUCUUGCCCACACCCCCAUUUAAAAUUUUUAGGAACUAGUAUUCAUAUGGAGAGCAAAGGCAGACUGGUAUUCAUUAAGAAGCUUUUUAAAAAAACAAAACAGCUUGUGAAGUACUCUGGCAGCAGCUCUCCAGGAUGGAGGGGAGUCUCAGCAUAACUGGAGAUACUGGGGAUUGAACCAGAGAUCUUCUAUAUGCAAAGCGGAUGCUUUGCUACUGAACUAUGGGCCUUCCUUGAGCACCAGGGAAGCUCCUCUAGAACCAACAAUGGGAAAAUCUCCGCUGUGUACAUCUCCUCUUGCUAGAUGAUAGCCAGGGUGCAUUAUUAAGAUAGCUUUGGUUUUGCAUAAUCAAAUACCACCAGUCAAACUGUUUGUGAGUUUACUUUUCCAAGUUAUUUUUGUGAUUUUUGUGUGUGUAAUGAAUACAUUUUUGACAGAUGAGUCAUCUGCUUUAACCCUUAUUAUAAGGCUGAAAGAAAUAUUGCUGUAACUGCUAAGACAGUACACAUCAUCAAAACAUAACAUCCACCUCUGACCUCUGCAUUUUAGGACUGGAAAAUUACCAUUUUAUUCUGUAAUAAAGAAAGACACGUCAGUCCCCUUAAAAUAUCCACAUUACAACACUGUGGGGUGGUGAAACAGAUACUUGAUUUGUGAUUUUCUUUGGGUGCUGGUAAAUACAUGGAAUAAAUGUAAUAAACAUUAAAUUAAAAUUAAAAAAUACUUCCAAAGCAAGUCAGUUGGGGCACGUGUAAAAGUAGAGGGCGGAAUAAAAAAAUAUUCAUUCAGGAAUCUAGUAUGGGAAUUUUAGUUCCACUGAAUCAAUGGAACUGCUUAACAGCUGGAGGAGAACUCCUUCAGGAGGUGAUAGGCUGUAAGUAUUUAAGGAAAGGCUGGACAGCCACCUAUCAGGGCUGCUGUAGUUGCAUCCUGCAUUGCAGAUCCUGCAUUAAGCAUGGAGUUUGGUCAGAUGACCUUCACAGUCCCAUUCAGCUCUGUGGUUUUGUGGCAAGCAUGUUCAGGGUGCAGGGAUUCUGCCCAUAGCUGUCAACCGUCCCUUAUUUGGCGGGAAAGUCCGUUAUCCCAGCACUGUGUCCCGCUGCUGUCCCUUAUUGAUGAUGUCCCUUAAAUUUCCCGGGUUUCAAAGGAAGCAGCUCCUCUCCCUCCCUCCCUGCCGGCCAGGGAGGAGGGAGGCUCCAACUGUGUUGCUUGGCUGCGUUGCUCACCCAAUAAGGAGUCUAAGAACGACUGGGGGGUGCAGCUUCCAUGCCUUGUGCCGAUCAAAUCGGCUGCGUUGCCUGGGGACUCGCCUUUGCUCAGCGCUUCCCAGCGGAGAAGUGACGGUGGUUUUCCUUGCUGCAUCCCCUUUGCUGGGUUGCUGCGCUGUGGGAACCACCGCUUGAGGCUUCGUUUGGCUGCUGGCUGGGAUUUCUGCCUUUGGCUCGGAGGGGCUCAGAAGUUGAACCUACCUGUGCUCGGAAAAUCCCUUAUUUUGGCUGCUGAUCCCUUAUUUUCGAGGCUGCUGGUCCCUUAUUUUCAAAUCUGUAAGUUGACAGCUAUGAUUCUGCCUGGAACAGCAAGCAAUAUUGCUUCCCGGGGAUCCAAAGUCCAUGAAAUAUAUGCUAGAAAUCCAAAACACUGAUAGAACCACCAAACCUUCUAGUUCACGUUCUUUUUGGGGGGCAAUCAAGUAAAUUGUGUGAUCAUGCAAUGUGAUCAACAUCUAGCACUGGUAGAAUGGGCCGCAGUGAGGUGCCACUUACGUAAUCAGCCUGGUUUUUGAAAGCAUAGUAGCUGCAGAGUGACCUGAACUGACCACUGACAGAAGUCUCUGUGUGUUUUGAAGGCAUUUGGUCCAGAGUCAUCCUCUCUACAUUUCUCCCCGCUGCCUUAUGGCUGAUUAGCCAGUGAGCUGAAUACCUGCAUGACUGCCUUUGCUCAGUGAAAAAGGAAUAUGGCCUGUAAUACGGAAUUCAACAGCUUGAACAUUAAUACAAUCCUGAGGAUUUUACAGGUUUUUUUUUUUUAAAAAAACGCCCUUCUAAUCUCCGCAAGAGGUGGAAGAAUUGGUCAUUAUUGCCCGUUUGCUUCAUGACCUCCUGCUGGCUGUGCCCCUCUCUCAACAGGAUUUGCAUUAGACCCACAGUAGCUCAGUGUUAAAUGACUGCUGGAAAUCACAGCAGCAAUUUCCUAACGUUUCCCCUGGGAUGCUUGAAAAAGCCAGUACCAACAUUUCUCGAGUGCGGCGUAUCUGCUUUUUGUCCUGCUGGGCAGAAAUAGUUAGCUGGAGUGCUCUUAUCAAAGGUAGCAUCCUCCAGAUCUGCCCUUACACAAUACCAAGUCAUGUGGGGGGCCCGUUUCAAGGCAAUAAUUCUUUUGCACAGUAAGUGUUCAGUUGUUACAGAUUUGUUGCAGCGGGAUCCAGAUGUCUGUCCUCAAGUUAGCAUUUCUGUUCCUUUUCCAUACUGUGUUUUCCCUCUUCUUUUGAUCACCCAUUUGCCAGCUGACAGAAUGAAAGACAGUCGUUUUCAUUAAAUGCCACAUCUGAGCUAGCUUUUAAAAACUUUAAAUCAGUGGAACUACAACUGGUGUAGUUCUUUUAUAUUUUUGAGCGUGUGUUUCCCUGAUCAAUGGCUUAUUACUUACUUGUUCAGUGGCACUUUAAAAACAAAAGCUAUAAAGUGAUGCUUAAAGAGUCAUUAGUUGAAAAAUAGUUGCAGUUGGUUUUACAUUAAAAAAGGGAGAGGUCCUAUGCUGUGUUGUGUUGUGCUGUGUUGUGCUGUGCUGUGGCAGCACGACAUGAAGCUGAGCAAAGCUUUGGAGCCAUUGCAAAAUAAUGCUUUCCUGGUUUCAGCUCUGAGAGACACAUUGGGUAGAGUCACUAGUAUGGCAACAGUUAUCCCUGGGUUUGGAAUGAGGAAAGCAUUGCUCCAUUGCUGUUGGAUUGUAAACAAAUAAUGACCUUUGCCGUCUUAAAGGUAGUUAUCAUUUAAUGUCCCAUAAACCUAGCUACCAGUUGAAUGAACUCACACUAAUUUGUUCCUAUAUACAGUGGUACCUUGGUUUACGAACUUAAUCCGUUCCGGAAGUCUGUUCUUAAACCAAAGCGUUCUUAAAGCAAGGAGUGCUGUCCCAUAGCAGUGGGGGACUCAAAUUUACAAAUGGAACGCACUCAACAGGAAGCGGAACAUGUUCUGCUUCCAAGUCAAAGUUCACAAACUAAAACACCUACUUCCGGGUUUGCAGCGUUCUUAAUCCAAGUUGUUCAUAAACAAGCUGUUCUUAAACCAAGGUACCACUAUAUAUUCUUGCUGUUGCCUAGAUGUAAGGCUCUGUGCAGCUCAGGACGAAAUUACUUGGGAGUGUUAAUGCCUUGCAUACCCAGUACAUCACUAAUAAUAAUAAUAAAUUUUUUUAUUUAUAUCCCGCCCUCCCCAGCCGAAGCCGGGCUCAGGGCGGCUAACAACACUAAAAUAGUGCAACAUUGUACAUUGCAGUCUUGAGGAGAGUUCCCAAUGGUCUCAGAUACCUUCUCCACAGAAACCCAGAGCAGGGCUUUCAGUGUGGCUGCCCCUGUUCUCUGGAACAGUAUCUCUGUUGAGAUAAGACAGGCACACACUAUCUGCACUUUUUGGAAACAGCGACAGGCUCUCCCAGCUGGAUAAAUGGAUCUUUGCCAGGAGCAUCCAUUUUGUAUUGCUUUAGUUUUGUUUUAAAUGUACCUGAUUUUUUAAAAUGUUUCUAACUGUUUUUAUUGUACAUUGCCUUGAGACAAUUAAUAAACGGAUGGUGGCGGUAAUAGUGAUGAUUCAAACCUGAUAUCGUGUUAACCAAAUAGUUAUAUGUAGAGGAUAUGCUGCCUAGAGGAUAUAGGUAUAUUAAGAGGAUAGAUUCCUACCCCCCCCCCCCGCAAAUUGUUUUACCUAUCUGUUUCCUGUUUGCAAAAAGCAUACAAUAUCCGUACUGUAUAAGAAUCAAGGCUAAUAAACAGGCAUAGUCUAUAUAUAACCAUGUUUUUUGGCACCACCUAGUGGCUUUCAUGUGAAACUACCUGGUUCUCAAGGGAAUAGAGGGCAUUAUUUUAACUGUGGCAAAAUGAUGUUACUGGGAAAUAGCUAAGGAAUGAAAUGAGAAUGAAACAAAGACCCUUCCAAGCUAAAAAAUUGUAAAAACUGGUAGCCCAAUAUGCUGCCGUGGGGUGUCCUGAAAACCACUAACCAGCCCAGUAAAAGCUGAUCUAUCUAACUUAUUGCUAUUUCAUUCCAAAUAUUUUGCAUCAUUUGAAGAAUGUGAAGCUUUAAUGUAUGCAUGUCAUCCUUCUGAUGCUGAGCAAAAAUUAGUACAAAUUUUAUCGCCAAUGCAAGUGAGUGAUUAGCCUUUGAAUCAUCUGUUGUUCCUUGCUUAAAUUCAGCGCGAGUUCAGAAGAAAACAGAAAAAGGAGGGGGAUUUUGCAUUUUAUUGCCGUAAAAGGAUCCCAGUGCACCUAUAUUAAAUAGCCAGACACUUUCUCCUGUUACACUAUUGUUUUGUAAUCGUUGUGCAUGAGUCCCAAAUUCGGCCCUUUCCCUUUUUGUUGUUGUCGUUGUUGCUGUUCAUGCUUAACAAUUUCAUUACUCGUGUAAUGAAAAAAAUAUACCCGAAAGGAUUUUAUGGGCUUUGUCCUUAUUUCUUUCCAGGGCCUUGUUAAAGGCAAAACAAAAGGAGCUUAGAUGCUGCUGGAAUGUUAGUGAGCUGCUUUCCCCUCCGUCACUCGCAGGGCUGCGAGUUUUUACUGCUGCUGCAUUUCAGCGAUGGUUUGAAAAACACAAACUUUAAAGGAGCGAGCGAAUCUCACUUUGCCAUUUAACAGCUGAGGAGGAAAGACUAGGCUGCUGACUAAUGUCACGUGCACUCACUGCAACUUAUAACGGUGUGUUUCCAGCUCUCCUGGGAUAACUGCAGAUGUAUGCUUGUGACAUCACCUCCAGCAUGGUGUCCAUAUACUUGCAUGUCAUUGAGCUUUGUUCAUGCCUUGCGGGCGCAGUUCAUUCCCUCUUGGAGGUUUACUUCUGUCACUUUUUUUAUCCUGCCGGUUUUCCAAGAGCUCAGCUAGACGUACGCACACAAUUCCCUCCCACCACCACUUCCUGGCUGCAAAACCCUUAUGAAGUAGGGCUAGUUUGAGAGAGAGUGGCUGGCCCAAGGUGACCCCGUGAGUGUUAUGGCUAACCAGAGAUUUCCACCCCCAUCUACCUCACCCAAGCCCUUCGCUCUAUUAACAGCACCGUGCUGGCUCUCAAAAACUGCAGAGGUGCCAGGACUACCUCAUCCUAAGCAUGAUGGAAAGUAGUGCAGGAAUGCAAACACACACACACACACGCACAUGAACGGGACUCCGAGGCCAGCCCCAUGACAUCAUGCUGAAACUAUACCAGGAAAGAUGCAGUGAUGGGAAGAAGGUCACCUCUUAAAAGCAUAAUGUUUCUGUAAAAAUGUGACAAGGGUAAGACAUGCUGUGCUAGCAAAGGUUGUACCACCCAUAUACUAGCAUGGCAUUAUAAAACGUGGUGUUAGUCCAGUGUUGCAAGCUUCAUUGCGACACUGUGGACAAAUAUUUCGGGCUUGAUUUUUAAUUGACAGGUCGUUGUGGGUUCUCUAAUUUUCCCUCACAAAUUAAUGUCACUUCACAUUCCUUUAAAAUUUCUUACCUGUGUUCUCUAAUUUGUUCCUCAUUUUCUUCUACCUACUCAUAACUUUAUCCUAACCUGGUUCCUCUUAUUUCAUAUUUUCAAUUUUGGAAUGACAGUCUUAAAAUGCUCCCUCAUUGAGAAUAAGAUAGCACUCAUAAAAAUAAAAUAGCCCAUGUUUGAAGUUGCCACUCUUUCGACUUUUCUGUUUCUGACAUCCCAUGAGAACAAAAUUAAUAGGAUCAAUAAAACAAUAGACCAACAAAUGUUCAGUGCAUGACAUUUUGCAGAGUUGCACAGAGUUUUUGUUUGGGCUAGAUAUUCAGCUUUUUAAAAAGCAAAAAAGUAGAUUUUUCUGAGUGAAGGCCCAGGACUAAGAGUCACUUAUCUUUGGCUGUAGAUUCAGCCUUUAAUGAACGGAGAAAGUCCUUUAAGACUUAAUUUAUUUACAUUAAACACCAGCCUCUCUUCCUGUCCUUCUAUCAAUAUCCUUGUUCCACUUCUGCUCCAAAUAUUCCACCCCUGGACAAUUUAGCGAUUUCAACAGUGCAUGUAGUUUUGCAUGUCUGGGAAAACCUGGUUGGAACUUCUCCUGAUACUGAAUUGCAUGGGUCAUAUUGCACUUUUGCUUUUCAGAUCUUCAGCUUUUAGGAAACACCUUCAUGCCAGGAAUCCCAGAGCACUGCAGAAGGUUCUGGAGUAUGUUCUAAGGAGCAUGGCCACUUGAUAUGGUCAGACUUAGCCAGGCCUAAUUUUGUUGCUGUGUUGCCCUGCAUAAACUCAGUGCAUCUUCAUGAAGUUGUGCACCACAAGGGAAGGCUGAGAGGAAAGUUUGUCUUUCAGGGAUGCUUGUCUACCAUGAUGCCUGAUAACCUUCCAGGGUUCUCUAGAACAUAGUUGAGAAGCCACUGAAAUUCAGGGCAGUCAACCUGGAUACAAGUUGCCUGCUGCAUAUAUCUUCCUAUUUCAGGUAAAAUUGACAAGCUAUUUAUAUAUUGGUUCUUCUGACAUGCCUAGAACAGAGUCUUUGGAGAGUGCCUCCACAUGUUUGCUCCUCAAGUCUCAGCACAAAGAAUUGGCAAGUCACUGACCUGGCAUGCAGAAACUUUAAAUGACGUCCGCUGGCAUUCAGUAUCUAUAAAUUAAAUGGUGGCGAAAGUGGUGCGUUCUCUAAAUAGCGUGAAGGAUGGCUUUGACGUGUGCCCAUAAUUAAAACCUUUUCCUACGAAUAUGAUAAUCCACCUUGGAAUAAAGAACAAAGAAAAAUAAAGAUAAGGAAUCUUCAAACCGGAAGCCUCCGAGGUAUUUUUCUGUGGAUGAAGCGAGAGAAAGAAGAAGAAGAAAUAUACAUUUGCAGGUUUCCUAAAUCUCAGUCCUAACGAAGAAGAGCCAAGUGAUUUAAACUCUUGUUUUGUCCCUGGACCUUUGAUAAAAUGGGAAUAUGGCCAGCUCACCUUCAGUGGGGACUGUUUUCAAGCUCUUCCAAAAUCAUCCAUUUAGCAUCUGUUCCAUGGGUCCCUUAGUUCUUUCCUGCCAUGUUUUAGGGAAUGAGAGAACUCCCUCCCUGAUGUUUCACACCUUAUCCUUCUCUCCUCUUUUGAAGACCUUGUGAAAUUGGGCAAAGAGCCAGCAUGAGAAUGGAAAAGUACGUUUAAUACUGGAAUAGCUAAUGUCUUAAAAUUUCCCAUGGAACAUCAUUUCCUGUGCUGGGCUUUUUUUAAAAGUAUAGUCCUCGUCAACAUAAUAACCUGAAACUAUUUCAUUUGAAACCUCCAUUUAAAAUGGUAGAUUUAUGCUGUACAGAAAUCUUUAUUUGCAAUAAUGCAGAUGCAGUCAUUUGCAGUAGCUCAUUGUACUCAGAAACAAGUGAGCAAAUUCAUUUGGUAUAGCUGCUUCUUUUACUAGCCAAACAGACGGAAAAUACAUUACCUUGUAAUAUAACAUGUAAUUUUUGUACAGUGAGCAGAAGGCACUAUUUGAUUGCAAAAUCAUUUGCACAUUCUCAUUCAAUAGAAGCUUUCGGGGAGAGUGUGGUGGAGAAUCUGCUCUGGAGUUAAAAUAGUCCGGGAGCAGGUAACGUGAACAACCUGAAACCACUGAGAGUCAAAUGAGACAACACAGGACUACAAGAACAAAUAGUCUUCCUUGGAAUAGGGUAAAAGGUAAAAGGACCCCUGACUGUUAAGUCCAGUCAUGAACAACUCUGGGGUUGCGGCACUCAUCUCGCUUUACUGGCCAAGGGAGCUGGCGUUUGUACGCAGACAGCUUCCGGGUCAUGUGGCCAGCAUGACUAAGCCGCUUCUGGCGAACCAGAGCAGCGCACGGAAACGCCGUUUACCUUCCCACCGGAGUGGUACCUAUUUAUCUACUUGCACUUUGACGUGCUUUUGAACCGCUAGGUUGGCAGGAGCAGGGACCGGGCAAUGGGAGCUCACCCCAUUGCAGGGAUUUGAACCGUCGGCCUUCUGAUCGGCAAGCCCUGGGCUCUGUGGUUUAGACCACAGCGCCACCCGUGUCCCUCCUUUCAUAAGCUACUGUCCCACUUUGUUUAGUUCCGAGAGAUACCUUUGCUACUUUAGAAAUGCAGUGUUUGAAAGGGCAGGCCAGAUGAUUUGAGAAAGGAACUGAUCUGAAGUGCUGAAAUUGCAAGGUUAUAAAUCUGGUUCACAGGUGUAUGUUACUCAUGUGAUAACUAGUUUCAAGCUGAUCAUAUAGCGCUAUGCUGCUGGUAGAGUUUCUCUAGGUCUACUGAAAGCCUCAGUGGCGCAUCCUUCUGCACUCACCACAGGCUCUCAUGGGCCCCCAUUGGUUAAAUGUAUAAUCCUUUUAAUAGUCAGUGGAGCUUGUUGGCAGGUGUCUUAGUAAUUUCAGACAUUGUCAUUCAGACUGUACUGUUUCUCUGAGCUUAAAAAUAGCUAGACAUCUGCUGCUUCAUUAUGUAUAAUUUAAGGGAUUUGCUUUCAGGAAAAGAUUUCUUUCUAAGAGUCGGAAAUCCAGUGCACGCAGGAUACAGUAUAUGGAGGGUGUCACUGUCUACCUGAAGGCUGAGCACUUUGUUGGCAUCUUAAGGUAUGAGAGCAUUUUCUCUCCACCUCUCAUUCUCCCUCAUUCAUCUAAUUGGCUUUGCGGAGAAGUGGGGAGUAGCUAUAGUUUCAAAACUGAUUUCAUUGGAGUAGCACCUGUUUACACCAGGUCUCAAUUUAGCCUUAACAUGCCUGUGGAAUACAUUGGAAACAACUCAAGACUCUUCAAGAGAACUCUCUGCAUUACAAAAUUUCCUGUUAGAGGUUUUACUUUAACAAAGUUUCAUUGUACCUAUCUAGUGGCUUUUUGUGUUUAGCGUCUUCUUUUUUUUAAUGAAUCAAACUUCAUGAGCUUUGCACUACAGCUUGGAGGAAGGAAGAGAAAGAGCUACUCACAAGAACACUUAAGAACUUUCUUGAGCUAAUGAGAAUAUUAUGGUGUGGAACAGUUUCAGCAAGACUUGCCAAAGUAAAAUACAAACAUCAUGCUGGGCAGGGAUAUACGAAACUCCAGUGAGAAAUUCUGCUAGCUUGAUUUUAAACUCUUCAUCCUCCAUUCAGAAUCCUUCAGGUGGUUUACCAGAGAUUUUCCUUAUAUGCAAAAUCUGAUGGCAAUCAAAGAGUGCGUGGAACCCCUUUGGAAAUUUUUUAUAGUCUUAUUGAAACUCUUUGGACUUUCAUUGAAAUUCCUCAAAUGUGUUUUCCAGAAGAGGACCUUCAGCUUCACUUCAAAAUUCACUUUGGCGGUGCAAUUCUCAACUUAUCCCUGGUGGAUGGAUGCAAGGUGGUAUAUGCAGUGUAGUGAAACCCACUUCCUACUAACUAUGCGUUGGGCAGGGAGAAGGCGAUGCAUAUUUCGAUUGAGUCCAUUGUCCAAGUAUGAGCAAAUAACAUGGAAGCAUUUAGAUUUGCAGGGUAUAAAAAACAGGAGGUCCCGAUGGAUGAACAAGGUAAAUUGAAACUCUGCAUAAAUGGAACUCUCUCCUAAGUACAGUUAAUGGCUAGCAGCUUAGUCUUACUCCUCUUCAUCUGUGCAAAUUCUGUUGCAGAUAUGGAGGCUUGACAGAAUGGCUGCUUCAAAGAUUAUGCUAUAAAAUGGGGAUGAUUAAUUAUGGAUGUUGGCUAAGUUAAAAUGUUUCCCAUACAGGCUUACUAAUAUGAACAAGCAGGUAGAGACCUCACAGGGGGUGGGGGGAAUUCACAUGGCCCCCACGUAGGCUAGAAUUGACCUGAUGAAACCCACCCAUAUUUGCACAUUGGCCCAGAUCUCUAAGCGGAAUAGCUCAGUGGCAUUAUAAUAAAACUGUCAGGCAUCAGUAUCUAAUUUACACCAAUAUUUUUAGAUUCUCUGUAGGAAAAAUGUGUCUCUCCUUGCUGCUGAAAAAUGAGGUGCGAUUCUGUAAGGCUUGGCUGAAAAAGAACAGAUGCCGACAUCUCUAGAGUUAAUAUUUUUUCCUUAAAAACACAUCUGUCAUCAGCCUCCACUUAGAAGAGCAGUGAAGCACAUAUCUAAAUAAACAUGGCACUUGGCUCCAACACUGAACCUGCUUUUUGCAUAGCAGCAGCUAUUAUUUUGUCAUUGUGGGUGGAAGGUAUUUGGGGCUGUUAACCAGCGGGCUUUGGUUACUAUUUGGCCACAUCGCUGCUCUUCACUUUUAAAAGUAAUUUCGGAUUACACCUUCUCAUAUUGUUUAAAAGAUUGGCUGGCACUGCAGGAUUAGAAUUAGCGUAAAGCUAACUGAUAAACUCAGCUAGUUUAUACAGCUGAGAACAUUGUGGCCUGGAAUGUACGCUGAAGAGCAAAAGAGGGAAAUUAGUUUAUCUUGGGUGAGUGUUCACCAUUUUGAGGAAAUGAACAUCUCCUCCGCUCCAACCUUCUGACCCUUCCUUGAGAGAUGUAUUUGCUGCACUCACCCACGUCUCCAGCUGAAGAAAAGAAAUAGAAGGUAGGUUUUACAACUUCCAUUCCAUCCCAUAGCUAGCAUUUCCCCAGCUCUAAACUACAACAAACACAUCUGCUGCCCCAAGAGGUUGACCAUCUCAGAGCAAGGAUAACCAAGGGAGGGAAGGAAGAGGGAAUGGUAACUUGCAAGAGGGAGAAGAACGGGAUCUGCAGGGGUAACAAUAAGAGCCACUGCUACAGACACGGCAUUUGGAUAUGGAACUUGAAAUUCAUUUUUGGAGCUUGGAAAUUUGUCCAGAAUUGUUGGGCAAAAUUCUCAACCUUCAUUACUGAGCUGGGCUCUCUGCCAUACAGUAGUUAUCAAUCAAAUCUGUGAGAAGACCUGCCAGAUUCCUUUCUGGAUGCCUGUUUUUGAAGUGGUCUCAGACUGACAAUAGUAGAAAAGAAGCUGCUUUGCCACAGUUAUUGUGGUGGCAAAAAUCUAUAUUAGCUGAACUUCUGUUAGCCAUGCAGCCAUGAAAGGCAGUGGAGCCUUGCCUAAGGUGGCAGAAUUAAGUGAGCUGGGUGAGGAAUGAUACUUCAUUCCUGGUUUGUGGAAGGGGACCCUGGAUGUGCUGCUCUUGUAAUUAACUUCUACCUUCCUUCAUUCAAUUGUAUUCAAAGCAACUUACAACGGUAAAAUAAGAAUAUAACAUUACAAAAGUAAUGCUCUAAAAGCAACUCUGUCAAAUUUUGGAAGACAAAACCACAGUAUAAUAUGGUGUAGACUCCUUUUUUCUGUAGUGGCUCCCCCCACGUCCACCCCACCCCCGCUGCACUCAGGCCUACCUGUGUGCCUACCUGGUGCCAAGAAAAGACAUUUUUGUUUUCCUGGGUAUUUGGGCAGCACCAGUUGUAUUUUAUGGUUAAUCAGUUUUAAAUGUAUUUUUGUAAUGUUGUUGCUGCAUUUUUCACUUGCUAGUAAAUUGCUUCAGGAUUUUUUAGUGGGAAACAAUAUGCAAAUUCAAUAAACCUAAUCCUAGUUUCAAUUAUUGCGUUGGAGAUUCUUCACAUUCAAUCCUACGACCUCCAGGACAACACAGAUACUUUGCUACAGAUAAAUUAGGUGUGAGCUUUUCACCGUGAACUUCAGCAGUCAAAAGUACUACUGUAAACAACUACAUGUGAAUUCUGUAUAAAUAUUUGUCUCCCUUCCCAUGACUCCUCCAAAACACGGUGUUGGCCAAUAGGACAGGUUGUUUGAUUGCGGUUAAGGUGAGCAUUGGCUACGCUGAUUGGAGAUGAUGAAAGCUGGACUACAACACUAGCUACCCUGACAUAUGAGACCCAUAAUACAUUAUGUGUAAAUUACACACAGAUCAUCUGCACAUUUGCCAUGAUAUUGGGUGCAUAGGAGAUUAUAUAAUACAUGUGAUGCAUAAUACUGUGUGCAGUUUAAAAAGGUCUGAGAAGACUCUGCAAAUAUGCUCUAGUUUUGCAAAGUUUCCUGCAGAUGUUCUCAAACAUUUACUGUGUAAGCAUGUGUACUGCUUAACUAGGUAUUAUAUUUCCAGUCUCCUAUGCCUGUGUGUUUCGAAGAACAAGCAGGAUUUCCUGUUGGGGCAACCCUUUGAUAGCUAUGCUGAAGGAAGUGGAAUGUGUGAAAUCCUGUAUAUCCGGAGAUUGCAUCAGCAAUAAGUGUGGAAUGCAAAUAGUCUUUAACAGGAAGUAUGUGUGUGUUGCAUGUGUCUAGGCACACCAACAACAUACUAGAGAAAAUGCUUCAGAAAAUUUGUAAGUAGAAGUGCUCCGUAAUAAAGUAGCAGGCCGUAUAAUGGCAAAAGAAGAAAACUAUACAAAUAAAGGAUUUAUAAUGGGGUGCAUGAGGUAGGUGUGGGUGUUUGUCUGGAGUUCAUAAUAGGCUCCAGAGCUACAUGUAUUGGGAACUACCAUGGAUGCAGGACUUUCUGAUGUUUCUACUGCAGCCAUUCAGUUGGCUCAACAAACAUGCUGCUUUUUCUGUUUAAAAUUCCACAUGAACAGCAACCAUAAAGAGACUCAGACUUUCACAGUCCACUAUGGAGGAUGGGUGUACCAUGGGGUCAGUCCUAACAAUCUAAUCUUUAUUUUGGGAAGUGGUUUUUUGCUGUCUGCUUGUUUUCUGUAUGUCCGGACAUCUCUUGAGAUAUCACUGCCUGUGCUGGUCCAGGGGGGAGGUUACUGUGGGGCGAGGUCCAGGACCUGAGUCGAGGGUUGGCAGACAGUCCUCCACGGGCGAAGCGGGGUCCACAGCGAGGAGCCGGGCAAGGACAGGAACUCUGGGGGAACUGGACUGGGUGCUGGCCGAAACAGCUCUUCAACGACGUUGCUCCCGCAACCUGGGACCGGGCUGACUGGCCUUUAUCUUCUCUGAGGCCAGGAGCGGUCCCGGCCCCCAGUAGACCCGCCUCUCCUGGCCUUAAGGCGAGCACUCCUCCUGGGAGAAACCAGUUCCCUUCGCCUCUCUGCCCUGAGCCUCUGCAGUUCAGGAGAGGCUGAAGGGUUACUGGACCCAGGGGGAGACUCACCUGUAGGCACUGAGUCCUCAACCACCUCUGGAGCCAGAGUGGAUUCACCUGGUGCCUGCUCCUGAGGAUCCGGCACAGGUGCAGGCACUUCAGAAUCAAGGCCCUGCCCCAGUUCAGCCGGCCCUGGAGGCAGGGACUCCUGUGCAGGCUGGGAUUCCUCCGAUUCAGCCUCUGAAUCGGAUUUCCAGGCCAUCACACUGCCAAACUUGGCACAAGGGAUCCCAAGUUGGGGGGGGGGCACUUUUUGCCAAUGCUUGGUUCCCAGUCGCCAUUUUGAAUCAAGAUGGCUGACCAAAACGCAACAUGGGUGUGAUUUCACCCAAGUUUUGGUAUAGGUUGAGCCUCCUCUCCAAAUAUUGUCGCCAGACUUGGCACAAGGGUUCCUAAGGUAGGGUGACAGCCUUUGUCAUUGUUUGUGGACUGGGCACAGUUUUAAAUCAAGUGGGUGGCCCAAAGCAUCAGUUUGGCAUGUUUCUGCUAAUUUUUCGGCAUAGGUUUGGUGGCCUUUCGAGAUAAUGUCACCAUUCUUGGCACAGUGGUUCCCGAGGUGGGGGCAGUGGACUUUGUUGCCAUUGGGUUGUUGGGCACCAUUGUGAAUCAAGAUGGUGAAAUGAAACAUGACUUUGGUAUGACUGCACCCAGUUUUUGGUUUGAUGCAUCCAAAUUCGCAUGUUACACUAUUCAUUCAAAAAACACAAUAUUCUCAGAAUGUUAAAGUAAACUGUAGUAUAAUUUUAGACAGUCAACUGAGAAGGUGAACAUACAUACGGUGGGAAUUUUGUAUUACAGUGAGGUGGAUUUCUUGGUGCCAGUAAGAAUAAGUUUGUUCUAAUUUAGGGCAAAAGUGCUUAGAAAAGCCAACAGUCUGGCAUUCAAAAUGCUGUUCUUCAUCUAAAAGAAGCCCUGCUUUAUUAAUGAUGAGUGAUGGCCAAGGAUUUCUAGAUACUGAUUUCUAGUAACUUUUCAUGUUGAAGUAAUAUUUCAAUGUGCACAUUAUACUCAGUAUUUAACUAAGUCUUUGUGUAAGAUAAAUACCCUUGCGGGCUGAAUUCAAAAGUGGGCAACGUUGGAGCCCAAGAUGGGUAGGCGCAAACCUUUUCUCUCUAUUUCUGCCAUCUGUUUACCAGCACUCCUCCUUGCCACCAACAUUAAAUUAGGGCAAGAGCUACAUGUGGCCCUAAAGUCUCAAGUUGCCCAGCGCUUCCCUAAACCAUAGUUGCAACUUACCACAAUUUGUCAUGCCAGAGGAGGAGACAGGAGCUCAUAGUCCUGAGGGUCAUUCACAUAGCACUGAACUGUGGUUUAGCAUUACAGUUCAGUAUGACAUUCGGCUCUUGAAAACAAUUAAAUAGAAAGCUUUUGUGUAUUUGGUAGUGGAACAGGUUUAGAGGCAAUCAAGCUUUUUCAAUUAUUCCGAGUGUCCCUCUUUAAUUUAAUUCAUGAAGGCUCUUCAUUAGUAAGCAUGAAUUACAGUGUUAUGAACAGGAAGUUAUUCUCUGCACCCAUGGGCAAACAAAACAAAACCCCCACCUAUUUUAUAUAAUUAUGCAAUUUGUAUUGUCUUAACAAUUACAAAAAAAGGAAACUAAUUAUUGGCGUCUUUUUUCACAUGCUGAAAUGAGCAAGGGCUCAUGGGCUCAAUUCUGACACCAUACCACCAUAAGACACUUUAACUAUUAUUUAAGUAAUAUCUGAAUUGACAAGCCAGAAACCAUGGUUUGAAGUCAAGUUUGCAUUCCUGUGUUUAUGCUAACUAUGGAUUGGCAUGAUGCCUGAAUCAAGAAACCACAGUUAUGGUUGUUGUUCUAUGCCUUGAGGCUGUUGCUUCACAGAAUGAAUUCAUGGAGCAAAGUGCAAAGAGGGUGAGUGAUUUAAGCACACAAGGAAGUGACAAUCAUGGAGUCCAUGAUAUAUGUCUUGUUUUAUCCUAAGCCACAGUUUGGUGUGAUAUCUGGUAAAACUAUUGAAUUCAAUGAAUUAAAAGAAUAAUAGAUUAUACAUUGUGCAAAGUGUUACCAGUGGUGAAUGGAAUAUAUUAGAUUCCUGUGUUGCAAGUUUAAUUGAGCUUCUCUGCUAAGAGGAAAUUCUUUGACAUCAUUACGAUGUACUUUGGCUAAAAGCCUGACAUGCUGAAGUGUAUUUUUGUGAUCUCAGGAAGCACAGCCCCUGGAAAGUAGAAUAGAUGACAAACAGCAGCAUUGAUUUGGCCCUUGGCACCACACACUUCAGCUUGUUUGCCGGUUGUUAAGAAGGAAGAUGGCUGCAAUUCAGUGGAUUCCUUUCGAUCCGAAUUACUAGCUGAUGGACAGUACAAAAAUUCAUUGCAGCUGGAUGCACCUAUAAAAGCUUAAUUCCAAAAGAGGAACCAGUCCAUAAUUGCUUGGGGUUCUAAAGUCCCAAGAAUUUUACAUUACGCAGACAAGGAACCUUGUAUGAAACCUGGCGGUGUGUCCUGUCACAUGAUUUUUUCAUAUGUUUAACUUUUAUAUUUAUAACAUCAAAACUUACAGAACAUAUUUUAACAUUUUGGAUGCUGCAAUUUCCUAUUUUUUAAUGUGUCGUACAUCAUUUAGAUUUAGCACACCCACACGAAAUUGUGAGUUCCCGCUCCCAAAUAAAAUAGAUGGUAUUAGGCUAGCAAGGUACAGUGUAGUUAGUGAGGGUAUCAUUUUUUUAACUUAACCAUUUCCAGGUAGUACAACAGCAUAAAUAACAUUGCAAGUAAUGGAUAACACAUGGAAAGGAGGAUGAAUCAAAAUAAUCUUGGCAAGCCCUGGUGCAAGAGUUUGUCCAUUUGAUUUCUGCUCUUCCCUUUGUGCCAUAUUCAUGACAUGCACACAAGGCUUCAAUCCCACCAAAGAGACGCAAAAGCACUUUCUAUUUCAGUGUGAAAAAGCUCUCAGCUCUACUAUUAAGUUCAAAUUCAGUAUGCACCAACAAAUAAUAACAUAGUUCAGAUUUAUAGCUACCGUGGCUGUAUAAAUGAAUAACUAAUAUGUUUGGAUUGGACUGGUGAGGAAAAUUUCCCUUUUUUCACCAUUUGGUAAAUGCUGAGGUAAGAAACAUUUGGUCCUCUUUUGGAAUUAAACUUUUUAUAGGUGCAUCCUGUUUGCAUCCAGCUUUUUAAUUGCUUAUUCUCUUGUAACAUCGGGUUACCUUCAUAAUAUUGCUUCAGUAUUAUUGGGGUAGGAGAAAGAUGUUAUAAGCAGAAAGGUUUGAAGUUGACAUGCUCCCUGUUUUGCUAGCUGUUAUCUUUCUUUAAAAAAACUUGCAACAGAUAAUUUCUCACUGGGGUCUGAGUGAUCAAUAUGCACUAGAUACUUAAAGUAGCAUCAUAGCACUUUAAACAGCCAUGGCUUCCCCAAAGAAUCUUGGGAAGUGUAGUUUGUGCAGGGUGCUGAGAGCUACAAUUCCCAGAAGGGUUGAUUGCCCCAACACCAGAUGGAGGAGCACAGACUCACUGUUUCUGCCUUAAACCACUGAAGGUGUCUCUCGCUUGACCUACCUGCUCCUUUGGAUAACCUCAUCACUCAUGCAUCAUGAAAAAACCUUUUGGGCAUGGUGCCUGUUUCUAGACUUCUCCCGCGAGCAAUUGGACCAUUUUUCAAAAGUUGUAGGUUUAGUUCUCUGAUAACCGCACCUGCACACUCUUGAAAAAGAAAAAAAAGGGGGGGGGGAUCUGUUCUCUGAGCUGCCUAAGUGGAAAAAAUCAUUUCAGAGUUUCCUGACUGAUUCAUAAUUCAGAGCAGCAGUUUCAGACCGCAAUAUACUUUGCAUCCCUGGAUGCUAUGUUGAAAGGAUUAUGAGCGCAGGCCUAAAGCUGUGUGCAUUCAGGAUGUUUCAGCAGCCCCCCUUGGGGCAAGUUGGAGGGGGGAAGAAAGGCUGUGUUCUUUUCAGACAGUGCAGUGUCUGAAAAUCUUAUUAAAGUGUGCGUAUGCAGUAAAGAUAAUGCUUUAUUUUGGGUACUGUAUUGGUAUUAACAUUAGAAUUAAAACGUCUCAGUAAACUCAUCACACACCACAGCUUCCUCCUCUGUGCUCUAGAGAGGUAGAGCAUUUAUAUUACUUGUCUCUCAAGAGAGUUUAGAGAGAGAUCCUGAAUGCAUGGGGCUGUGGACAACCCAUAAUUCUUUCAUGCCUCUAGGAGCGCAGAGUUUAUUGCUGGCUGCUUGUGCUGCUUUAAAUUAUAAACUAUACAGGAAAUUUAAAUGAGACGAUCUGGAGCAAAGAUUUCUUUCUUUCUUUUUUUCAAUAUGAGUUGAUUGCAGUCCUUUGUGGGAGACACAGAACAGGUUUUGCUGCAGCGGAGGUUGCUGCUGCCCAUUCAUUCAUAGCCGCUGUCCAUUUAUUGUCUUCUGAAAUGAGAAACAAAAGCCACACCGAAACAGAAUACAGUGGACGCUCGGGUUGUGAACAUGAUCCGUGCGGGAGGCAUGUUCACAACCCGCAGCGUUCACAACCUGCAGUGGCGCGUCUGCACACACGCAGGUUGCGAUUCGACGCUUCUGUGCAUGUGCGACUGCCGAAACCUGGAAGUAUCCCGUUCCGGUACUUCGGGGUUUCAGCGCAUCCGUAACCUGAAAAAACCCAACCUGAAGCAUCUGUAACCCGAGGUAUGAUUGUAUUGUUUAGGCUGAUAGCUCUGUUUGGUAGUAGAGACAAUCUUUUCUCUGUAUGCGCAACGCCCAGCAGAUGAACUGUGCUCCCUGACCAGGGCCUCUCUGUGCUUAUAUACAUGUUGAUAAUAUUUCAUUUAAAGGGCUGGGUUGGCCAAAACAAUAUUUCUUUCACAGUUUGACCUUCACCCUCUCUAUUUUAUUCCCAAGACCUUUAUUCUACGUUGUACCGUAUAACUCCAAGGAUAGCUCUUUAUUCUUUUAAAAACAGUCUUUCUCAAAAAUCCGGCCUCAUGUUCCCGUAUUAUUUUCUCAUUUUCUAGUGCCUGCUUAUGGGGGAUUUUUGCCUUCGUUUUUAGCUCUGUGUUUCCCCUCACAGUGGUAGUAUUUAGAGCAGCAAUUGUCUGGUGUGGAGGCAGCAGUCUGCCUCUCCUGUCUUUUGGAUCCAACUUUCCCUCGGGAGAAGUCACAAGAUUAUAGAAAGACGACUUGAAAUAAAAUAAAGUAACAAUUUCAAACCUGAAACCAAAUUUAACUCCUUUUGUAACUCCAUGAAAAAAGAAAAGAAAGAUUUUAAUGGAUAACAAAGGUACAUGUAACGUCUCUGUUUUCAAUUAAUAAGAGCAGGUCAGUUACAUUCGGUAUGAGAUGCUGCCAGUGCUUUUUUUCUUUAAAAAAAAAAAGUUUAGGGGUACUCUCAUUUUGACUCAAGAAAAUCACCAUUUUAUAGUUCAAAUUGGGGAAAAUAAAUAUGGUAAAUGGACAAAAGUACAAAGAUUCACAAAAUGUUUAGGCCAUAGCUGUCAACCUUCCCUUUUUUUGCUGGAAAUUCUCUUAUUCUAGCGCCGUUUCCCACUGCUUCCCGCUGCUAUCCUGGACUGUUAGAUAUCCCAUAGACUGUCCCUGGGACAGGUGAGGCUGCUGAUCCCUUAUUUUCAAAUCUGAAAGUUGACAGCUAUGGUUUAGGGGUAUACGUACCCCUGUGUCUCCCCCCCCCCCCAGAAAAAAGCACUGGAUGCUGCUAUCAUAGGCAUUGUGAGGUCAGGGCAGAGAGAAGGGGGGAGAAAGAAGUGGGGAAUAACGAUAUUUCAUUCUUUUGCAUAGUGUAUGUGCACAGUUUCUGUAUCAGUGUCAGGUGGGCUCCCAGCACCCAUAACAAACCAAAUUCCCCAAGAUUCUUUCUGGGAAACCAUGUGCUUCAUAUGUUGUGGAUGUUACAAUAUGCUGAAAUGCAUUGUAUAAGAUUUGGCCUAUGAAGUGUUUGUAUAGAUGAGAAUCUCAGCUUUCCUGCUGGAUGUGUUUUCAAUACGUUAGCAUUUAAUUAAAGUGUGUUUAGAGAAGUGUGGCUCAGGCUGCACAUUCUUCAGCUGUGUGUUCUCUAACUGACCCUAUUUUCUUUUAGGGUGGCAGGACACAGUGCGUACAGGAAGUGUGCCCCAUUCUUUCAUGUCCCCAGCAUCUCAGUCAUACUCCAUCCGGACAGUGUUGCCCAAAAUGUUUGGGUGAGUGGUUGUUUAAACAGGCAUAUUGCAUGUACUCUGUACGUUUUCUUUCAGACAACUCACAGACACUUGAGGAAGCUUAUGCAUAGUUAUAUAGCACAGAAAUUUUUUGAAAGAGAACAAUUGCAUCAAAUAAAUGGAAUAUAGUUAGAAAAUGGUGUUAUCAUGAUUAUUUUCAUUUCCCCCCUGUUUUUCUUUAUCGGGAAUUAGGCCAAAUCUUGGCCACUUAAAUUUGGUUUUGUAUAGAUGUCAGAUGUACUAUUUACUUUGGAGAAUAAAUGUGAUCUUCGGAACUGGAUCUGCAAGAUUAUUAUGUACAUCUGUUUUUGCUCUCCCCAAAUGAGAGCAAUUCUGUAUGGUAUUUUAUUUAUUUAUUAAGACCAUUUUAAAACCACCCUUCACCCAAUGAUCACAGGGUGGGUUAAAAUAAUAUUUAAAAGAGGCUACAACUAUCCAAUGAUUAGAGCAGAUAAAACUGUAAUGCACUUGAAAAUGUUUUGCAGAAACAGACUGACAUCCAGAUGCAACAUUAGCAAAGUUGUGGUUUGCUUGGUUGUUUUUUUUUACAGUCAGGUGGUAUAUAAAUUGUAUGAGAUAAAUAAAUAAAACAGUCGUACUUCUGGGUGGGUUGGGGAAGAUGUUCCAUAACCAGUGUGUCACUACUCAGAUGGCGCUGUCCCAUAUCACCACCCAGUGUAUAGAAAUAUAGAAAUUCUGGUGGUGAGAAAAGAAGGGCUUCCCUUCCAGACUGAAGAAUCUGGUGAGGCUGCUGCAGGGAGGCAUUUAUUCACAUCCCUGGUCCCAUGUUGUUUAAGGUCAACACUGGCACCUUAAAUCAGUGGUCGGCAACCCAUGGACCGGAUGCAGCCCACGAAGACCGUUUUACCAGCCCACGAGCCACCCGCAAACCGAGCCGCCCACUUGGCAAGUCCCCCACGCGCUGCGCUAAACCAGCCCAGUGCAGGGCAGGGACUCACUGAGUGGUGCCGGAAAUGGCGUCUGCACAUGCGCAGAUACCAAAAAUUGCAUCUGUGCUGAUAAUCGCUUCUGCGCAGGAGCGAUUUCCGGUGUCUGGGCAUGCGCAGAAGCGAUUUCCGGCGCCGUGGACAUGCGCAGGUGCAAUUUUUGGCAUCACGCUGCGCCAGUCCAGCCCACAGAUGAUUUCUGUGGGAGUGAUCCAGCCCAUGGCUGGUAAACCUUGCCAACCCCUGCCUUAAAUUCUGCCUGGAAGCAAAUAGGGAGCCAAUUAAGAACUUUAAAGAUAUGAUCAUUAAUAGCUACUCCAGUGAAUGUUUUAGUGGCAGGCUCCUGCACUAAUGAUCAUUUCUGGACCAUCUUUCAGUAAAGCCUCUUGCAGAGAGUACAUCACAAUAAUAUAAAUAGGAGGCUGCCAGGGUGAGAGUAACUGUGGCUAGGCUACUGUAUCCAUGAAUGACUGCAGCUGGAGAACGAUCUGAGGCUAGAAAGAUGCAAUCUGUGCCACUGAGGCUCCCGGGAUGGAGUGACAAAGUUGGAUCAGGGAUUAUCCUCAGAGUACAAAUCUGUUCACUUACAGUGGUGCCCCGCAAGACGAAUGCCUCGCAAGACGGAAAACUCGCUAGACGAAAGAGUUUUCCGUUUUGGAGGUGCUUCGCAAAACGAAUCUGCUAUGGGCUUGCUUCGCAAGACGAAAAUGUCUUGCGAGUUCCUGCGUUUUUUUCCCCUCCCCCCCCUUUUUCUAAGCCGCUAAGCCGCUUAUCUGCUUAUCCGAUAAGCUGAUAAGCCGCUAAAAGCCGCUAAUAGCGCUAAUAGCGCUAAUCCGCUAAUCCGUCAAUGGGCUUGCUUCGCAAGACGAAAAAACCGCUAGACGAAGAGACUCCCAGAACGGAUUCUUUUCGUCUUGCGAGGCACCACUGUAUUUAGUUAUUUAAUUUAUUAAACCACAAAUGAGUACAAAACCAUUCUUACAACAGUAACCAAUGUACAAAACCAACUGGAGGUGACAAAUUCUUUUCUUGCGUUCAAAAAUGGUAUAUAGAGUGAGGGUUGGGGUCAGUUAAAUAGUUCUGCUCGCAAGAGGCAGAGCAAUGACUCUUGCUAGCGCAACAGGGCUUCCUCCCCUCUCCUCUGCUAUGUGACCCCUGCCCCCCGAACAGCGUGUGGCAAGAGGAAGGGGAGGUUGUUCCAUCAGAAAAGCAGAUAUGCUUGCACUGAUAGAACAUUUGUUUUAGUGUGAUAUUAAAUUCUUCCCUGAAUAUGUGAAAUCAGCUGGCUGCUGUGGAGACUAGAAGAUCCAUGGAUCCCUUCCAACUCUGUGAUUAUAUCAUUAUUCCAAUAAGGAUCUCCACAACUUGCAUGGGGGGAAGCAUAUCAGCUCAGUUGGUUAGGGCACAGUGCUGAUAACCCCAAGGUUGCAGAUUUGGUCCCCAUAUGGGACAGUUGCAUAUUUGUGCAUUGCAUGGGGUUGUACUAGAUAAUCCUCAGGGUCCCUUCCAACUCUACAAUUCUGUGAUUCUACGUGCUAAUGGUAAUUUACACCCUGUGUGCUAGUUAGACUCUUCCAAUAUUGCGGCUUCCAGGAAAGUACAGCUAACCCCAUUGAGAAAAGGCUGUCUACCCAGUUCCCUGACCCAAGAACUACCACCCCACAGCUCUUCCAACUUGUUGGGAUCAGCCUCAGUUUAUUGGCCCUUAUCCAGACCACUACUGUCCCCAUCCAACACCUGCAAGACAUCCCUGUGGCUCCAGUGAUAAUGAGAAAUAGAGUCCUUGACACCAGCAUAUGGCUGAUGCCACUCCCCAAACUCAGCAGUAGUGUUCCAGCACUACUCCAGAGGAGCAUCUCUCGAACUGGGCCAGGCAUCGCCUACGUGGCAUCUUCCAGGUGUUGUUGUAAUACAGCUCCCAUUAUCUCCGACUAUUGGCAGUGAUUUGCUGGGGAUGAUGAAAGUUGUAGGCCUAGUUGUAGCAUCUUGUUAGCUGCUGCUGAACUGAGCGGUGCAUGUGCUCUAGGUGGCAAAAUGGCUUGCUUCUACAUGUACCUGCAGUAUAAAAGGGAGAUGGAAUGAUAUAACUGGCUUUUGGGAGGAUACGACAAUGCAAGAGGCUUUGUUAGUGAACAAGCUAGAUAACUCAUUUAUUGUUUCCAGCCUCGCCAGACCAAUAUAAUGUGCUUUCAUGCAAUGCACGGCAAUGCAAAGGAUGUGUUGUCCCAUAUGGGAUUUCUGAACAUCUUGAACUGAUUUUCAUAGGACAGUCUUGGCGUUGACUGGGAUUUUUCAUAUCCUGCAAGACUUGGCUGGCAUGCCAUAAAAGUUGUACUGAAUUAUCUUCUGGGCUGGUGCACAUCAUCACUUAGUGAUUACUGCUUUCUAACUCAAAACAUUACAUCAAGGAGAUUGUUCUGCAGGAUGUACAGAGCCGAUUUUAAAGACGUGUGCUUGUUGUAAGAAUUGGCAAUAUCAUUGCAGGUGGGGAUUAUUCAAACGUCUGUUCACAGUAGAUGAGAUUUGUUAAAGGCACACUGACUCCAAACCAAAAUGUGACAAAUAUACUAUAAACCAGACUCUGACAGGGCACUUGCCUUAUACCAAGCACACAGACUCAAGUGCUGAAAUAUAUUAGCUCCAGCAUGAAUAUAAGUGCUGUAAUAUACAUAUAAGAACUUUGCACAUCCAGGGUUGUCUCCAUUCUCUUCAGUGUUGAAGAAUGUUCCAUGGCACCAAAAAUGAGAGGGCCUCUUUUCCCAAGAAGCUCUCAGUGGUCUGUCAAAGCUCCAUGGGAUGUGUUGUUGAUUCUAAAAGAUGUAGUUUAAAGUGAGAUGGUUCCCUAACCUUUAGUCCUUGAUGGCCACCAUCUUCUCUUCUCUUUGCUUCUCUUCUCAUGUGGCCAAGAGAGGACCAACUGGGAGAUGCCUGCCUACUCUGUAGCAUCUGGGUUUCAUCAGGAGUUGGCUCAGAGAACAGUCUGCAGUCAGGAAAAAGGAAGUACUUCUUCACACAGCACAGAGUUAAUGGGAUUUGCUGCCACAAGAUGUGGUGACUGCCACCAGUUGAGAUGGAUUUGAAAGUGGAUUAGAAAAAAAUGGAGGAUGAAGCUAUCAGUGGGCACUAGUCAUAAUGGCUGGACACUGCCUCCAAAUUCGGAGGCAGUGAGCCUCUGGAUACCAAUUGCUGGUUAACAACUGCGGAGAAGGACUAAUGCCCUCAAGUUCUGCCUCUGGCCUUUCCAGAAACAUCUGGUUGGCCACUGAGAUGGGCUUUUGGUCUAAUCCAACAGGAAUCUUCUUCUUCUAGCUCAUUGUGGAAGAUCCUUUCCACCUUCCUCAGACUUUGCCUCCAGAUUCUUAGAAGAGAGGCAAGUGUUCCUGUCCCCAGAGAUUUUUCAUACUGCAGCCAAUUCUCUUUUCCAUUCCAAUGCAAUAGAGCAGAUGUGUUUGUGGGCUUGUGUGAGGCAGUAGGAUGAGGAUGAAAUCUGGAAAACAGGUGUGAGGGAGAACAAGUUUUGAGGUGGCAAGCAAAUGUGUCUCCUCUCAAUUGUUUCCAGAUAUUACAUACAUAGUUAUAUCAAAAUCCUCUCCAACACAUCUGCUGUGUUGCGAUGGUUCUGUUACAAGACAACCUGUAAAGGCUAUUGGCCUGUUGUGUUAGGUUAGUACUGCUAUCCAAACCCUUAACAAUCUUUACAACAACCCCUCCAAUAAUUAGGUCCGAGUAAUCAUUCACCCAGGAAUUAUAUGAUUUUAUUCAUAAUCGUAAUAGAGGGUUGAAUCCAGACUUUCCAUCAUGUGCAGAGUAGACUCAUAGGUAUAAAUGGGGCUUAAGUCAUGACCGAUUUAAAUCCUACUGGUAUCAGUAUGUCUGCUUUAAGCAUGACAAAAUCAUAGAGUCCAGAGUGAGCUCUUAAUUUUGAAAUGAAACUUUUGAAAGCAAAAAUACUUUUUUGCAAACAAAAACAAAAAGUACAGUAUAGUUGUGCAUGCUAAUCAUCUCUAGAAAGCCCAGGCAUUUAAAAGUUUAUUUCCAGGUACAGUACUGUAGUUUAUUAGCACUGGUGUAGUCACUUUGCCUCCUUUCCUCAAACUGUAAAAUGGGGAUAAAUCUACAAUACAAUGUUGUCUGUGUCUGUACUUCAAUACUGAAAUAGCAGUGCUUGUCCAAAAUGGUGACAAGUAUGAGGGCAAUCAGAUAUAAGGGACUCAAGGGUUGUCUUGUAUGACCUUAGAGUUUUACGUCUUUCUGAAACAAAACAAAAUUCUUAGUAAAGAGCAUAGAAGCACAUUUUAAAGUUAGGCCAAGCCAUAAAACAUGGGCUUUGUGUGUAUAAAACCCAGGUCCAGUUCUUGGCUUUUCCUAAACUAAGGCAACUCCAUUGUUGCAAUACAUUUUUUUGUUUUGUUUUUAUGGGAUAUUAAUCGUACAUUUGUAGAAAUCGUUUUAUUGCAUUUAGUGUUUGUAGAGAUGUUUUUAAUUGUUUUUAGAACUUGUGGGGGGUUUGUACUUUAUCUAAUUUUUUAUCUUGUUGUACACUGCUUCCUUUGGUUGCAGGCUGUGAAGCAGUCCAUAAAUGGGUUAGUUGGUCAAUUACCGGUAAUUAAAGUGAGACCUGCAGCUAAAUGUUGCAGUGUAUAGUGUUCCUGUCCUAGAUAUUCCAUUCCACUAACCCUCCCUUCUGGUUUCUCAUAUUCAUCUUCAAAAGUCAGUUUGGGUUCCCCACAUUAGCUGCCCCCCCCAAAAAAAUAUAAAUAAAUUGUGGUUCUUUAAAACUUGGGGUUUCACCAAGCUUAUUGAUGUCUCUUUCUUGUGGGUGAUGCCGUUUUGGCCACAUGAGAACUGGUACCCAGAUAAUUGAGUUUACUAUUAUUUUGCAAACAGAUCUCUGGCAGCAGGGCUAGGAAAACCCUCUACCUGACCCUCAGACGUGCCACUGGCCAUGGGCUAGAUGGAUCAAUAGUCUUAUGUGAUUAUCAUUUAUCCAUACAUUUAUUUAUUUAUUUAUUUAAACUUAUUAGUCGCUUGUCACCCGAAGGUCUCCAAGUGACCCAGCAAAGAAAAAUAUACAGUACAUAAUACCAUAGGGAGGAAGAGGGGAAUCAUCUAAUACAUUAAUUUUUGAUAUGACAUCUGUGGAAAAUACAUACUAGCCAUGUAAAUAGUAGUAAACAAUAUUAACAAUAUUCAAAUAAUAAACAGAGCAAUACUCUGACCUGCUUAUUAGCAAAUGAACAAAACUUCUGUUCCCUCUAUUCCAAAAAUCAUUCACAUCGACCCGACAAUUUUUCCCAUUGAACCUAGAAGUCUAGUGUCAAGGCAAGCUGUUACAAAUAAGUAGUUUAGAAUCCCUCCACUGCACACGUUUUAUAGAGAUUUGCCAUCGUCCUAUCUUUGCCUUAGGUAAUCAGUAAUUUCUUCAAAACAGUAUAAAAAAGGUUAAAAAACAAGUCCUGUAUAAAUGGAUUAAAACAGAACAAUCCAGUCAAUAAUAGUUUGCAGAUGAGCAAUAGCUAUCUUUGUUGAUGAUGCAGCUCCCUUUAAAUCACAUUCUUUUUCCUGUGUUUGUAUUUCCCAGGGCAGAGGAAAGUGUUUGAUCUCCCAUUUGGAAGCUGCCUCUUUCACAGCGAUGUUUAUGACAAUGGAGCCUCUUUUGCAUACGACAAUUGUACUAAGUGUACCUGCAGGGUGAGUUGGUAGUAAACCCUUCUUCAUGCCAUUUUCAUGGUACAGCAGUGAUACCUUUAUAGUUUGGGGGCUACAGUGCUUGCUCCCGUUGACUUUCAGAUGCAUCUCUUAGUAAAGUAAGACCAUCUGGGGCCCUUCUUCUUGUGUCUCCUCUGUGAGAGGCCCGGAAGGUGGCAACAGGAGAACGGGCUCCCCAUUUGUGCAAUGCUCUUCCCAAGGAGACUCACCUUUGUUAUAUAUCUUUAGGCACCAGGCAAAAGUAUUCCUCUUCUCCCAAGCCUUUGACUAAUUAAACCAUUUUGGCCAUUUAAACUAGGUGUGGGGUACCGUUUUUGUUUGUUACUAUGUUAUGUAUUUUUGUGUUCUUAUGUAAAUCACUCUGUGAUCCUCAGAUGAAGGGUGGUAUAGAAAUUGUGUGUGUGUGUGUGUGUACACCCUUGUGCAAAUUAAUUGAAACAAAUAAUGUAGUUUAUUGUACAAAGCUCACAUAUGCGUACAUUAGUAACGGAUAUGACCUCCGCUAUUUUAAAGCAGCAUUUGAACAUGGUUUUGCAUGGAGUCUACUAGUUUUGAACAGUCACUGUUGAUUUUCGGAUCCCUGUACCACACUUGAAUCAGUUCCUGAAUGAGCUUCUCCAUAGUCGUACAGUCUACAGCACAGAGGCGACUUUUGCAAAUACAGUGGUACCACUGGUUACAAACGCUUCUGGUUACGAACGCUUCAGGUUACGAGCUCUGCUAACCCGGAAGUAGCUACUCCAGGUUGCGAACUUUGCCCCAGGAUGCGAAUGGAAAUUGUGUGCUGGAGGGGCGCUCACAGCAGGAUGCUCCAUUAGCGAAAGCGCGCCUCAGGAUAAGAACGGUUUCAGCCUAAGAACGGACCUCUGGAAUGAAUUAAGUUCAUAACCAGAGGUACCACUGUAGCCCACAAAUUCUCAAUGGGAUUUACGCCCGGGGAAUUCCCUGGCCGAUCAAGUACCUGUAUUUGCUGCUCUGCAAUGAAUUUCUUCACCACUUUCGAUGUGUGACAGGGGGCUAGGUCCUGCUGCAAUAUCCCAGUACUGUCAGGAUACCUCUUUUCCAGCUCUGGAAUAACUCUCUUUUGUAGAACAUCAGUAUAUUGUGGCGAGCGCAUCAUUCCUUCUAUUGGUUGCAGACUUCCGACACCAUAAUGAUCAACUGACUUUUUGUGUUUGUUUUGAGUACAGGAUUACGAGUAAGAUAGAAAACAUGCUUUGUUUCAAUUAAUUUGCACAAGGUUGUGUGUGUGUGUGUGUGUGUGUGUGUGUAUGGAGUAGGCACAGCCUGAAAGGUUCAGUGUUCCUAGCCAUUUUUCUUGUGUCAGUCCCCAUGCAUAUUACAUCUGUGUAGAUAUUCUUACUGUGUUAUUGUAGCUUCCAUUGUCUCCAUAGUGGCAUCAGUUUAGCAACCACUUCAUGUACCCAGUAGCCACUAAUUGAGGAGGGAAUGUUAUCCUCUUCACCCUCUUAUCUGCACCCUCUCUCCCUCCCUUCCUCUUUCCAUGUAGGAUUCCACUGUGGUGUGUAAGAAGAAAUGCUCACCUCCUGGAGAUUGCAUUAAAGGCAAAGAGCAGUGCUGCAAGGAGUGUGUCUCAUACAUGUCCCCAGAGAAAACAAAAGUGUGCAAGUUUGGCAACAAGAUCUUCCGGGUAAAUGCCCUUUUUUAAAAAAGAAACUGCCCCACACGGGUAUCAUUGCAACACUUGAGUAAUCAUCAGGUUGCAAUGAAUCCAGAGCAGUGGUUUUAUCUUUUAGUAGUGCAGAGAGGCUCCCACACAAGGAAUUAAAAUAAAACAGAAAAAAGAGUAGCUUUCUGCAGUCUGGUAAACUGACUCCUUUCUGCCUAGGCAGACAGCCGUGCUGCUUCCCUGUGCUAUAAAAUGCAUUAUAAUGAUGUGAUUCAGUUUCCUUAGCACAUCCCAAUAGCUAUAGUAAAGGUACCGCAUUUUUCGCUCUAUAAGACGCACCAGACCACAAGACGCACCUAGUUUUUUGGAGGAGGAAAACAAGGAAAAAAAUAUUCUGAAUCUCAGAAGCCAGAACAGCAAGAGGGAUCGCUGCACAGUGAAAGCAGCAAUCCCUCUUGCUGUUCUGGCUUCUGUGAUAGCUGCGCAGCCUGCAUGCGCUCCAUAAGACACACACACAUUUCCCCUUACUUUUUAGGAGGAAAAAAGUGAGUCUUAUAGAGCAAAAAAUACGGUAUUUCUCUGUGGCCUGUAUAGAGCAUGGCUGAAUAGACAAAGGCAAAAUGGAACCUCUCUUCCCACCCGCAGGUGAGCCAACAGGAGCUGAAUUCACCUUUUUGGAUAUAAAGUACACAGCUAUAGAUACAUGCAGUGCUUCAUGAGUUGGGAAGGCAUGCGGUAUUAAUCUACUCCUGCCCUCCUUCUACCCAGGGUCAUUGGGGAUUCCCUCCCAAAACACUUCCCAUAUUAUUGGGUGCCUGCUUGUUUUUUCAAGCCAUGCAGAAUUUCUCUCCCCCCCCCCUUCUGUUGGAACUGAUUUCUGACACUGUGUCGACCAUCUGUGUGUUGAGAGAUCCAGGGAUCAGAUGAAAAGUUAAAUCCCUUAUGCACAUAGUAUUUACUCAGCCACUGCUGCUUUUCAUUAAUUUGCACUCCCCACACACACAUUGCACAAAGCUGCACUGUACGUAGGUCCUGGAAACCCAGUUUACAGUCAAUUGAAAGGAACUACUCUUCAUUCAAUUGGUGCUUACACACAGAAAAACCAUUGUGCCACCAGCCAAUUGUCUCUUUCUUACAUGCAUUCUUUCUUACACACACACACACACACACACACAAAUGCACGACUCCUUGUGAUUAUCAUAUUGACUUGUACUCAAAGGAGCUACUUCACGUGCAUACAAAGGAUUGACUUUUUUCUUUAAACCCAAGUGCCCAAGCCAUACACUGCUUUUGAAACACACCUCAGUUUCGAAAUAGGCAUUUGAAGUCUGGGGUUUGGUAAGACUGCUGUUCCAAAAACUCAUGUCUAAAAACCACUUCCAGGUGCAGAAAAUUCAGAUCUUGGGAUCCAGACUAGUAUUCCACAGAACAAAAUAUCAGAAUUAUAACAGCAGACAAUGACUGUCCAGCCUCUUACAGUGGCAUAGUCAAUGUGUACAAUCAUUCUUAUUUCCUAAGGUUGUAUUCACUUUCUAGGGAGAGAGGCCCAUGGAGCAUAAUGAGACUUAUUUCUAAGUAAAUAUGUGUAGGGUUGAACUAUUAUACAGUUAGUUGUCUCUGUUUCUUGUAGUUCCAUAGACAUUGCGUUUUGUGGAAAAUAGCCUUUAUUUUGUUUUGCCUUUAAUACUUGCUUUGGUCUGUUGAGAUGUGUUAAUAAUUAUUUUUUCCAUAUGUCCACUACUUCUUGGUUUAUUGCCUCAGUUUUCAAAACUGGGAUUAUAAACUGAGCAAUCUGAGGGGGAUCACUUUAAAGCCAAGAAAGGCGUUGUAAAGUUCAGAAAAGUGUAAAAUCAGAUUAUUUUCUGAUCCACACAUUAGUCUAAAGAGUGCGGAUGAGGUCAGCUCACAUUAGAAUUCAGAUAAAUUGAAUUCCUCAGGUGUCUCUCUUCUUCAUUAAUUAAAAUAUUAUGUAGAGUAGCAGAGGGAGAAAAAUGAUUCAUGGGAAAUAGUUGACUGGGAAAUGGUCUUCUGAAAGCCACAAAUAAAGUGAAUGAGUACUUUGCAAGAGAACUUGAGAAAUCCCAGAGGACUGUGUCCUAGUCAGUCAUUAUCUUGAGACAGAUUACCCACAGUGCACCCUGCUCUCACCUGUGACUCAUAGAAGCUGCCGGCAUUUGAUAAUAAAUAAAUAAAUGGGUUCCUCUCACAUUUUUAUUAUAUUCUGCAUCACACUGAUCCACAGCACUCUGUUACUAUCUGCCCCACCUUCAUUUCCUUCCAAUAAAUCAAAGGUUUCUGUAAGUUGCAUAGAAAAGGAACAGUGGCUGGACCUCUGAUGGGUAAAAUAAUGCUUUAAGAUCUGCAUUUGGCCCAAGCAGUCCAUAAGGAAGGAAGCCAGGGCAUUUCUGAAGCAGCACUUUGGAGUCACAGAGCUCUGUACCUGCUAGAGUUCUUGGGUAAUUUUUGUUCUCUAUCUGUUAUAAGCAUUUUCAGAUGUUUAGUGGAUCAGAUGUCUGCCUUUGCACUGUAAGUAAUCCAAAUCUGAAUUCAGUAUUAAGUACAUUCCUGGGUUGAAGGAGAACGAUGCCACAUCUGGGAAUAAAUUUUCAGUGUCCUGACAUCUUUAUCAAAUACUUUCACGCGCGGUAACUUAAACAUGCCAAUCACAGUGGCUGUGUUGAAUCAAAUUUUUAUAAUUAUGUCAUCCCAAAUGAGAUGUUCAUGAUACUGUGUGAUCACAACUCGAAUGUUUUUCAGGAGGAAAGGCAACUAAUCAGGAUGUUGCUAGAAAAUUCUGACACGUCUUCAUUAAGCGUGCAGUAAAACUCCUCUAUCUGGAAGGAUCAGAGUGAAAAACCAUCCCUGAUGAGCUUCCAUCCUUAAUCCAACUGGGUGGAGAUGGACAUCUCAGAAGUGAUUUAGACUAAACAAUGACAUAACUCCCCAACAGGGAGAGAGUUGCUUUUUCCUUGUAUAACAGGAUGAUGCAUUACUGGAACUGCUUCCUUCUGCUGCCCCAGCUGAUGGCUGUAUCAUGUUCUCCCUCCUGCAGGAUGGAGAGAUGUGGUCCUCCGUUAACUGCACCAUCUGUGCUUGUGUGA